GCCUGCAGCAUGCUGUGGAACCUGGAGGAAUAUUUCCUAUAACUACAGGACCAGGUAUGUCUCCCCGGUAACAGAUGAACAUAUUGCAAUGUUCUGGACAUAGUUAAGACACAGGUCAGGCUGAUUUAGACUGAGAUUACUUUUUUAAAUACAGCUGUGCGAUUUGGGGAUAUUAUGCAUUCUUAAUGUACAUUAGUAAGUUUAAAUGAAAUUAAAGUGUAUGCACUUAGAAAAUAAAUACACUCUUAACACAACACAAACAAAUUCAUCCCAAGACACUCAUUCAGUGUCUGGAAUUAAACUUUCAAUUCUUUAUACCCUUUUACCUAGAGAGUUAAUAUGUGUUUGGAAGAGGAAGUUAUAAUAUUGUACAGAUACCCCCCAGCUAUGUUGAAAUGACUUAGCCCAAUAUGAUUAUAAACUGCAAACACUUAAUUACAUCCUCUGCACGUAGUUAUUAAGAACUCCUGUUUGAACACUGAAUGAUACACUUUUUUUUUAUAUAGCAUUAUAGAGAAUCAUACUCCGUACAUGUUUUCAAGGAGAGCCUAUAUGACAUUAUUUUGGUUUUAAGUCCCCGAACACUGUGAUCCUGCAUUAUUCAGCUCCUUAGCAAGUGAAAGGCUUGGGUGUAAGAUCUAAUCUAGAAAAUUGAGAAUUCUAUGCUUUACCAGGUUGUUUAGUAACUUCAUGAUGAGAGGAGAAAAAUCUUUUAUAGAGUGAAGAAGAAAUAGAUGGUUCAUUGAUCCCAAACAGUGAAAAGGAAAAUUAGAAACAGAGUUCUAAAUUAUAUCGAGCUGUGAAAAGAUUUGGGCACUGACAAUUUAAAAAAAGCUCACAUUUGAUCAUAGAUAGGACGUACUUCAAUACAAGUAAAAAAAAUCAGUGUGUUCAUCCUAGCAAAAAAAAAAAAUCACCUGAACUUUAUAAAUAUAUAAUAGAAUGUUAUCUGUCUACAGUUUCAUACACUUCAUGCAUUUAAGGCAAGCUGUGUCCCAUGUGAAUACACCUGUGAGAUUUAUAUAUCUCUGUAGGUAGAACUGGUGGCAAAUCUUAGAUUGCAUUAAUAGCGUAUUUUCUCUAAGAAUUUGAUGUUAGACAGCUGAGCACAGUCUUGAGGGGGGGGGAUCAUGUAUUUGCUAUCUAUAUACACUCUUUUCUCCUUACCUAAUUUUUUGUAAGACAAAGGUGCCUCUCUUUAAUAUAUUUUACAUUUUAAAGGUUCAUAAGGUGGCUCACUGGACUAUAUGAUAUCAUUAUUUUAUUUCUUUUGAUGUAUUCCUAAUAUAGAUGACAGAUAUUUUCAUACAAGAAACAUAUGCCGAAUGAGUUUACCAUAACAUAAAUUAAAGUUAGAGUUAUAUUUAAUGUGCCAAGCUACCUGCAUAUCAUACAAUGCACAGAGCUAUUUGCCAUGCACAUGGCUAUCUGUUGUCCACCGUUAGUGUUAUCUUAUUCAUUCUUGCAAUAUCGCACAUAAAGCUCCACAUCCUAUAUUUAAUAUGCAUAGUUUUAUUUCAUGUGUCUAAUGAGCAUUGCUAUUUACAGAUUUUGGCUUCUAUCUAUCUAUCUAUCUAUCUAUCUGUCUAUUCAUCCAUCUAUAUAUCAUCUAUUUGUCUGCCUGUCUAUUCAUCCGUCCAUCCAUCCAUCCAUCCACCCACCCACCAUCUGCCUGUCUAUUCAUCCGUCCACCCAUCCAUCCAUCCGUCCACCCACCCACCCACCCACCCACCAUCUAUCUGUCUGCCUGUCUAUUCAUCCAUCCACCCAUCCACCUAUCUGUCUGCUUGUUUAUUCAUCCGUCUGCCCAUCCAUCCACCAUCUAUCUGUCUGCCAUUUAUUCAUCCGUCCGCCCAUCCAUCCACCAUCUAUCUGUCUGCCUGUCUAUUCAUCCAUCUGUCUGCCCAUCCAUCCAUCCAUCCAUCCAUGUGUCUAUCCAACCAUCAAUCCAUCUAUAUAUCAUCUAUUUGUCUGCCUGUCUAUUCUUCCAUCCAUCCAUCCACCCACCCACCAUCUAUCUGUCUGCCUGUCUAUUCAUCCGUCUGCCCAUCCAUCCAGCCAUCCAUUCAGCCAACCAUUCAUCCAUCUCCACCAUUAUAUUAGCCUGCAUAGCUAUCACCUUUCAGAGAGCAAUAUUAUAUUUAUUUUCCAAAUCUCCAUGGAGAGGAUGAUGGUCAUGUUUAGUUCAUAGAUAUCAUUAAGUAUCUUGUCUUUUCCUAUAAUGCACAUGGCUGUUUGUCUUCUAUAUAACCAAAUAUUUAGUUUAUUUUGCUCUAAAGUCUUUUCUCUUUGUGAAAUGUACCCAUCUUUUUGCCUGUCUUUCUAUAAUGUGUGUUCAUUUCCCUUCAUGGGAUAUAGACAAUAUGCCAUACAACCUUCCCCAUAUAAUGAAUGCCAUCACCUAUCUGCCCUUUGCAUGGGAUUAUCGUCACAACUAUCAGCCUGCUCUCCAGAGGGUAGAACUAACUCUCCAAUAUUUGCCUGUUCCAUGGAAUAAACAAACCCUCUGUAUGAAAUAUGCAUUAAUCCGUCUCCCUUGUGUAAUGAACUAUCCAUAUUUCAUAUCACCACAAUACACAGAAUAUAAUGUACAGGGAUAAAUGUAAAGUGUCUAUAAAAGAAUGUCUCAAUGUCAAUGAUAUACUAAAAUAUACAACUAAUAAUUUAAAUAAUUAACCCAUUAUUGUUAAUACUAUUUUGAGCCAAACAAAAAUAACCCACCAAAAAUAAAAGUCCAGUUUUCUUGAAAUGUAUCAGACAGUUACAAAGGAAAUGCAAAAUAAUAUGUCUGUUUGAACAGGGACCUACAAAGCACUUCCGGGAAAAAAAGAUAACCAUGAUAAUCUAGAUCAAGAUUUGUGAUAUUUGUAAUGGCCAAUGUUAUACUCUACUCUAGAGUGCAGGGGGCGAUGGUAAACAGAACAUGUUUGAGCAAGCUACAAAUCAGCUUCCAAGAGGCUGGGUGCUCCAAACUUCACUCCCAUGUGUCAGCCCUCACUGGGCAAUAACUGCUGGAGGAUGCAAAUUGAGUGGCUUUAUUUAUUGCAAAUAGUAGAGUGUGAAACAGUAGUUCUUUCUUGCGUGGACGAGUAGCUGAAAAAAACUCCUUUAGUUAGUUUAAAAAGAAAAAAUAUAUGAAAUAUGGUGAAAGUAAAGGAACCACAUUUAAAUCUGUGUCUAAACCAUUAUCUCAGACCAGAGUGAGAGCCCAAUUUUCCUUAUUGUAUUCUGGGUUUGAGUAAAACAGAUUAUUGGGGGCACAAGCGGAACAUGCAUCUUUAUUUUUUGUAGUUUGGGUAGUCAGAUCCUAUAUAGUCUUAUCCCUGCCCUGCACUCUCUUUUGCAUGGAUAUUUAUAUUUACACUCCAUAUACUACUUUAUUUGGGGAAAUAAAUUAUAAAAAUACUAUUUUUCUCCAAAAAAAAAAAAAGGUUUUACUACUCUUCUGUACUGUCUGUUGAGUUUUGGAAGAGCAUUCUUGUAAUGUUGUCCAGCAUUUUACAGACAAUACAAGCAGCAAGUGUGCACAGCACUCACACCAAGCAAUGUAAAACAUCUCACAAAUACGACGUCAUAUAUUAUGCACUUCUUCAUGCACAUAAGUGGAAUUUCAAGUAAUUUUUUUUCUGGAGUCUUUGAGAAGCAGGACAAUGAGGGAAUAAAUUGUAAAAGCCGACCUUUCCUGCUGGAUACAGGACAUUAAACGCAUAUGUAUUAUUUACAAAGGAGAUAACUGUUUGCAACUCAUAAAUGAUUGCUGUAUGCAUUAUACAUCAGGAUGCAUGAUAAAACCUGUAAAAUGUGUAAACACAGAAACACCCAAACUGUCCCAGUCCGGACACAUUUAAAUUCAUGCUUCAUAUGGGGGCAAUUUACCAAGAACCAAAAUAGUAUCCUUUUACAUAGGGAAUCCAAUGCAAGUACACAAGAUUGCAAUAAAGCCUGAUAAUUUAAUAAAAUAAUAUAAAAACAACCUAGCUCUCAAGUAUACCUCUUUAGUAUAGUCAUUAGCUAGUCCAUUUUUGUCACCCAAAUUGGCUGACCCCUCUUUUCUACAAUGCAUUCUUAGUUUUUUUCAGUGAAGUCAGAAUGGCUUAUCUAAGUGUGAUUAUUAUAGAGAAACAGUGCAUUACAACUCAAAGUAAUAUCUGUUUAAAUUGCAGCACAUAUGGUACAAAACAUAAUAGUGACUUAUAAUUUUCAUGCUGCGUAAAAGGCUAUCAGUAGUUUAUGAAAUUACCUAGCCAUUGCCCUGAGUCCUGCAGGCUCACACUCUAAAGUAAGUAUCCAUCUUUGGCUGUCUGAAAUGUUGGGAUAUAUACAUGUUCUGUAUGCAGGGAGAAAUGUGCAUCUAACAUAUGUGUUUGUCAGCUGUGCUCCGUGAGGUUCACCAGCGCUCGUGCUGGCUGUGAAACAAGGAUAGAUUGUCUGCGUGUGCUGUUCUGAUCCUGUAAUUGACUAAAACCAAUAACUACAGGAAUUAAUGCUCAUUCAAUGCAAUACCCACAACUUAUUACUGUUCCUAAGUGUAUGUAUUGUAAACCGUACGCAUUAAUCCUAAAUAGGCUUGUUUUUCUUUACUUUUUUAUAAUCAGUAUUUUUUUUUAUCAAUGCUAAUUACAUUCAGUACACAGAUUUCAAGCCAGAAUAAUGCUUACUAUUAUUAGUAAUUUUGUCUAGGGUUUAAGAAAGCCCCUUCGUAGAUCAAAACAGACCUAUUGACGUAAGAUUUAACAUAUUGACAUAUUUCAAAUUUUAUUUUAACUUUUACUUUUUGAAAUGCACUAGCUGAUUUGUGGACCUAUUAUAAUUAGCAUUUAAUAAGUUACUGAUGACAUGCUGUAGAGUACACAACACACCCACCAUUGUAUCCAAACCAGCACUGUAUCCUAAGACCUCAAGUAAGGAGCCAAUAAAGCUGAUUUGUAUGCAUAAAGAAAAAGCCACAGAUUGUGUCUAUUUGUGAAUAAAUAAUUAAUAUUCAGAAUAACAAAAAUGUAAAUACAUAAAAUAUAAACGAAUAACAGUCAAACCAAAAAGUUGCAUAAAAUCACAAUAUAGAUUAUUUGUACCUUCAAUGUGCUAUCAGCCUGGGCGCUGGACUUUUGAUGGUUCUUACCAGAAGCGCUCUUUAGCUCUUUAUUCAAUGAUCCACUCUGUAAACCCAAAUCCAGAUUCAUGCAUCACCUGCGGCCCCAUUGGCGCUGUAUAUUCAAAGUAUGACAUUUUCACUUCUAAUUACAGUGUACAAUAAAAAGCAAGUUAUUUCAUUGGAAAAGAUAAAAAUACAGCAAAUAUCGGCAGAAAUUAGGGACAGAGAUGAAAUGUAUUUCAUGUUAUCAGAGCACUUUCUUAACAGUUUACACAAAAUGACUAGUGCCAGCUGCCAAAGAUGAACAACCAAAACAAUAUUACCAUAAUAACAUGUCAUCAAUCCCACUCAUAUUUGGAUGGAAAACACUCAGACAUUGAAUUCUGCCCAAAUAUGGCUACAAAUUAUAUUUCUCAUGUUGAAAGGGAUUUUUCUUUCUACCUGUGUGUUUGUCUAUCUAUCUAGUGACUGUAUCCCAUUAAAACAGUCAGUAUAAUGAUGGAGAAAUUACUGCUUAAAGCUCAUUAAUAAAACAUUAGAUAUCAAAAAGGUUCAAAAUGAAGUAUCAUUUUAGGUUUAAUCAACCAUAUGGUAAUAUUGCAUGUGUGUGGAUUGUACAUACAUUAAGUAUUUUUACAGUGUGCUCUCACCUUUUAUUCUACUAACUUUUGUACACUUUAUUUUGUGUGGUUGGGUGACCUACACCAGGUGAUACUAGCACCAUACUUAAUUUUGAACCUUUUUUAUAUCUAUUGUUUUAUUACUAUUUAUAGUUACUAAUUUAAAAGGUUAUUUGAAGGUUGUUUAAAUAUGUCAAUUGUUAAUAUGAGAAAAGUUUGGCAAAAGGAUAUGGAAAAAACAUUUCAAGUUAAGACUGGAAAUCAAGAAAGGGGAUUCUUUAUAAGUGAUAAUCUCGAUGUAAUGUGCCAGCAAUUAGAAAUACGUCUGAUACAUUACAUAUAUUAAUGGGACGGGGUGUAGGGAGGCAAUUGCCCCCCAUUUUAAAAAUGACCGCCUGCGGAGACGGCUCUCUAAUUAAGCAGUUUAGGCGGCCGCCUAAGGCCUCGAGACUGCUUAAACCGCCUUAGAGCAGACUGUGUCGGGUCCUCGGUCAGACCAAGGACCGCACCCUUGGCCGCUAGUCUGCAGUUCCGCAGUAUGCAGAGCUGCAGACCAUGUGUCUUGUGAAAUCUGGCCAAUCUGACCUGGUAUCACUGCAGAGCUGCAAAACCGGAUAUCCCCACCUGACCACAAGGGAGCCCACUGGAUUACCAGGGAACCCACACUGGAUCACCAGGGAAUGACAAAAGUAUUUAGUCCCCCCUCCCUCUCACCAUCACCCCCCCUCCCUCUCACUAUCACCCCCCUCCCUCACACUAACACCCCCCUCCCUCACACUAACACCCCUCCUCCUUCACACCCUCACCCCCCCUUCACACCAUCACUCUCUCCCUCUCACCAUCACUCUCCUCCCUCACCAUCAUUGGCCUCUCACCAUCACCCCCAAUCACACCAUCACCCCCUCCCACUCACCAUCACCCCCUCCCUCACACCCAUCACCCCUCCCCACACCAUCACCCCUCCCUCACCCCUCCCUCACACCAACACCCCUUCACACUAUCAUCCCCUCCUUCACACCAUAACACCCUCCCUCUCACCAUCACCCCUCGCCUCACCAUCACCCUCUUGCUUCUCACCAUCAUCCCUCCCUCACCCCUUCCUUCACACCAUCACCCCCUCACACCAUCACCUCCCUCACACCCAUCACCAUCACCUCCCUCCUCUCUCAACAUCACCUCCCUCCCUCUCCAUCACCCCCUCCCUCUCCCUCCCUCUCACCAUCACCCACUCUCAAAACACCUACCUCACACUAAUACCCCCUCCCUCUCACCUUAACCCCCCUCCCUCACACCAUUAUUCCCCCUACCUCUCCCUGUCACCCCCACAUAAACCACAUUGUAACACAUUUGUCUUGCUUCAUAACAUCAAUAUCCGUUAGAAAAGCAGAAAGAGGUGGGUAUGGAUGGUGAGCUGAUUCGGUGGUGCAAUGGGCCACUUGACUGGAUUUUACCACCAGGCCUAAGGCUGCCAGCACUGGCGUACAUAUAGCGGUCACAGGGGUCGCAGUUGUGACCGGGCCCGUCACUGCAGGGGGCCUGGCCGCUUUGCAGACCCCUAUGAAUGGGUGCGAUAGGUAUGGAUUUUCAGGGGGCCCGGUCAGCGCUGCAGCGCUUUAACAGUGCGACCGGGCCCCCUGUGAUGACAUCAUAUGCUGGGAGGAAAUGACUCCCCGGUCACUCCUCCUAGCUAUCACUGAGAGCCCGCGUGGAAGGAAGCAGAGGAAGUUAGAGUGGGAACUCUGACUCCCAUCAAUCUGAGCCAACACUGGACCCCAUCGCCUGCACCUAAAAGGUAGGAAACUGGAGGGUGACUUAAAUAUUAUGUGUGUGUGUGUUUGUUUGUAUAUAUAUAUGUGUGUCUUUGUAUGUAUGUGUGUCUUGUGUGUGUGUCUGUAUGUAUUUGUGCCUGUCUGUUUUUAUGUAUGUGUGUAUGAGUCUGUGUGUAUGUCUGUCUUUAUGUAUGUAUGCGUGCCUGUCUGUCUGUAUGUAUGUGUCUUUGUAUGUAUGUUUGUUGUGUGUGUCUGUCUGUAUGUAUGUAUGUGUGCCUGUCUGUUUGUAUGUAUGUGUUGUGUAUGUAACUGUCUGUGUGUGUCUGUCUGUUGGGGGGAGGUGUUAGAGGGGGGGAAGAGGGAGGGAGGGGGCCACAUGGAUCAAUUUCACACCGGGGCCCCAUGGGUUGUGUGUACGCCACUGGCUGCCAGCUCUCCCCUAGUGUGCUCUCACCUUUUAUUCUACUAACCUUUAUACGCUUAAAGCUCAUUGCCUACUAGAUAUCAGUGCAAAUCUUUUGAUCAGUAUUGUCUGUAUAAUAUCAGUUGAACAAAUUGUAAACCAUAGCAGGUGAGGAUGAAAUUGAAGUAAACCUGUUAAGAGAAAAUCAAUGUACCUGAAAUCACUACCAUAUACAUUGAAUAAAAUAUAUAAAAUGAAGAUGGUGUAUUCAGUGUAAAAUAUAAAGAUUUACUCGCUUUUCCUCUGUUCCAGCACCAUUUUGUGGGUGUUACUUUUUGUGUAACAACCACCUGCUGGCUAUCCACCAUUCAGCCUCAGCACUCCCUGUCCUGUUCUUUAAUUCACCUUGCUUGGGAUGCACUCCAAGUAGGGCAAACCUCGACAGUAAAAUUUGUACGCUGGCUACAUUGCAGCGUGCGGGUCAUCAUGUCACUCCAUUUUCAUACUCCCUUUUCCAGCUCUAGAAGCACCGGCUAGGGAGUUUCCAUAGCAACUGCAGCGCAUGCUAUGGUUGCUAUGGUAGAAGAGCAUAUGGUCCUAUGCCCAAAACAGUUUCAGUGCCCAUAGUCUGUGGGCAGAGGCUGGCAAGCAGGCCCCUCCAAGUACAAGUGGUGAGGUUACUUUUGCCACAGAUAAGAAUAGGAACAUUUAGAACAAGUUGGCAUUUCCAUGAGGCAUUUUGCGUACAAGGCAGUCAUUAUACCAAGAAAAUAAAGUAAAAAAGGUACAUAACAGAAACAAUUUAACACAGUAGUUGUUCAGGUCAUUAGAGGUGGGUUGUUACAAUUGGCCCCUAUAUGGUGUGCGAACAGUGAUUGUCGGGUUUGGGCGUUUAGAACGUGGCCCCGUUCAGUGUGUCCCAGGAGGACUGGGUUAUGUAGAUAGUCUGGUAUUUGUGGACAUGGUGCUUUUGGGGGGCCAUUACUAAAAUGCAUGUUUAUCACAUUCACCUCGUAGGAGCUUGGCUCAGGUCAUUGUCCAGAGUGGGAGGCACGGUGGAGACUGAGCCAACGAGGGGUGAUCCUUGAUCAGAAGUAGUAGAGGAUGGGGGGAUUACAGUGGGGUGAGAGAAGAAGAGGGAGAAGAAAAGAAAAGGAGAUGGGGAAGGUGUGAAAAGACAACAAAAAAGGAAGGGUUGGGUGUGAGUAGGGUCUGGCAGUCCUUAUCUCCCAUUGCUUUGGGUAUUUAAGAGGGGAGGUUAUAUUCCAGAAUCUAUGGGUCCCAGAUUUUACAAAAGUGUUUUGUGGUGUAGUGUACAAUAGCUGAGAGUUUGUCCAUCUCUAAUGCGUCUUCCAUCUUGCCCUUUACCACCUCGAGUAGAGGAAUGCUAGGGUUUCCCCAUCAUUCUCCAUGUUGCUAAGGUAUUUUUAGAUACCAUUUUGUUUUGUGCUCUGGUAAUGUCACUUUAGGGUUUGGAGAGUAGCCACACCCAUGGGUCUAGAGGGAUGUCAGUGUGUGGGAGAUGCAAGGUUAAUUGGGAGAUUUCUCACCAUAACAGAGUCAACAAUGGGUACUCCCACCACAGGUGGAGAUAGGUUCCCUUUUGGCCACACCCUUUCCAGCAUAGGUCUGAGUCUGAGUGACCCAUUUGUUUGAGUCUAAGUGGGGUGAGGUACCAACGCAGCAGAGUUUUAUAGGCCUGUUCCUUGUGAUUUACACAUAUGGAGAGUGAAGCCAUUGCUUCCCAUAUGUCUUUCCAGUCAGUGGGGUCCACCAGGGGGGCCCAGGUCCCUCUCCCAAGCCGACACGUCGGACAGUGCCCCAGGGACCACACCCACGGUGAGGUGCGAGUAUAUCAUGCAUAUCUGUUCUUUUUGUAUAGGGCAUUGCAUGCAGGAAGUUGUGAGGGCUGUUGUGCCUGCUUUGGUGUUAGAGGGGUUCUCCAGGAAGCUGCAGAUUUGGAGGUAGCGGAAGUUUUCAUAGGUGGUGAGGGGGUGGCUUGGGGAAGUUCAGAGAAUGGUAACAAAGUAUUGUUUUCAAAAAAAUUAUAAAUUCUGUUGAGGUUGUUGCGGUCGAAUCGAUGGAAGUCCUGAGGUGUCAUGCCGGGUUCAAAUGAAGUGUUCCUUAACACUGGUGUGAUAGGGGAAGGGUCGGAGUUCAGGGAGUGUUUCAAUGCCAUUUUGUCCCAUAUUUUUACGACUGUGUUAAGGGCUGUGGUUGCUGGGGGCAUAAGGGUCUGUCAAUUUUUGAUAACUGUAACAGGAGCCCUCUGAUUUCCCAGUGGUUAUGGUGUUUAUCCUUUUCUGCAGUGGUUAUAGUAUUUCCCCUUUCUGUGUAAUAAAGGCCACUUUGCCCCUGGGUUAUGGAGAGGAUUAAUUGCCAGUCUUUUACCUUGGAACUAUGGCCCCUGUGACUUAUUUGGUUCUAGGACAUUAUUUCUGCCUGCUGGGACUUUUACCAAUACCACUUCGACCUGUCAAAGUAAUUUGAAGUGGUACUUCGAACCAUCGAGCAGCCGAAGUACCGGACCACCCAUAAUUGGAAGUAUGCUGCUUGUUAACCUAAGUUGUGGUUAACCGCAGCUUAAUUGACGAACGACUGGGUGAUCACCGUUCGUAUACUUGUUUAGUCGAAAGCGGCCAGCUGUGUUUUUUGUCGUCAAGUGCGUGGAACUAAAAUUAGACAGUCAACGGCAUGAACACCGCUAGAACUUCCACCUCUAGCUAGCUUCGACUAAAUCCCCACGAACAGAGCGCCGUUCGGUAAAAGUAAUAUACCGAACACACUUCAACUCUGACUUUGUGCACUAACAGUCCCGUUCGAAUAUUCAAAGGGCAUUUUAAUCAUUAGAAAUAGACGUGGCAGUGCUCAUGACAUUCCAUAACACAUGCUGGUACAGAGUGUGAAUCCGCCAUAGUGCAUGCUCUGUUAUGGUGUGCAGGUCAUAACAAUAGAAACAUAGAAACAUAGAAUGUGACGGCAGAUAAGAACCAUUCGGCCCAUCUAGUCUGCCCAAUUUUCUAAAUACUUUCAUUAGUCCCUAGCCUUUAAAAAUGUUUAAAAAAUAAUAACAAAACAGAGUACACAAUGGGGGUUGCAAGAAUACUUGAUGCCAUAACUUGAAACUCCAGCAUCCUCCAUCUGCAUGGUCCAACUUAAGUAGGAUAAUGCAUAGAGAUCUGUGUGCUCUGAGCAGAAACAUUCAAUUAAAACAGGGGGGUGGGGGUGUAGGGAAGUAGCGCUUAACAAUUGAAUUCCUUGUGUGGGGUCCAAUGGAGCCAAUAUAAGGGAGAAAACAAAAUGUUAAGCGCUGCUUCCCUACAUCCCCCAUUUUACUUGCAUCAACGACCAGAAAGAAGAGACUCUGGUUUGGGAAAGUUUUAGCUGCUGCACACAUAAAGAACAAGCGCCAGAAAUCUCACUUGCUGCUAUAUCUAGAAAAAUUCAAUUAACUUGUACUCAUCUUCCUCUGGAAAUACUCCAUUUCAGCACAUUAGAAGAUAGGAGAUAUACAUACCUAAAGUUAUUCUUCAUCUGUGCUGAUAUCAUCGCUGCUGCCAUGGAAGAUCAGUUCCUGUCUGCUUCAUCUGCCUGGACUCUCAUCAGUUGUGUAAUACUACUACAAAUGAAACUUGAAUUGCUGUUUCUACUGCCAAAAAGAAGUAAUGAAACACAUCUUUCCUUCAGCCAUAUGAUGCUACCCCAUGCAGAAAAAGCUAAUUGAGAAUUUAUAUACAAAAGGAGUUUUUAAUAUUCCUGAGAUUACUGUGUACUGGAGGAAGGAACUUGAGUUGCUUAGGCUGUAUUGGCCAACAACUCCCACCACUGAUGAUGUGACAGCCCUCUAAACAAAUACACAACCCUCUACAACUUUAUAUACAAAUGUAAAGAUUUCUAUAGUCAGAGAUUUCUAAUCAAACUGGGCAAAUAACUAAGGGGCACCUGUCAAGCUCCAAUAAUGCUCAAUCUAAUGAGCAUAAGAUUUUAAGUAUACAUUGUGUUACCAGUUUUGCUAGCACAUGUAUAGAUUAGGAGAAAAACUUAUUUUAAAAUAUUUUUUUUCCUUCUAUGUUGACCAAAACCAACACGCCCACACAGGGGUUAAGAGAUGGGAAGACCUGGAACAUGAUCUCUUCGGCAGGAACUUCCUUCCUUGUACAUAUGGUUACUGUGACAGCCACCCCUUAGUAGUUGGGGUAUUUACUGCCUAGAUGUCCUUUUCCCCAAUCUGAAUGGGAACUGUGGAGUCCAAAUAUGACAUCCUAGUAUACUGCUAUGAUAAACAGGUUCCUUAGAGCUCUGAGAAGAGCUAGUGAUUACAGUAGGUCUAGCAUUUCCCUACAACAUGAGACGAGGCUGCAAGUUGAGGGUAAGAAGAUCUGAGAGUUUAAUGGCACAGGUUGGAUUUUUAUACAAUUCCUCAGGCCAGGGGAACACCCCCUGGACCUGAUGGAGCACCAAAUUACAAGGUGUACAUACCAAUAAAAACAAUGUACAAUGUCUGACACUCCCACAUACAGCACACAAUCCCUCCCCUCUGCUUGGGAGAUAAUUGAACAAGAUACUGUAAUUAACUCAUUUAUCCCCAAACAGAAAAAAACACAUUAUUCAAAAAGUACAGAAAACACCCCAAAACAUCACAUAUCCCCAAUGUUAUAUCACCUGAUAGCCCUGAUCUGGGUGACCAACAUAUCCAAAAAUCACCCAGAUCAGAGCAGGGGUUCAGAAAAUUCCUGGAAGUCUCUUUUGACUGACCGCACGCAUGGUUUCAUGCCCAAAAUAGUUCCAGAGAAUUAGGCUGUGGCCAAUACAGCCUAAGCUCCUCAAGUCCCUUUCUCCAGUACACAGUAAUCUCAGGAAUAUUAAAAACUCCUUUUGUUUAUAAAUUCUCAAUUAGCUUUUUCUGCAUGGGGUAGCAUCAUAUGGCUGAAGGAAAGAUGUAUUUCAUUACUUCGUUUUGGUAGUAGAAACAGCAAUUCAAGUUUCAUUUGUAGUAGUAUUACACAACUGAUGAGAGGCCAGGCAGAUGAAGCAGACAGGAGCUGAUCUUCCAUGGCAGCAGCGAUGAUAUCAGCACAAAUGAAGAAUAACUUUAGGUAUGUAUAUCUCCUAUCUUCUAAUGUGCUGAAAUGGAGUAUUUCCAGAGGAAGAUGAGUACAAGUUAAUUGAAUUUUUCUAGAUAUAGCAGCAAGUGAGAUUUCUGGCGCUUGUUCUUUAUGUGUGCAGCAGCUAAAACUUUCCCAAACCAGAGUCUCUUCUUUCUGGUCGUUGAUGCAAGUAAAAUGGGGGAUGUAGGGAAGCAGCGCUUAACAUUUUGUUUUCUCCCUUAUAUUGGCUCCAUUGGACCCCACACAAGGAAUUCAAUUGUUAAGCGCUACUUCCCUACACCCCCAGUUUUAAUUGAAUUUUUCUGCUCAGAGCACACAGAUCUCUAUGCAUUAUCCUACUUAAGUUGGACCAUGCAGAUGGAGGAUGCUGGAGUUUCAAGUUAUGGCAUCAAGUAUUUUUGCAACCCCCAUUGUUAUGACCUGCACACCAUAACAGAGCAUGCACUAAGGCGGAUUCACACUCUGUACCAGCAUGUGUUAUGGAAUGUCAGGAGCACUGCCACGUGUAAACACCCCCGGGGGAUGAUCAGCCCCAGAUACUGCUGCCCACAGGGUAAUAUCCCAUUGUACCACCCCAGGUCUGGAAAACAUUAAGACUGUGACAUUAAGACAAGUACAAACCCAUACAAAGGGCUUCAAGCCUGGAUCAAUUUCUGCCUCCUGCUUAACUCCUGCAGUACUCUGCUAAAGACAUCCCAGCACCCAUUUCCUCCUAACUGUAAAUUAUAUUUUUAAUAUCGUAAAAGUGAUGAGUGGAGCAAAGAGAAACACCAAUAUAUAGACAAUAUGAGAAUAAAAUACAACCUUAUAGGGGAAUAUAUCCUCCAACGGGUAUUGUUGUAUGUAGGGAAAAAAAGAGAAUAUAUGCAGUAAUAGUGCAGAUGGUAAAUAACUGCAAAUAAUUCACAUAUGUUAUAACCUUAUAGCACUUAAAUAUUACAGAAAUAAUGUGUUUCACAUAAAAAUGACAAGAUUUUUUAUCUGCUACAUGCAGAGAGAAAUUAACAUAAAUACAAAUACAUCAAUAGAAAAAAGAGAGCAAUCUCUAUAAAGAGAGUGAUUAGCCCCUUACUGGAAAAGUUGGUGAGUCAAACAGUCUGAGCUGUAACUCACUAUAAGAGCUUAUGGUAAUGGGAUGGCAGACAGACUGUGGCGUGUAUACAGUACUCGGUCGGAUCCACAACUUCGCGGUUAUCCUUGCAUCUCUUCUGGGUUCCGUCUGCAACAAGCUCCUCCCCCUUUCGUGACGUCAAUGCGUUUCCCCGUAUUCCGGCUUCCUCAGGACGUAUUCAUAACCAUGUUGGUUAUGGGCAUAUAAAGGGCAAAGUCCCUUCUGAUAGGCUCUAAUAAAAUUUGCAUAAUUGCUUCUUAUUAAAAUCCGCAUGACAUCAGGUCAUGAGGAUAAUCAUACCAAAUCAAAACAAUACAUAUCAGCGCUUUAGUAAAACAUCAUAGAUCAUUAAUCUUCACACAUAAACAAAUCAAGUAUAAUUCUUAAAAUGACACACAUUACAUCAAUCAAAACUCAAAUGAAACAAUCCAUACCAGCAUUUUGCAUAUAUAUAGUAGCUGUCCCAGGACAAUUUAUCAUUGGGCUUCAUGUAUAAACAGGUUAAGUAUAAUUCUUAAAGUGACAUUGUGCAAAAGGUAUUACAAUUCCUAUCAUCUAUUCUAGAUAUGAAAAAACAAUAUAUGUACAUAAUCACAUAUAUAUAUAGCAAAUAAUUAUACAAAUGCAAAUACAAAAGUACAAAUUUAUAUAGACAACCACUAGCUUCAUAUUUUAAAAAACGUAUAUCAUUAAAUUCCUUCUUAUUAUAAAAAGAAUAAAAGAAAAAAAGAAAGGUUAAUUUCAAUAUGGCUGGAAGUACAUUAUCAAUAUAGAAAUUUACAAUAUAAACAUUUAAAUUUAAACACACCAAUGUACCUCCACCUUGCUCAAACUCGAGAGAAUAAUAAAAACCAUAUACAAAGUUGUGAUAAAAAACAGAGAACCCAGAUUUAGAUAGCCCAAGCACACAGUAUAAUAGUCAUAAAGAAUUGUUGUUGUGCAAAUACAUAUUUAAAACAUAUUUAUAGAAAAUAGAGAAAUAAUAAAAUAUAAUGAAGUAAUAAAAUAGUAAAAUAGGAGGUGUGGAGAUAUCAUAUAUAAAAUUCAUCAUAUAGAAUCAUACUACUAUUCCAGAAAUCAUAAUAUAUUUCAACAAUAAUAGUAAAUAUAAAUAUAUAUAUAUAUAUAUAUAUAAAUUAUUAUUGAAUCUCAAAAAAAAUGUAUAAAAUUUUUUUCAAUAAAUUUAAUCUUAAAUUUUUUUUUUACAAAUUUAAAAAAAAUCUAAAAUAUUUGUCAAAAAAUUCCCCAAAAAUUCCUUGUUUCAAAUUUUUUUUUGUUAUUUUAAAAAAUGGCAUAUUUCAAAAUCAUUAUUAAGGCCAUGUGGAGUCAUAGUAUUCAAUUCAAAGAUCCACUUCAUUUCGGCCUUUUCUAUUGAUCUAUUGAAAUCUCCACCUCUCCAUGCUUUAUAAAUUUGUUGGAUCCCUAUAAACCUUAAUUGUGUGGGAUCUGCACAAUGAUGUUGUUUAAAAUGUACCGAUACUUGAUGUAGUGCAUAUUGCCUCUUAAUAUUGUAUAUAUGUUCAGAUAUUCGGAUUCGUAGGGGUCUCGUAGUACGGCCUAUAUAGUGUAGUCCACACGUGCAAAUGAGCAUAUAAAUUACAUUCUUCGAACUGCAUGUGAUUCCUUCCUUAAUCUUUUAAAUCAUUCCAUUCACAGUAAAUUCUUUUAUAUGUUGUUUUUUUAUUUUGUGUUUUAACACAUGCACUACAGUAUCCACAUCUAAAAAAAAACUUUUUGUUGAUUUAAAAAAUGACUACCCUGUUGCUUAGGUUCAUCUAAACCAUUACUUACUAAAAUCCUUUUGAGAUUAGGAACACUCUUAUGAACUAUCUUUGGUGUAUCGGUAAGGAUAUUAUUUAAAAUUGGAUCAUCCAUAAGUAUCGGCCAAUAUUUUGUAAUAAUGUUUCGGACUUUCUGGUUAUGUCCCCCUGAAUAUUGGCAGAUAUUCAUUUAAUAUCCAUGAAUAAUCUGUUUUGCUAAAACAAAGCAUCUUGUCUUUUGUACAGUGCUGUUAUUAAACAUUUCCCUAUAGACCAUUUGGUAGAGGAUGUGUACACAUUUGUAUAAUGUUAUCAUGAAGUUGAGAUGUUAAGAAACAAUAAUAGGAUGUAUCAGAAAUAUGACCAAAAAUUAUACAAGGAGGGGCGUGGCUUGGCCGAAACCGCUGAUGGCCGCAUAAGCCGAGAGCUCUGAUCGAUCACCCAACCUAAAACACGCAUAAACCGCACCAGCACAACUACAAACCAUACCUGGUAGCCCACUAACAGCCCAAAACCGCGAUGCACAGUCUAAAAAAAGUCACGGGAGACCACUCUUACAACUUUCUUCCCGGCCAGUCAGAAAUGCGCUGAGACACAAAAUGGCACCUCCAGCGGCACGCGCCAGAUGCAGGAAGAUAGAGAGGAUGCAGCCUCGGAUCCCUCAGCCUCUUGCUCAGAGGACACGGCUUGCAUACUCGCCCAGAUGAAGGCGACCGGGACUUCCUUGCGGGGGAGAUGGAGCGCAACUCCAGAGAGCUGAGAUCUCUAUCUCUCAACUUCUGUCCUUCACCGCGGCCCGUGACCACCUCCACACGCUCAAGCGCACUCCCUUACCGCGACUACACUUCAUGUAUACCACCGUUACCUCUCAUAAGACAACAUGGGUACUAAAAUAAUUUCACUAAAUGUCAAGGGAUUAAAUUCCCCCCAACAACGCAGACUAUUGUUUAAAGAACUUAAGAGCCUCUGAGCUGACAUAGCAUUUAUUCAGGAGACCCACCUUAACCGCGUUAAUUCCACCUUACUUAAAGAUAAACACUAUCGCAACGUAUACCAACCCCCAGCCCAAUGCAAACACAACGGGGUCGCCAUAUUAAUCCACACACACUGUCAAUACAUUGUGACAAAUACGCUCUGCGACAACAAGGGGAGGUACAUUCUUUCCUCUGGUUCCAUAGGCUCUCGUACCCUCCACCUCCUCAACAUCUAUGCUCCUAACACUGCUGACACCGGCUUCUGUGAGAAGCUGGGCGACAUUAUAGCCCCCCUAACAUCUGACUUACUCUUACUGGGGGGCGACUGUAAUGCGGUCUCAUGCCGGGCAGUGGACAGGAGCACCAAACCGGGUGGACAAAAAUCACAGGGCAGGGGGAGACAAGACAAACUAUUUAAAGCAUUCAUAGACUCUCAUAGAUUGAUCGAUGUGUGGAGAACGCACCACCUAAGCGAACAGGACUAUAUCUUCUAUUCCACACCACACGGCUCUUACUCCAGGAUAGACAUGUUCUUAACUAACUUGAGGCUGCUCCCGAGUUUGUGCACAACCGCAAUUAAUAAUAUCACCUGGUCCGACCACGUGGACAUAGCAAUAUACCUUAGAGGCUUACUCCCCAUGUCACCAUGGUCCUGGAGACUAAACUCGUCUCUACUAAAGGACGAGACGCUCCGCAAAGAGGUAGCAACUGCCUUGACCCACUAUUUUUCCGAAAAUUCUACGCCUGAUAUAGACAAGGUCACAUUAUGGGCCGCACAUAAACCAGUCAUACGGGGCACUCUAAUCCGGGCGGCCUCAUACCAGAAAAAGCUAAAAAACAAAUCGCUUUUCUCCCUACAAAAAUCCCUCAGGAAGUCCAGACACAAGGCCAUCCACUCGGAGGAAACAUUGACUGUCCUUCAAAGCACUCGACACCACAUUAAAAGAAUACUGCUAGAUGACGUCACCUGGCAAAUUAAAUGCUCCAGGUGCUACUUCUACGAAAGAGUAAACAAAAUAGACGUCCCGCUGGCCCGAUGCCUACACCCAAGGCAAUGCUCCAAACCCAUUUCAGCCAUCUGGACAUCUCCGGGGCUGUCGUAUCCUCCCCCACCACACCUGAGACAGGAUAAUACGGGUGAAGAUACCAAAUUGAAGGACUUCCUUAGUUCACUUAAACUAUCCCCCAUCUCGCCAGAAAUGAAGGCAGCAUUAGCAGCAGAAUAUACAGAGGAUGAGAUUCGGGCGGCGGUGGCGAGCACCAGGGGGCAAAAGGCAUUCGACAGAGUAAGCUGACCAUAACUAUUUAACCUAUUGCAACAUUGGGGAUUUUCUACAGCCAUAGUGACCAUGGAUCAAGCUUUAUACUCCAACCUCCAAGCACAGUUGGGACUACCGGGGGCCUGUGACCCCCCCCCUUCCCUAUCCGCAAUGGCACACGACAGGGGUGCCAACUUUCGCCGACCCUUUUUGCCAUCUCGAUAGAACCACUCCUACAUCUGAUUCGCAAUCAUAACUCCAUCCAUGACAUAGGGUCAGAAUGUUACAAAAUGGCUGCCUACGCAGAUGACGUUCUUAUAUCGAUGCAAACCCCCUCGCUAUUGCUACUGCCUCUGCUCCGCCUAUUACACGAAUUCGGGGAGAUAUCGAGUUUUAAGGUCAAUUACACUAAAUCCUGCGCUAUGGCAUUCCACAUACCAGACUCGGAGGCAGCCCAACUUACACUGACCCAUAGCAUAUCUCUAAAACAGUCCUUCAAAUACCUAGGGAUCACCUUAGGACAGACACACUCCCAGCUAUUUACAUCCAACUACACACCUCUCUUACGGACGCUGAAACUAGAGAUAGAGAGCUGGCAGAAAAGCCCAUAUUAUGGCUAGGGCGUAUACACUGCAUAAAGAUAAACAUCCUGCCUAGGCUGCUGUUUCUAUUCCAGGUACUACCCAUUAAGAUAACCAAAGAAGACCUAGCUACCCUACAGUCCACAAUAGACGACUUUAUCUGGCAACGGAAACGACAUAGAAUAGCAAACGCCUACUGAACCCCCCUCCUACUGUACUACUGCGCUGCACAGCUGUCACAGUUAGUAAUGUGGCAUGCCCCUCCAGGUGAACAUAGGUGGGCAGACAUAAAGGCGCGAUUAAUGAAAUACGAUAUUACAGACCUAUACAUGUGGCUGGAAAGGCCCUCUCGGGCUCUAUUACGGACAGCAUGCCCAUCGAUUCUCAAUUCCCUAGACUUAUGGGACCACAUGAGGGAGAAAUUUAAUCUAGCAAACACUCCUUCCCCCAUGACACCUGUAUACCGCAAUAGACAGUUUCUGCCGGGCAUGAUACCACAGGAAUUUAAAAAUUUAUUAAGAGCAGGACUCCAGAGAUACCACAACCUGUGGCAAGGGAACACUAUACUAAGCUUCGAACGCUUACGACAGGAGACCCCACUCACUUCCUCAGCAACAAGGACCCCUACCACUUUUGAACACCUUUGCAAUGAAUGAAAAUACCGCAAAGGUCUUAUCUCCCUUCUAUACAUCCAUCUCAGCGAACAUGACCUAUAUAGACAAAUGGGAAGCGGAUAUAGGAGAAACCCUAAAGGGCAUAGAAUGGCAAGAAAUCUGGGAAACCGCAUCCAAGGUCUCUGUAUGUGUCCUAUCACAAGAACAGAUGUAUAAGAUACUGUUCUGGUGGCAUGUCACCCCAGUUUUUUUACACAGGGUAGGUUGAAACCCAACAGAUUUAUGCUGGAGAAUGUGCAGCCAAAAGGGGACCUACUUCCACAUGUGGUGGGACUGCCACAUGCUGCACAGUUUCUAGAAGGGAAUUAGGGACCUAACCUCCAAGUUCUUACAGAUACCUAUAACCUUGUCCACAUGGACUUUCCUACUGUCGUGCCCCAUUGAGGUCAUCCCCAGACACACAAAUAAACAACUGGCUAUGAUAGCUCUGGCAGCACAGAGAGUGCCCUCCAUACAAGAGAUAAUUGGUAAAAUUAAGGACAAUCACGCCAUGGACGAGCUCACUGCCAAAGUGAGGAACUUGGAAUCCAAAUUCACCAGAGUUUGGGAGCCCUGGUUGGAUUACUUAAAUACAAUUGAUUAGGGGGCCGCAUGCAGCGGCGAUGGACACUCCAAACUCUCUUCCCCUCUCCCUUCCUUCUAUUCAUUUCGGUACUGUCCUUUGGGCUGCCUGUGGAGUCCACUCCGAGCAUAGCCAAGUGGAGACCAAGACAAGGGGGGAGGGGGAGGAGGUGCCCCACCUCUGGGGGGCAUGGAAGUAGGAGAGAGAGAGACAUAAAAGGGGGAGGGGAGAAAGAGAAAUGGAAGGGAGGGGAAAAGACAUUGACAUGGGGGAGUGAGAGAUAUGGAAGGAGGGGGACAUGAGAGGACAUGGAAGGAAGGAGGAGAGAAACAUUAAAGUGUAGUGCACUCUGGUACAUUGGGUGCAAUAUCUAGUGCUGUGGGAAAGGCUGUUGGGCAAAUCUGGUGGAAAGGGCAGUAAGACUGAAAAGUUGCAGAGAACAUGGUGUGAAGAGGAGCGGAGGCAGUUCAGUAAAGCAAGGUAAGGGAAAGCAGGUGGAAAUGUGGACUACAUAUUAGUUUCAAGUUGCAAUGUGAGACACUCAAACAUAUCUUUACAGAGAGCUAUAUAUGGAGGACAUGGGCAUCUCAGAAAGCCCCAUGCUUUCACGUCAUGGGCUUCUGUUUAGGUAACCUGAUUUUUUUAAGGAGAGAAGUUAGUAAGAUGGUAACGCCAAAAUAAAAACCUGCACCCAGGCGUCUGUGACCCUAGGAUAGGCCUUGUCAGGCUGGUUAUGUUUUUCUCUACUCUCCCAUGGAUUGUUGUACUCCCCCACAUUUAUAAGUAAUGGAGGAAUCAUUGGAGAUAUUGGCAGCGUUUUUACUUUAAUAAGAAGAUUAAAAGACAAAUAGAUAAAUAAACUACAAAACAUGAAUUUAAAGCUCAUAUAGAAAUAGUCAUAUAGUGAUUUAACUAUGUGCAAAUUUCUAUUAAAAUAUGUACUUUUUGCAAAAUGUUUGUAAUUAGAUGCACUUGUGCUAUGUUCAGGACAAUAGGACCCUGCAAAGAGCACUGAAACAGUGCUCUAUGCAGGGUCUACCCUCAAUGUGCUGGUCUUGGAAAAUUGCAUUAUUUUGCGAUAAUGUAAAGUAUUAUAAAAUGUGUCUUAUCUUAACCAGCAUGCUAACUUCUUUAAAGGAACACUAUAGGCACCCGAACCACUUCAGCUUAUUAAAGUGGUCUGGGUUCACUGUCCUUGUCCCCUUAACCCCGCAAAGGUAAUUAUUGCAGUUAUUGAUGAUCUGCAAUAAUUACCUUGCAGGAUUAACUCCACCUCUACCAGACAGCCACUAAAGGCACUUUCAGGUGGUUAUGCAACUUUUGGUUGCUCUGCAUGAGGACAUCCAGGGUCAUCUAAAACCACAUAGGAAGGCACUGUGCAAUGAUUUCCUAUGGGGGUAGUACUAAUGCAAGCUGAGGGACAUAGUUAGUGACAAAAGGAUUAUUAACCCUUUACAUGCGGGGGGUGGGUGGAGGAGCAAGGGAGGGGCCAUUUUAGGUCACUACAGUGCAAAGAAAACAGCUUUGUUUUCCUAGCACUAUAGUUUCCCUUUAAGAGUUUACAACUGAAUACUUUCCUCUCUUUUUACAUCAACUCUUCUCAAGCUCUUCAAAAGCCUUGCACACAGGAUAUCAUAUAAAUAAUUUGCUAAUUUCUUUCAUAUUCUUCCUUAAACUUACAUGUAUGAAAUCAGAAUUGGAAUCUGCAUGGUAUACAAUAUACAUAUAACGUGUGCUGUCCAAGUCCGUUUAAUGUCACUAAUACAUUUUAAAGUCUUUUCUCUUAAAUCACAUUUUCUUACUUACGUGAUCAUAUUGUUUUGGGUGGUUUAGGUGGGACUGCCAUGUAUGAAAAAUAACAAUUUAAUCUCCUAGUAACUGAUUGUGAGUUCCAUCUACCAUAACAAUCUAACUGGUGCUUUUCCUUAUAGGUAUUCGAACUUCAUAUCAAAAGAGAAAGUGAUGUCUAUAUUCCAAGAAAACUACUCAAGUCUGGAACUUUCUCAGUUUCAAAGGGAUCUCCCUCACAAUUUAGACCAUGGAGAGACAAACAACCAAAACCACACCAACCAUAACUUGACAUUCUGUGAUAUUAACCCCAUGGAUUGCAACCUGACUACAGAGGAGCUUCUGUUCAAGUACCUGGGCCCCCGUAGGUCUAAUUAUUUCAUCCCCAUUUGUGUGGUGUAUCUGCUGAUCUUUACAGUUGGUGCAGUAGGGAAUACUCUGACUUGUAUUGUGAUUCUCAAACACAAGCUCAUGAGAACUCCUACCAACUACUAUCUGUUUAGCCUUGCCAUCUCCGACUUGCUUGUACUCCUCCUGGGAAUGCCAUUGGAGCUUUAUGAGCUUUGGAGUAACUACCCAUUCCUGUUUGGGAAAGGUGGCUGCUCCUUCAAGACAUUACUGUUUGAAACGGUGUGCUUUGCGUCCAUCUUGAAUGUAACGGCUCUUAGUGUGGAGAGAUUUAUCGCUGUAGUGCAUCCUCUUCGAGCAAAGUAUGUGGUGACCAGGAAUCAUGCCAAGAGAGUAAUAAUAACUGUGUGGGUUAUGUCUGUUUUAUGCUCAAUUCCAAACACCAGCCUUAAUGGUAUCAUGCACCUGAAUGUGGUGGGCCUUGGCACAAUACCUGGCUCUGCUGUCUGCGCUGUGGUGCGGCCUCAAUGGAUUUACAACCUCGUCAUCCAGAUUACUACUAUUGUCUUCUUCUUCCUGCCAAUGGGGACUAUCAGUGUUCUCUAUCUUCUCAUUGGCCUCCGUCUCAAAAGGGAAAAAAUGCUCCAAGUUUUAGAGGCUAAAUCUGGGGAUGGAGAUACUUACCAAAACGUGCGACUGCAGCAGGAAAAGAUUCGGAGGAGACAGGUGACUAAAAUGCUGUGUAAGUUUCAUGUUAACAAGGCUAAUAAGAUUAAAAUGUUACCAGAUUUAUAGAGAGUCACAAAGUACUUAAAAGGAAAAUACACAAUAUUUUGCAAGAGAGGUAAAUAUAUUACUCUGUUGAUAGUUGGAGCAUGGUUCUUACAAAGUCUUCAUGGCUUAAAAAAGAAUAAUUAACAUAAGCAUGUUAUCCUCUUGGUAAUAGAGCAGCUUUAGAACAAAGGUUUUUCCUUCUUAUUACAUGUAACAGUCUUUAGUAGUAAAAUCAAUAAUGGAAGCAGGGUGCAUGAAAUGUCUAACCCAAUCUCAAAAUUUAAUCUCUAAUAUAAAUAUAUAUAAAAGAAGAAUUGGUGUGUUAAAUAUUCUCAUUCAGGGGAAGAAGGUAGCUUAUGUAAUCAGUAAUAGAACAACAUCCCCAACAAAAUGAUAAAAUGGGGUGAUCUUGGACCAAAAUAUGAUUAUUGUUUACAUAUUAUAUUUAUAUAAAGAGGGAAUUAUGGAAGGAAUUGAACUAUAUGCCGAAUAUUUUACACAGUUUAUUUGGAAUGUUAGUUUACAUUGUGAAGGUAUAGCAUUCCUAUGGGAUUCACAAUUGUUGUUCCAGUGACUAAAAGUAUAUUUAUUUUACCACUAGGUUAACUCAGUAAACUCGGAAUUAUGGAGAAUAGCACAUAUUACACCAAAUAGCCGAGCACAAAAUGUAACUGGAAUCUACAUGGAGAAUCUAAGUCAGAUGUCCAGAAAUUACUUAUCAAAAAUCAAUCAAUAAAUAAAUCUGAUAAAAAUGGCAACUUACUGGUGUUGUCCAGGCCAGCUAUUUGGCUCCUAAUGUUUUUUGAUAGUAAAACUUGCAGCUGCAUUUUACUAUUUACUACUAUUUACUGUUUGACAGGGGAAACACUGUAGCUGCUAAAAUGAGUUACGCUUGGAAGUCAUUGAAAACAUCCGUGAUAUUUACUAUCACAGCAAGAAGACAUACAUGACAUUUACUGUCACAGCUUGCAAACUCAUUUAUAAGUGUAAUCCUAGUAUAAUAAUUGGCAUUAUACUUUAAAUUAUAGCUGCAAAGAGUGACAGUUUGGUGCUGUUUGCAUUUAUUAUUGUUUCAAAACAAUAAAAAAAAUAACAUAAAGGGACAAAGGACCAGGUUGUCCCAAAUACUUUAAGCCUUUUUAAUCUUAUAGCCAGAGGAACACCAAUCACCUGUGUAUGUUUCCAAUUCAGCUGGGAAUCCUCUGAUCCUAAAAAAAGACUCUCUACAUCAGUGGUUACGAGUACCCAAAGGACAUCUUACUGGCUGAAAUUCAAGGCAACAGAGGCUUUUAUAUAAGCCCUUGCCAUCUGGAAUCGCAUCAGAUUAUAGUGAUUGUUUGGUUUUGAAAACAGUACUACUCAAAGUACACUGAGGGUACACUUCGCCUCAUGUGAGUCUGGCUUGGCAAAUUUAAAAAAAAUAAAAACAGUUUUUUAUCAACCAUUAAAAAAAAUAAUAAUCAGAUUUAUAUAUCCUUGGCUGCAUUUCAAGUGCAAUUCUACCAUAUUGAUUCCACCAUCACCCCACAAACAUAAGUAUUAGAGACCCUGGAGGAUUUAACCCAUUCACUACCUUUAAAGGACCACUCUAGGCACCCAGAGCACUUCAGCUUAAAGGACCACUAUAGUGCCAAGAAAACAUACUCGUUUUCCUGGCACUAUAGCGCCCUGAGGGUGCCCCCACCCUCAGGGACCCCCUCCCGCCCGGCUCUGGAAAGGGGAAAAGGGGUUAAACUUACCUUUUUCCAGCGCUGGGCGGGGAGCUCUCCUCCUCCUCUCCUCCUCCGUUCCUCCUCCUGGGCUGAAUAGAAUAAAGAACAUAUCAAUAAAACAGGUAAUGUUGUAAAAUAAUAGAAAAUGAUAUCCCAACAAACAGUCGCAUAUUAUCUAGUAUGAAAUCUACGAUAAAAUAAGGGAAGGCUACGUGACAGGAGGCUUCAUAUUUUGCUUUGUUAAUGCUUUGAUAACAAAGAAUAAGAAGCGUGAAAAACUACAUGAAAAUAAAAUGUCCAAGAAGUGUCUUCCCUGGACCAGACCACAGACCUAAGAGUAUCAGAAAGAGAGGCUCCUGAAAUAAAGGCAGAUGAAGGCGCCCCCCCCCAGUGCCCUAAGUGAGUGAAGAAUCCUUGCCGACUAAGAAUAAAAGCCACUGAACACAGCAUGCUAGAGUCGUUGUAGAGACAGGUUUGACACAGGAAACGAGAAGUUAACAGGAGUUAGAAGGGCGGAGAAGUGCCGUAACCGAAGCAUAAACGAGAGCCAAAACAACGCAAAGUUUAGGUUAUCCCGAAAGAAAAAAUGGUCAAGGAAUCAGAUUUAGUGCAACAAGUAAUCCGAAAUGUGCCUUUGGAGAGAAAUGCAUCAACAUCGCUCAAAAGUCGGAGAUCCAAUGAAAGAGACUUAGCAAAGAAACAGAAGACAUUUUGUCAAUAAUUGUCAUAGAGAAAGAGAAUUGUGUCAGGCAAAUUUCUCAAAAAACAUAGGACUAGGUCAUAUUUGGAAAUAUUUAGGUAGCGGAGGACAUGCUUAGUGGACAUCCCACAUGAGUGUACAAACCAGAGGGCCAUACCGAAAGGGAUCCCAGAAAUCAGAACAUGAGCUGUUGAGAUCAUGGAGAGCAUGACAUUAAUAGAACGGUAUGGACUAUCCAAAGCAAAUAAAGAGAAAAGAAAAUUCUAAAUGGACGGUAUAGGAGCUGUAAAAAGAUUUAGGUCCCAAACACACGUUAGCCCAGGAAUGGCAAGCUGAAAGGCAACAUCGGCUAGUACCUGGGGUCCAACAAUAAUUCUCAAGCUGUCUCAGAUAGUUUGUCAACAUUCCAGGAUCGCUUUGAAAGUGUCCAAGCCACCAGAUGUAGAUGGUCUUGGAGGCUAAGAGGGUGUGGAUUCAUGAAGUUGAUCCGAAUCUAGGCAGGAGAAACCCACAAUUGUGCAGUAAGGCCCUCAUGCGACCAGCAGGAUGCCUGAGGGGAGAUUCUAGAGUAUUAAAAAAAACCAUAAAAUAAAAAAAAUGAAUGGGGAUAGAAAUACAAAAAUAUAGGGACAUAAUUAACCAAAACAUGAAUGGAUGUAUAAGAAGCUAAAAAUAUUAAUUUGUAACAGUAACUAUAAAGUAAUACAUACAAGGAUAUUCUGAUCUGUGUAGCUGUCUAGGAGCAGCAUUGAAAGAGGAGGAGUUUCAGUGUGCAUGCCUAUUUGUUGGUAUUACUGAUUUUUGACUGACUCUCUUGUUACUGAGUAAAUACUUUGCUGCUCGGAGUACAAUAAAGGAAGGAAAGAAAAAUAUGAAGCCUCCUGUAAUGUAAUCAAAUUUAGCAAUUCAUUCCAUAACGGAAUAACACACAUGUAAGGUUGUACACAAUAACAUAUUUGAUUGAACAUUUGUUAAUAAGAUUAUGUACCAUUAAUUUCUGAUUAUGUGGAUUUUUCUGUCUCAGCUGUCUUUCAAAUUAGAUGUCCAUCAAAUUAGUAAAGUUUAUUGGUUACAUCAACAGACGUGGUGAGGAUGAUGCCAUGCAGUAAGGGAGACUGCUGAAGUAUCAGUGGAAACCAUGGAUCCUAGACAAAGUCAUAUAUUGCAGCAGGGCUAUAAAUUCUAUUUUUAGGGAUUAUUAAAUCACAUCAUAAUUUUAUUCACUAUCCAACAUAUUAUAAACAGAAUUACUCUUAAAUCCCGCUAGUGUACUUAACCUUCCAUCACCUCCUGUCAUUAGUACUGAGCCCAUGCACCAUCUAAUUGAUGUUGACAUGAUGGAUGGGUUGUACUGUCUGUGUGCACUAGAAAUGUGUGCGGUGGAUAAUGUAUACUUCUAAUUCAGAUGAUGGGAGUGCUUCUAUUGAUGUGUAUGGAAAUUUGUUAAACUACUAACAAUUUGGGUGUCUGGAGUCUCUCUUGAAGGUUGUGCAACUUUCCAAAUAACCUAGCGUUCUUUGCUUGAGAUAUUACAAGAUUGACAGACAUCUUUUUACAACAAACAGUAUCUGUCAUUCAGGAUUUGCACAACCUGACAUGAGUAGAUACAAUGUGGUUUUAGAUGCAGUAUUGUACUGGGAAACCAUGGAUGAACCCACAAACUAGAGAAGAGUGGUGUGACAAAUGCCAAGUAUGACUUUCCUUGUGUUGCGAUUUACUAACCGAUUAUAAUCUAGAUCCCAUAGAAGCAGCAUCUGGCUAAGCAGGCUAGCAAAUACAUUUUCACUUGAGAUAGAUAUUUUCUAUAUCUCAGAGCCAGCUCUCUAAUUAGGUGAUUUAGGCGGCCGCCUAAGGCCUCGCGGAGUCAGGGGCCUCGCGGCCGCCUAAAUCACCUGAGGGCAGACUGACAUGUCGGGUUCUCGGUCUAUGACCAAGGACCCGACACAGGAGGGGACCUGGCAGCUUGCCCUUUGUGCCGCCGGGUGCGAGGCCCCUUCCUGUCAGUCCACCCGGGGAGAGAGCCAGCCUCAGUCUGCAGCUCCGCUGGGUGUGAGCUGCAGACUGAUGUCUCGCGAUCUGCAGCCAAUCAGAGAGUUGCCGUGGCUUACCAUGGCAACGCUCUGAAUGAAGAUCGCAAGACAUUCCCCAUGUGGUCUGCAGCUCUGCAUCCGGCGGAUCCAGAAAGCCCACUGGACCACCAAGGACAGAAUGACCCACCAGGAGCCAUCCAGGACACCGGACCACCAGGGACAGAUUGACCCCACCGGACCACCAGGGGAAAAGGUAAAUUUUGACCCCCCCUCACCCUGCCACCCCACCUGUCACCCCCCUAACCCCACCUGUCACCCCCUUUAACCCUGCCACUUCACCCUGCACCCCACCUGUCACCCACUGUCAACACCCUGUCACCCCCCCUCACCCUGCCACUUCACCUGUCACCCCUCCCCACCCUAUCUCACCCCUGCCACCCCAUCUGUCACCCCCUCACUCUGCCACCCCACCUGUCACCAUCAUCUCACCCUGCCACUCCACCUGUCACCCCCCUCACCCUGCCACUUCACCUUGUCACCCCCCCACCCUGCCACUACACCCUGUCACCCCAUCUCACCCUGUCACCCCUCUCUCACACUACCACCCCACCUGUCACCCCAUCUCACCCUGCCACCCCACCUGGUGGCCACCCAGUAACUCCACAGUAUGUCCCCAGAUGGUUCUUAACCCCUUAAGGAUACAUGACGUGUGUGACGUUUGGUCCUUAAGGGGUUAAAGGGCCAGCAGCAGCAUAAUAAAAGCAUAAUAAAAUACAAUAUGUCCAAAUCAGCUCCUAGAAGGGCAAUACAUCCCAGGGCCAUAGUCGCAGGGCAGGAGGCUGGCAAACAGGUCCCUCCAAAAAACAGUGACCUCGCCACAUAUCUCCCCUUUGGGGGGUAGACUAACCAGGUACCUGACCUUCUGUUGGUCGGUGCCUGAGUUAGUCUGACAACCCACCCACAAAACAGUAUCCACAGUAUAACCCACCCACCAGAAUUGAUUACUACACCUGGGGUAGUGGGUCGCUUGUCCAUGUCCAGGAGCUCCACCACGGCUCUGGGGUUUACUAGCCCUCCGGAUCGGUGGGCUGCUGAGUGGGCAGAGACCAGCGGUACUCUGCCCUGAUGCCAGCGCUACCACGGGAGUAGCCUGGUUGGAGCCCAACUGAGGAGAAGGGGUAGUAGGCUCCUCGCUCUGGACCUGGUGUUGCUGCUGGAGGGGAAGACAUACUGUCUCCCCUUUGGAUAACCAGCCCUGCUGCUGGGGGACAGGACCGACCGUCCCUACCCCUUGUGGUUUGGGCACAGAGACCACGGUCCCAUCUGCACCGGUGUGGGGCUUAUCAUCCCCCCUUGGUGGGCUAGGCUGCCGCUGGGGAGGGGGAACGAGGCUCUCCCCUUCCAGUAGAAUACUCUGCCGCUGGGGAGCAGGACCAACUGUCCAUACUCCCUGUAGCUUGGGCGCAGAAACCACGGUCCCAUCUAAGCCGGUGGGGAGCUUAAUGUCUCCCCUUGGUGGGCUAUGCUGCCGCUGGAGAGAGGGGGUAACAAGCUCCUCUCCCUUACACUUUCUCUGCUGGUGGAGAGGGGGACCGACUGUCUCCCCUUUCAAUAUAUUGUCCCGCUGCUCCCAGCCGGACACACUGCUGCUGGGGAGGAAGGACGGCACCUUCGGUUCCCUGGGACUCACACUGUCACUGGGGAGAAAGGACAGUACCUUCAGCUCCCUGGGACUCACUUGACUGCUGAGGAGAGGGACCACCUGUCUCCUCUUCUAAGAACACACACUGCCGCUGGGGAGGAAGGACGGCACCUUCGGCUCCCUGGGACUCACGCUGCCGCUGGGGAGGAAGGACGACACCUUCGGCUCCCUGGAACUCACACUGCCGCUGGGGAGGAAGGACGGAUGGUAUGCCACCAGAGGGCCUGGUAUGCGUUGUCUUGCCAGAUCUCUUGCCAUACCAGGGUCUCUAGUCUUGUCACCCACUAGAUACAUCCGCAUCGCCACACGCUUCUGUAGCCGCUGCUCAUCACUGGGGAGACUCUCACCUUGCCGCCACUGGGCAUCUUCCAGGGCAUCAUACCAGAGUUCCUUUCUGUCUGCAUCCCUGUAGUCCGCGGCCGCCUCCUCCUCCUCAUCAUGGAACACUGUCCAAAAACUAGCCGAUUCCAUCCUGCUGUAGCCAGGGGCGCUGUACGGAUACUAGCGUUGCCCUCAAUUUGUAACUCCAAACAUUACCAGUGUCUCCGAGCUGCUUCUCCUCGCACUAGGAUGCCAUCCCACCGCUUGCCACCAAUGUAACGGAUCACCUGGCACCCCGACUGGGUACCUCCGUUGAAGGAUGCUCCUAGCACUUCCUGAGGGCUCCAAGCACUCCAGCCGACACCAUAACCACCGUAGACUCCUUCAGAGAGCAAGACAGGAACAAGUUCUUACAAGAGCUCAGUGACUAUAGCAAGGGAAUAUGCAGAGCAUAGCAAUCCCUUGUAGCAGAUUCCCCCAAUAAGAGACAGGAUUCAGAUUGAGGGUGACGUAGAACUGACUGUACUGGCACAUACAGCCACUUUUAUUCACAAUCCACAAACAUAGUACUGCCCACAGGGUUUUGAAAUACAGCCAAACAAUCCGUACAAUACACACAGACACUCCCACACAAAAUCCUCCCCUCUGCCUGUGAUAUGAUUACUGAACACAAUGGUUAAUGUAAUUAUCACAGGCAGAGAAAUACAGUAUUAUAAAACAUAUCACAGGGACCCCUAAACAUGCAAUAACCCCAUAAAUCCUCAGAACCGGGGGAUCUGGGUGAACCACAUAUCCAAAAUUCACCCAGAUCCGUUCCGUAGUUUGGAAGAUACAGUUUAAUGCAGAUUCCGCAGAACAUAUACAGGCUAUAUGAAAAAGAAUUACUGUAUGAUGUGUCCCCUGUUGUAGACACACACUCUCAGGCACACACAGGUAGACAAUGCAACGAUGUAUACAAAGACUAGUUCUCUAUAUCCAGUACUGCAAGCCCGCCCUUCAAUAUAUCUACAGCUUCUUAUACACAUACAAGUCAACUUGCCAAGACUAGAGCCGCCACUGCUAUAUAUAAAUGAUUUGUAACUCCCCUGUCUUUGUCCUUCGCCCCAAACAUUGUAUAUUUUACCCCCAAAACCUUUCUUCUCUUUCUUCUCGACAAGCCAAGCACUUUGAUUUCAUGUCUCAUCAGUUAUAGACCAAAGUAAGGCAGUAUAGUUAUAAAAUAUAUUUGCUUUCUUUGAGGCUCCCAUGUGAGCCUUUAACAGAAGCAUUUAGCAUGUAGAAAAAAUAUCUGGAAUGUGUUACAGGAAAACUUUGUGCUCAGCAGUCAUAGAGCUGAAUUUGUACAUACAUAGAGAUAUACUGACAAACUGACAACAGAAACAGCUGGUCAUAUUGUGGAUUAUAUAAAAGCUGCCUCUAUUCUCCGAUUUUUGUACAUAAGUUGGAUAAAACCUUUUUUUAUAUGGCUUUGAUAGCAGUUAUUUCCUGAUGAGGAAGAGCCACUAAUCAGGGAAUUGAGGGAAACUUUGCAGGCGAGUAACUUUUUUGUUUUUUUACUUAUUUCUUUUUGUUUGUUUUUUUGCAUGAUUUUCUUCAUGCAUUAUUUUUAUAUUGUUUUAAAAAAAAAAUUGUAGGUGCUCCUAAUUUUUCAGAGUAGCCAACCAUGCAAUCCAUGCAGGUGAAUGGGGAUAGGGAACUCCAGCUUCAAGCAAUAUGUAUGUAGCUGGAAGCUUGGUGUUUUGUUCAGCUGUAGCCCUCCAUAAGAAAGUAUUUACAGAAAAAAAUGUUUUGAGUACGAGAAACUAUUUGCAUUUCAUACGGUAUUCAGAACUGGAGACAGAAUCAAGGUGUACUUGCCUUGGCGCCUGUAACAGACAUCUCUGUGUAAUGAAUACGGGAUCCGAACCUGCCACCUACCACAAGGGAAGAACUCUGUUACCGUAUCUCUCAGAGGGGGUCCUAGUGACCACAAUGCCUAAAUAGCGCUAUUUAAUAUUUCCAGAGCUUUACAAUUGUAAGCAUAUUCUAUCUGUAUACUUACUUCUAUCUUGUGUCAUUUUACACUAUGGAUUCUUUUUUUACUUUUUUGAAGCCCAUAAAGGUACCUGAAGAUUAUAUCAAAUAAUAUCACAGAUUACAUUAGAGCUGUUCCUCACUGGCUAUUUUACCAAUAUCUUUAUUAUGUUCUUUUGUUGUCUGAGUACUAUUCACACAGUGUUAAUAUAUACAAAUUACCCACCAUAUAUUUUAGCUACAACACACCAUUUCUGUUGUUGUUAUUAUUGUGUAUAUAUAACAGACUUUUCCAGAGUUAGCCUGGGUAAUUGGCAAAGGCAUUAUUCUGGAUUAAGUUUAUUGCAAUGCUUAGUGGCAUUCUUUUUGGUCUAUCAUCAACUAGAAAAUAAGCUAAAACAUACAAGCAAGCGAGCAAGCAAACAAAGAAACAUAUAAAAACAAGUUUCACCACUGGGAAUCCUACUGCAACGUAAAUGGUAAUUCUAUAUAAAAUAAACUUUUGGCAGUAUCAGAAUCCUCAUUAUGUGGGUUGUUUCCUCUUCACCUUCAAGAAAGCUUAUGCCUUUGAAAAAAAACUUUUCAUACCAGCCAAGCUUUGGGAGUUGUAUGAACUAUUUAGUACUUGUCAAUGAAGCAAUAAACAUCCUAGUGUGAUGUUCCUGGCUUACCCGUAUUUGAUUUUAGUUAAAAGUACUAAACUUUGUAGCAGAGCAUUUUUUUGUCUUCAUAUCCUAUAACAUUUAGGCGAUGUAUCAGGGCAUACCAUUCACCUAUAGCAGGGAUAAUAAACAAAGGGGUCAAUUCUGCUGCAAUUGAAUAAAUGGAAUAAAAUAAACUAUUAAAACUGGAAAAUUAGCAUGUGAGAAAUUCUGCUAGGAUGAAAUUUAUUGCACAGUAAACCUACUAUAGAAUUCAAAAGAACCUGCCAGAAUAUUCACCAUCCAAAUGCCAAAAAAGCUAUUAUACAAAAAAUAUUUCUGGUUCUUAGGGCAAAUACAUUACAGGUAGAUGGCUAAGAUAAAUACUCAGCUCUGAACCAUGUAUCACAUGAGAUAAACCUCGAAAAAAAUGAGUCAACAUGUGCCAAGUGAGUAGUAAAUGGAUUAGGAUUACAAUUAACUCACUCUCACUGCACUGGGGAAAAAAAUAAGUAUAAUAAAAAAUAUAAAGCAACCUAAACACUAAUGCUAAAUACCAGUUAUAUUCCAAGUUACACAAUUCAAGUUAAACAUGCUAAAUGAUCGAAAGUGGCAAAUCUUCCCUAUAAGUAGUACUUGGACAGAUAUUGCUGUUUUAAAAUAGAACACACAAUUCAAGGAUACCAACACACAUGGCUCCAUGGUUGUCAGAGGCAAUAAGCACAUAUUGUAGCUAAGAUUGGCAACAAACAGUAUUAGCCUUGCACUUCCCACAUGGCAGAGAGACCACACAAGGCUUCACUGCUGCUUUUGCCAGUUAUCCCUUCUCCCAGAGCUAUAAGCCAUUUUCCUGACAGGUAAGGGUAAAGGUGCAAAGACAUAGGACAUUAUCAAUUUUACAGACAACAACAUACUUGACACCUUGAACAAGCAGUUUGCCCCUGCUUCCUGACGGGGGUUCGGUCCUCAUCCAUUUUCUCUAAACUAUUUAUUUUUUCUAAACUAGAAUAUACUUAUCUACUCUACAAACUUCAUAUCUAAUGCAUUUCUUAAUACACAGAUAAGACUAUAUAAACUAAAUAGGUACUAAAAUGUGAAAGAGAAUCACUACAUCUAUAAGCUCUCACCUGCACUGACACAUAUCACACAAAGAUGCUUAUGUUUCCGGUGUAUUAAAUUUGAUUCUUCUUAUUUUUUUUAAAAACUUUUUUUAAUGUCAUGUAUAGUUUUGAGUGUCGCUUCAAGUCUCAGGCUUGGGGGAUUCAGUGACAUGUUACUGUCAAUUUAAUGCAAUAAACAGCUUAUUUGGUUGGAGACUGUAAUGAUACUGUAAGUAGAUUAUCCCCCCCCCCCACUCCUUUUACGCUAAAGUGAAGCAAAUCCUUUAUAAGGGCCUGAAAUUAGUAAUUGUAGAACACCAGCUACUCCAGUGUUUGCAAUAAUUCAUUUGAUGGAAGCAUUUAGUCAAACAAACAUAGCAGUGGAAGAAAAAAAAAAUUCAAGUCAGAAUUUGCAUAUGUUUCAUCCUGCAGGGACUUGAUUUAACUACCCUAGGUGAAAAACAGUGCCUUACAAUAACAUUUGGCAUCAUCACACCCAGCAGGAUCACGCCAAACGCUGUUAGUAUUUCUCACAGAGAAGCAUUGGAUUUUAUGCAUCUCAUUGAGAAGUUGUUUGUUUUUGGCAGAAUGCUGUGAUUGACAUGCAUGCAGCAAAGGUCUUCACAGCUUUUUUAAGAGAAGAAUUAAACUGGAACAAGUUCAUCACAAUUGAUGAUCUCAGAAGAGGCUGAACUGCUGCUGACAGAAGAAGACAUAAAAGGAACACUCCACUGAAAUUAAUGCGUUUUUUUUCCUUUUAACAGUUUAGUAUAUAUAUUUUUGUCUGCAUGUUUUUUGGGGGUAUAUGAAAACACAGCUUGUAAAUGCUGCACACCUGUUGUCUGCAUCCUUUCCAAGCCCUCCCUUUUUUCCCUGGCACAAUCUUUCAGGGACCAGUUUGGGCACCAUAAAAACUUCAUCAAAAUAUUAGCCUAGCGCUGGCUCACCUUAAGGAUAUAAACUGUUCUCGAAUGGCAUAACUCUAACUCCAACAUCUGUGUUCCAGCUCUGAAUCUCACUGCCCCUCUCUCCUUCCAUGGGGAAUAGAAGGACAAUAUCUUUAAUCCAGAAGGCUCUUUCAGAAUCGAGCAGCCACGCCUCUGAAAAUAUUUGUUCCUUUUUCAAGCCAGUUUUAUGAAUGAGAAGUUACUGCUUGGCUAAGAUUGUCAGUCAGCUGUGCUCCUGGCACCAUAACAACUUAAUUUCAAUUAUGUUUAUGAUACCCAUAAUCCCCAGUCUGUGCUGGGGAUUACUCCAAUCGGAGACUUUUCAGUGAGAUUGAGGCUUUCUAAUGCUUCUCAAGGAACUAUAGUUCAGCUCUGUGGAGCUAACUGAAGAGUAAGAAAAUCUCCCUGACUGAAUGAUUCUACUCCCUAUUAUAAAAGUAAUGAUUUCUUCAGAAAUCCGCACUUUUAAAAACUGCCAAGAAAAUGACAGGCUGCAGACACAUAUAGCACUUCAAGAAACUGAAGUGCUUUAUACGUGUGGAGUGAUACUUUAAUGUAGUUGUCUUGGUGCAGAGAUGCUGUCCUUUUUUUCGAGCAAUUGCAAUAUUUACAUUCGACUGAAAACACGCCUCUUGUAACUGUCCGACAGCAAAAAUCACUAAACUGAACUAGAGAUCAUGAAGCACAAUGUUCUCACGAAGGGAGGAUCAGACUGCUGAGCAGAGACUUUGAUGACGGUGGAUUACAGGCAACUUUAAUGUUUUUAAAACUUUAGAAAGAAGGGGGAGCCUAAAUCUAAAAAAGAACUUCUAUAACUUAAAUAUAUUUAUUAUUAACGCUAGAGUGUUCCUUUAAAAUAAAACUGGCAAAACUGUCAUAAAAAGAUAAUUUAAGGGAAAAAUCCACAAGCAUAUACUUCAAAUGUUACAUAAAUUCCAUAUGACUCUCAGUAUAACAUGAAAAUUUCAUAAAGAAAACAAAAGUGUCAUGUUUUUGUUAGGUAGGAAUUUAUGCAAUAAAAUGUGGUGGUGAAAAUGACCACAAAUGUAUCAGGAGUAGGCACCCAUCUGCACUCCAGAUGUUGCGGACUACAUCUCCCAUAAUGCUCUUACAGCCAUAAUGCUGGCAAAGCAUCAGGGGAAAUGUAGUUAACAACAUCUGGAGUGCCGAAGGUUGCCUACCCAUGUUAAUGUUGUAGAUCAAACAAAUUUCUUUAAGAAGUAUUUUCUCCAAAAGGCAUUCACAAGUUAUUGGUAUUGCCUCCAUUUAAUAGUUUCACCUGAGAUUGUUAGUAUAUUCCACUGAGCAUAUUCUAAUCAUAUUUGACAUAUGACACUGGUUUAAAAACAAGUGUCAUGACAUUACUUUAGAUAUAUUAUAUCCGUGAAUCUGUUACAUUUCUCUCAUUCAACAUUCAAAAUGUAAAGGACAUUGCAGGUUUACAACUUUCAGUAGCUUCUCGUGACACCUAAAGAAACAUUCAACAAGUUACUUUUAAGGUUUGCAAACCCUUUUUCCUGGCUAAUCAUGGCAGCAUCACUUAUGGGUUAGUGCCACCCUCAGCCGUAUCAGGACAGAAAACAAUUAAACAAUUAACGAGGCUGUAGGCAUAAAGGGUUCCUCCUUCCUCCAUACCUCAGUUUUUUUUCUGUCCUCAGUCGGACACAGGAAUUUAUUCUGCAGUCAGGUUUUAUUUUUUGGCAACCUCCCACGUUUACCGUGGGCUUACCAGAUGAAGUUCAGCCUCUCUUCAUCUGAAGAACUCAGUAAUCAGGCUGCACAGGCAGAACUAACUGAGUUGUUUUUUACAUUCUUUAUUUUUACGUUAUAGAAUCACAACAUGUAUAUCCGUUACAGUUUAACAGGUUACAACGAGUUAGUGGGACAGUUUUGUGUAUAACAGCAUUGAAGUAAUUUCUGCAUUUUACUGAUAGGCUGUUUUCGUAUUUAUAGCUCCAACAUAGUAAUAGGCAUUCUUGUGUGUUGUGUUGUGUCGUUAGUCUUGUAUUGGGUUAGACCACACUGUGUUUGGGAGUGUAUGGGGAUUGCGGUUGAUCCGCGAGGUUCCAGCGUGCUGUCAAAUAGCCUGUUCCAACCUAUCAGGGUUGUCCUUGUGGGGCAGGGGAGGUCAUGUAUCACCAUGAAAUUACCUGAUCCACCUCGUUUGUAGGUAUAACUAUGAGGGGAGUUUGGCUCAGUGAGAGAUUGCCUGUCUCUUACGUAUUGGGUCUAGUGUUUCCUACGGCACCCUGGUUUGGUGGAGGUCAGUGUCGGCGUUCAUUGCGGUUCUUCUUUUCCCCAAGCAUUGUACUAAGUAGUGUGCCUGUGUUACUAGUACCAAGCUGGUGAAUACAGUACUACGUCUCCAGUCGUGUUGUGUCAGCCUGCGCGUUCCGACCCUCGGAGGAUACCGUAAGGAGCUCUUAUUGAGGGUUCCAAUCUGGUUAGUAUCUGUGCUAUGUGUGGGUUCAGGCCGUAGUGGGCCUGGUGGGGUUGUGUUCAGUCCGAGUUCAUGUGGAGGCCCAUUGUGCUGCCCCCUGAGCCGUAUGACCACCCACCAAUCUCCCUGGGCAGAUCUGUUUUGGGGUCUCUCGGGUUAGUUGUCCAUGAUUCGUCUUCGGACGUGGCUGGAGUGUGCGGUGUGUUCCUGUGGUGUCUUGUUAUGUAGGUGCGUGGCGUGUAGGGUCUGCGUUAGGCGUCGCGUUGUCACCAUAGGUCGUUGGUUUGUGUCACUCGUGUGGUGGACGUGUCCGUACCAGUCAUGUGGGCGUAAUAUGUUCCCCGCUAAUCGUCUGGGUGGCCUUGCCUGGGUCUUAGUUGUUAUAGUAUGUCUUGGGUCCAGCCGGACGUGGUUUAAGUGGGGUUUUAUCUCUCAACUGCGGCAGUCCGAACUAACUGAGUUUGGUGUGUGCGGUUUAGAGACUGUCAUACGUGAAGAUUCUGGAUUAAGUAUCUGGAUUUCAGGAAGGCACUAUUCAGGGGUUCGUAUUUCUUUAAUUCCCUAAACUGAAUUUGGUGCUGUAUAUAUACAAAUGAGUAUAUCUGUUUUAUAGGGGUCGGUUUUCCUUAAAAAAACCCUGAUGCAUGUUCCCCUUCUAUGAUGUGGAGUGGGCUUAUUCUCCACAGGAGGCAAUGGGUUUUGGAGAAGCUUAUCUGAGUAAUCUUCUCUUGUGCUGCUAUAAGGCUGCUGACUUCUAUAAGUCUGGAUUACAUCUUACCUGUUAUACAUGUUCUGUAAGCAGGUGCUGUAUAAGUUUCUUCUUUCUUCUGACCGCGCAGCUAUUCGGCAUCUAGACGCUCUGCUUCUCACGUCACAAAAUGGCGCCGGGGGGCGGUUCCGGCGUGCGCAUGCGUGAUGAAGGAAUUUAGGGACUUUGAAAAAAUUUAGUAGUGAAGUCUCCGAGCAUGCGCAGAUUGGCGGGUAGGAGGAUUUAAAGGUACAUGGCGUGAAAUUCAAACGCUGCUGUACCUUGUUGCUUUGGUGUUUUCUGUGUGAAUUGUGCUGCCAGGAUCAAAUUACUUCUGAGAAGGUAAGAGGAUUCUAAUAUUCUUUUUUCUUAGCAGUCUUCUUUUUUUAUCUUCUUUAAAAGUCUUCCUUCUUCUUAUAGCUAUGGCUUCUCCCUCUGCCUCCAUACAUUCUGAUAGAAGAAAUAGGUGAGCCAAGAUUAGUAAUUUUUUUCCCUUCUUUUAAGGGGAACAAAAAGAGUGCCAAAGGGGCCAGUAAUAUAUAUAUACAUGGCCUUUACAUAAUUUCAGCCCCAUCAUACUACUGGAAUCCUCUCCUAGGAAGCAUAAGGACAAGACAAAGAGAUGCUUAAAUUGUAAUGGGAUAGCUAUGGAGGAAAAGAAGCUGUGCAGGUCCUGUUUGGUGGAAGUGGCCAGAGAGGACAGCAGAAAGGAUUCGCCUCAUGAAGAGCUUAAACAGUGGAUCUCUCAGGCUAUAGCGGAAGGAAUUAGAUCCUCUUCAGGGAAGGGCCAGCAAGCAAAGCGCUCCAGACAAGAGCCCGGGUCUUCUGAAGCUGAAGAUAACUCUGAUGUCCAGUUUUUUUCUGACGAAGAGGAGGAGGAGAUAGACCAUUCAUCAAGAUCGCUGGAUUCUAGAUCCGUGGAGAAGUUGAUUUCACUAUUAAGAAAUACUUUAAGGAUCCCUGAAGAUAAAGCAGAGGUGCGUAAAUCAGACAGGUAUUUUGAAGAUCUUAGGUCAAAUAGACCUACUUUUCUGGUUCAUGCAGCUAUCAAAGAAGUCAUCUCUCAAGAAUGGAGUAGGUCAGAGAAGAAAGCUACUCUGAAGAGUAAAGCUUCCAGGGUAUAUCCAUACUCUCAGGUGGAUUCUAAAGCUUGGAUGUCCAUUCCUAAGAUUGAUGCGGCUGUUAUCCAUAUGGCCAAAAAGACUACUCUUCCAGUAGACUCAAUGGCUUAUUUACGCGAACCCAUGGAAAAACAGUUGGAUGCGGAUUUAAUUAAGGCAUACCUGGCUCUGGGGUCUGCUUUACUUCCAGCAGUGGCAUUGACAACACUUUCCAGAGCCUUAAAGGUUUGGCUACAGAAUUUGGAGGAAGACUUAGCAGCGGGGGUUCGCAGGGAGCAUCUGAUUGAAAGUCUGAAAGAUUUCCACUUGGCAUCAGAAUUUUGCUUAGAGGCCUCUCUCGACAUUACCAAGAUGGUGGCUAAGAGCAUGGCUCUGACGGUAGCCUCCAGAAGGGUGUUGUGGCUACACGCUUGGGGUGCGGACUAUGCAUCAAAAGCAUCUUUAUGUGCUCUUCCCUUUCAAGGGGAUCUGCUUUUCUGCAAAGUUCUGGAGGAGGCCAUCCAUAAGGCAGCUGAUGGUAGAAGAGCCUUUCUUCCCCGUCUGGAUCAAAAACGUCUCCGAUUCAUGGGUACUGUCAAUUAUAAAAGAAGGAUACCUCAUAGAAUUUUCAAGUAUCCCACCACCUACCUUCAAGCAAUCUCACGUGGCAAGAGGGAUAAAGGAAGUAGCUAUAAUGGCUUGUAUCAAUGAACUAACCCUACAAAAGGUUAUUGUGGAGGUUCUGAAGGCAGAAAAGCAUAUUAUCAGAUUCCCAUUCACCCUUCGCAUGUAAAGUUUCUGCGUUUUUACAUAUGGGGGAAGCAUUACCAAUUCAGGGGACUUCCCUUUGGGCUCAGUCUAGCUCCAAGGACGUUCUUGAAGGUUCUCAUUACACUGAUUGCCUUUCUAAGGUUGCAGAGGAUAGAGAUUUUCCAGCACCUCGACGAUAUUCUUAUCGUGGGUUCCUCGGCCCAGGAAUUGUUACUUCACACUCAAACUGCUAUUCACUGUCUACAGGCUCAUGGAUGGAUGCUGAACUUAGGGAAGAGCUCUCUGAUCCCAUCCCAAAAGAUUAUUUUCCUGGGGGCAAAAAUAGAUACUGCUGUAGCAACUCUCUCUCUUUCGCCAGAAAGAAUGACAAAGAUUUGCGAGAAGAUUACGGAUAUUCAAGACCGUCAGUUCCUUUCUGCUAGAAGCUAUAUGAGCCUCUUGGGGUCCCUGACGUCCACGAUAGGGCUGGUAAGAGGGGCCCGUUGGGAAAUUCGAUCUAUCCAGAUGGGGUUUCUACGGCAGUUCAACAAGCACAAUCCAAACUGGGAUCAAAAAAUUGUUCUUAAGAAGUAUGCAAAGAAUCAGCUGAAGUGGUGCAAGAACAAGAAGAAUCUGAGUCAGGGGUUUCCGUUGGAGGAACCAAACUGGUUAGCAGUUACUAUGGACGCAAGCUUACAAGGAUGGGGAGCUCAUCUCGGGUCUCUUUGGAAACAGGGAAGGUGGUCCAACACGGAGGGAAAAAUGCAUUCAAACUUAAAAGAGUUGAGAGCUAUUCUCAAGGCCCUUCAAGGGUUUCUUCCCUUAAUACAAGAUGCUUGGAUUAUGAUUCAGACAGACAACAGGGCAGUGGCGUUAUACGUGAACCACCAAGGUGGUACUCAGAGCAAGCUUCUGUUGAGGGAACUAACUCCUCUUAUGUAUCUGGCACAGAAUCAUCUUCAAGGAUUAAAGGCAGUAUAUCUACCAGGUCCUCAAAAUAUUUUGGCAGAUUACCUGAGCAGAUCAAGUAUUCUACCAGGAGAAUGGAAGCUACUUCCAGAAGUAUUCCAAGCAAUUACCCUUCGGUGGGGCAUACCCCAGAUCGACUUAAAGGCUACGAACAGGAACACUCGGGUACCGAAGUACUUCUCUCUUCUUCCAGACCAUCGGGCAAUGGGUCAGGAUGCCUUGUCUCAAAUAUGGGAUUUCGAUCUGGGAUAUGUGUUUCCUCCCUUUCCGAUAAUUCAUUGCUUAUUAAAGAAAAUUUGGAUGGAGAAUCAAGUGAUAAUAGCUAUCAUCCCGUGCUGGCCAAGGAGGCCCUGGUUCCCUCUCCUGUGCAAAAUGUCCUUGGAGGAACACUGGAGGCUUCCAAUCAGGAAUGAUCUGCUAAGCCAGGGUCCUGUCUACCAUCCCAACUCAGUACAUCUGAGAUUGGGAGCUUGGCUUUUGAAAGGGAUCGGCUCCUGCAAACAGGAUUGUCUGAGGCAGUAACUAAUACGCUUCUUCUGUCUAGGAAGAAAUAUACGUCUAAGUGUUAUCACCGUAUAUGGGAGUCAUUAAGUCCUGGAAUCUUGACAAAGGUCUAGACUUCUUGAACCCUGAUCAGAACCAGAUUUUGGAGUUCUUACAGGCUGGAUUGGAUAAGGGUUUAAGCCUGAGUACCUUGAAGGUGCAGUGUUCGGCACUAUCGGCCCUCUAUAACUACCCUUGGGCUUCAAAUCCCCUGAUUGCCAGGUUCUUUAAGGCUACCAUAUGCUCCUCCAUGGGAUCUUCCUCUGGUCUUGGAUGCCUUGUCCGAAAUUCCUUUUUCGCCUCUAGAGAACUUGGAUUUCUCUUCUCUCACGUACAAAACUCUGUUUUUGUUGGCUAUUACAUCAGCCAGAAGAAUCUUGGAGGUGAGAGCUCUCUCCUGUGCAGAGUAAUAUAUUCAGGCUUUCCACGACAGAGUGGUUUUACGUCUGAAGUUGGAAUUCCUUCCUAAAGUUGUCUCAAAAUUUCACUUACACCAGGAGAUCGUUCUGCCUUCUUUUUUCCCUGAACCUUCCUCGGAUCUGGAGGUGAAGCUUCAUAAUCUGGAUAUUAGGGAGUACUUGAUCAGGUAUUUGUCGUUUUCUGGUACAUUUCGUAAGACGGAUCAUUUGUUCAUUAUUCCUGAAGGCUCCAGGAAAGGUGAAGCCGCUUCCACUUCUACACUACGUAGAUGGAUUUCCAACAUCAUCACUAAAGCUUACACUCUGAAAGGUGUUUCUCCUCUGAAACGGACUAAGUCUCAUUCGACUAGGUCUUUGGCUACUUCAUGGGCUAAUUGGGCAGAGGUGUCCCCUGAUGACAUAUGCAAGGCAGCAACGUGGUCUUCUCCUAUGACCUUCAUAAAACAUUAUAGUCUGGAUGUAGCCUCUUCUUCUACUAAGUUUGGCAGAAGCGUGUUGGCUUCUAUUAGCUCAGCAUAAUAAAAUUAUAUGUUGUUGCAGUUAAUAUGUGUGGAUUAUUUUUCCCAACCCUUCUUGCUAGUUUUCUUGGGUAUUACCCAUAAGUGAUGCUGCCAUGAUUAGCCAGGAAUACCAAAAUUUUGUUUCAUACUUCCCAUAAAUUUAUUUUCCUUUCUAUUUCUCAUGGCAGCAUCAGGUUCCCGCCCUGGGUUUUUGUUUGAGCUUUUCAAUUGGACUGAGGUAUGGAGGGAGGAGGAACCCUUUAUGCCUACAGCCUCGUUAAUUGUUUAAUUGUUUUCUGUCCUGAUCCAGCUGAGGGUAGAGCUAACCCAUAAGUGAUGCUGCCAUGAGAAAUAGCCAGGAAAAUAAAUUUACUGGUAAGUAUGAAACAAAAUUUCGGUAAUGCUGAUAUUUAAAAGUGAUGAUAUGUAAGGAAAUCUUUAGAGAGAAUCAAGGCUUGGUUUCAGAGAUAAAAAAAUAGCAAAGGAUGUGUCUUAAUUGUGAUGGUCUCCUGAAAAUUCUCUGGUCACCUGAAUGUCAAUUGCAGAUUUUUCAAAGGCAAUCAAAUCUUGAGUCGCAAUUUUGGUAAAAGCCACACUAAAUGACUUCAUAACUCUACAGGCUUGAUCAAUCCAUUAUAACAAGAGCACAUGAGAAUUCCUGCAUUCCUUCCCUAGAUUAUCUAUAUAAACACACAUAAAGGGGUAUUCACAUAAACAAACAGUAGAGACGCAGACAGAAUAGACAUUCCAAGUGGUAAGAAGUAAUAAGACGCAUACCACUGUUAAAAGCCUAUAAACAGCAAUUAUGUGCAUAUUUUAGCCACAACUUACUAUAAGCGAUGAAACCAAUACUAUCAUAUAGUAAGAUAAUGUAAAUGAUUUAGAGAAAGCAUUUGUAGGACAUUUAUUGACUGUACAGAUGAAGUUAAAAUUAAGGAAUUGGAGGAACAGAAUACAUUUUAUAGCUAUAUGAAAUAAAAUAAGAAUACAAGAAAAUGGAAAGAAGAGAUAAAAAGAAGUAAUACACAUAAACAUGAAUUUUAGGGACAGCAGUUUUUGCUGCUGAGAAUAUAACUGAGAAGUUAAGUUUAGCACAAUUAACUUAAAAUUUAAAUUGUAUUGCAUUUGUGUUCAUUUUCACUGCAGUUAGAAUUUUAAUGUUAAGGCACAAAAUAAAAUUAUGUUCAUAUACAUAUCUGAAAAAAAAUAAGAGCCCACUCCAUUUUUUUCUUAAAUCAGCAUCUCUACAUGUAUGGAAGUCAUCAAGGGAGGGCUGGCAGCCUUAGGCCUGGGGGGGCAAAUACAGUCAAGCAGCCCAUUGCACCAAGAGGAGAGUAUAAACACCUUUCCCAUGUGAUUGAAAGGCUGGGCAGUCACCUAAACAGACACACUCACUGACAGGCACACAAACACUUGUUGAUUUGACACACACUAACAAACACACAUUCACUGACAGCAGGGCCAGAUUAAGAGCCCAGUGGGCCUGAUGCUGACAAUUAUGACGGGCCUAAUUACAGAAUCUAAAAAACACUAAAACACUCCCAAGCGUCAUGUAUCUGAUGGAGAUGGUGCUGGAGGAAAAGAAAACAGCAGCUAUAAGAAAACACAUACCCUAUGCUAAUCUCUCUCUAAUUUAUGUUUUCAUCUUUCAAGUAAAUCCAUAACCACUAACAACAGUGUUUAGUCAAACAGGAAGUCAAUGGGCAUGAUAAAAGGGUGUGCCACUGAUACAAAUCACGUAACCUGCCAAAAGGGGUGAACAUGCCCAAAAAGGGGGCAUGUCUGCCCAAAGAAUUGGAAGGCCAGUCUGGCAGGAAUGCAUGUCAGGCUGCCUGCCUAUCGUGCAAGCUGGCCAACUAAGGGCAUGCUAUGCAGACAGCACCCUGAGCUUGGCAUAAAUGCAUCUAAUGAUGCGCUCACUCAAUGCUUUCUAAGGACUGUCCCCUAGCACUCGCUGGUCCACUUGUCUCCUUACCUUCUUACUAGCAGGCAGAAGCUCCUGGUAUAUAGUCUGGGACAGAGAAAAGCUGUAUGUAGUGAGUGUAGAAGAAAGGGAACAUGCCACAGUGUUAGAAAGACUGUCAAGAUUACCUUAACUAAUUUCAUUGUCAGCCAGUCCACACAAGUUUUGUUCCCAUACUUAAGAGAGAGUAUGUGAAAAGUAGUUAGGGUUGCCACCUUUCUUGGAAAAACAUACCAGCCUUACUAAUUUGCAUAAUUAAUUAUGUAUGGGUGACAUCACAUGAUGUAAAUUACAAGGAGUGACAUAAAAGAAAAUGCUGUAUAAUCAUCCAAAAACGACUUGGUUCGAUUCUGCUGUAUAGAUGAAUUGCUCCCAGUGUCUCAAGUCUCCCACUCUCCCAGUAUCCCCAUGUCUCCAGUGUACCCAUGUCUCCCAGUGUCUCAGUGUCCCCAUGGCUCCCAGUGCCCUCAUGACUCAGUGUCCCCAUGUGUCAAUUACCCCAGAUCUCAGUGCCCCAUGUCUCCCUGUGUCCCUCAGUAUUCCCCUGCGUCUAUGUCCCCAUGUUUUCCAGGGUCCACAUGUCACUAGGAACACAGGGAGACCUGGGGACACAGAGACACCAGGGACACUGGGAGACUAGGGGACACUGGCUGGGACACAUGGGGACACUAGGAAAAUAGGGGACACUUGAAGACAUGGGGAUACAGACACCAGGGACACAGACACUAGGGACACUGGCUGGGGGGGACAUGGGGACAUUGAGAUGUGGGGGAACUGGGAGACAUGGGGACACUGAUACACCAGGGACACAGACACUAGGGGCACUGGCUGGGAGACAUGGGGACACUGAGACACUUGGGGGCACUGGAAGACAUAGGGGCACUAGGAGACAUGGGGACACUGAGACACUGGGAGACUACGGGACACUGGGAGACUAGGGGGCACUGGGAGACAUGGGGACACUGAGACACCAGGGACACUGGCUGGGGGACAUGGGCACACUGGGAGACAUGGGGACACUGUGUCCCCAUGUUUCUCUGUGUCCCCAAGUGUCUGUGUCAUAAUGUCUCCCAAUGUCCCUUAGUGUCUCAGUGUCCCCAUGUCUCCCAGUGUCCCAGAGUGUCUGUCAUAAUGUCUCCCAAUGUCCCUUAGUGUCUUAGUGUAUGUCUCCUUGCAGCCUUUCCCCCAUCCCUCACUUUUCUGAGCAGUGGGCUGUCUCUGCAGGGUGGGAGUUGCUGUCUGAACUCUCUGUAGCUGCUCCCCUGUGGAUCAGUGAGUAGAGAUAAGCAGGUAGGGAUAUGCUGGAACUUUCUAUCCCUGCCUCUCUCCACACACAGCGACCUCUAUUGGCCAGUGCUGGUAUUGCAUUGUAAUCUCUGUUUAUACUGAGAAAAAUACCAGCUUUUGUAUUGCCAGUUUGACUGCAAUAUCGGCACCGGCCAGGCAGCCUCAAAUUCUGGCUGUGCCAAUAAAAUACCAGCCAGAUGGAAACCCUAAGAGUAGUGUUUAAAAAAAAAAAAAAAGUUUUUUUUUUUUAAAUCAAUGUGCCUAUUCCAUAGGCCUGGGCCUGGAGCUGCAGCUCCAUCAGCCCCUAUGUUAAUACGGCGCUGACUGACAGGCACACGCACACACUCACGGACAGACAGACAGACACACACUCACGGACAGACACACACACACUGGCUGGCACACACACACAGAGACAUACUUGCACACACACACACACACACACACAGACACACUGGCACACAGAAAUACACACUGGCACACACACAGACAGACAUACUGACACACACAGACAUACUGACACACACACACAUACAGACAGACAUACUGACACACACAAAGAUAUACUGACAUACACAUACAUACACACACACACACACACACACACACACACACACAUUACACUUUUAAAGCCAGUAGACAGGGCCUGCCUGCCCCCCUGUGACAAACUCCCCUUUUCAAGUUAGUUUGCCACGAGUUCUUGGAGGGGACUACUUGCCAGCCUUUUACCCUGUGGCUAUGGUCCCUGCAACGGAAUUGGUUAAUCUACUUUAAACAGGCUCUGUUCGUGCAAUUGGGACUAUGUUUUGGGCUGUAGUAGGGGGUUAGGGGCUGUAGUGGGGGGUAUGAGCUGUAAUUGGGGGUUAGGAAAUGUAGUGGAGGGACAGGGGCUGAAGUAGGUUGAUGGCUACAAUUUAGGAAAGGGGCUGCGGUGUGGGUGAUAUGGGUUGCAAUUGGGGGAGAGGAGUUGUAGUGGGGAUGUUACAGAAGCUGAGAGGGGGGGCAGGAUCUGAGAGGGAGGGGACAGGAGCUGAGAGCGGGACAGGAGCUGAGAGGGGGGACAGGAGCUGAGGGGAGCAGAAGCUGAGAGGGGAGACAGAAGCUGAGAGAGGGGGACAGGAGCUGAGAGGGGGGCAGAGGCUGAGGAGGGGAAUAAAAAAAAAAAAAAAAUAAAGCGUAUUCCCUCCCUGAGCCUUACCUUAAGCCAGGGAGGGGGGGGUAGGAGCAGGAGUAGGAGCCAGGAGCAAGAGCAGGAGCCAGCAGGUUUGCAAGAGCAGCAGUCAGUGGAGUCGGCCGGCCUUUCCUGAUGAUGUCAGGAUGAAGGGGCAUGACUUCCUCUGUUCUUCUCCCAGAUUCCCCAGCGGUCCUGGGAGAAGAGCAGUGAAAAUCACACCCCCUCCUCCUGACAUCAUCAGGAGUGCCGGCAGACUCCACUGGCUGCAGGCUGCAGGGAGAGAGGUAAGUUGAAAAAUCCAAGUCCCCAGCCAGAGGCAGGGGAUUCUGAUUUUUCUUUUUUUUUUGCUGGAUAAGGACGGCCCUGGAUUUAGGGUGGCCUGGGGGGCAAUUGCCUGCCUGCCCCCCUGUGACAAACUCCCCUUUUCAAGUUAGUUUGCCACGAGUUCUUGGAGGGGACUACUUGCCAGCCUUUUACCCUGUGACUAUGGUCCCUGCAACAGAAUUGGUUAAUCUACUUUAAACAGGCUCUGUUUGUGCAAUUGGGACUAUAUGGCAUCUCUACAUGUAUGGAAGUCAUCAAGGGAGGGCUGGCAGCCUUAGGCCUGGGGGGGCAAAUACAGUCAAGCAGCCCAUUGCACCAAGAGGAGAGUAUAAACACCUUUCCCAUGUGAUUGAAAGGCUGGGCAGUCACCUAAACAGACACACUCACUGACAGGCACACAAACACUUGUUGAUUUGACACACACUAACAAACACACAUUCACUGACAGCAGGGCCAGAUUAAGAGCCCAGUGGGCCUGAUGCUGACAAUUAUGACGGGCCUAAUUACAGAAUCUAAAAAACACUAAAACACUCCCAAGCGUCAUGUAUCUGAUGGAGAUGGUGCUGGAGGAAAAGAAAACAGCAGCUAUAAGAAAACACAUACCCUAUGCUAAUCUCUCUCUAAUUUAUGUUUUCAUCUUUCAAGUAAAUCCAUAACCACUAACAACAGUGUUUAGUCAAACAGGAAGUCAAUGGGCAUGAUAAAAGGGUGUGCCACUGAUACAAAUCACGUAACCUGCCAAAAGGGGUGAACAUGCCCAAAAAGGGGGCAUGUCUGCCCAAAGAAUUGGAAGGCCAGUCUGGCAGGAAUGCAUGUCAGGCUGCCUGCCUAUCGUGCAAGCUGGCCAACUAAGGGCAUGCUAUGCAGACAGCACCCUGAGCUUGGCAUAAAUGCAUCUAAUGAUGCGCUCACUCAAUGCUUUCUAAGGACUGUCCCCUAGCACUCGCUGGUCCACUUGUCUCCUUACCUUCUUACUAGCAGGCAGAAGCUCCUGGUAUAUAGUCUGGGACAGAGAAAAGCUGUAUGUAGUGAGUGUAGAAGAAAGGGAACAUGCCACAGUGUUAGAAAGACUGUCAAGAUUACCUUAACUAAUUUCAUUGUCAGCCAGUCCACACAAGUUUUGUUCCCAUACUUAAGAGAGAGUAUGUGAAAAGUAGUUAGGGUUGCCACCUUUCUUGGAAAAACAUACCAGCCUUACUAAUUUGCAUAAUUAAUUAUGUAUGGGUGACAUCACAUGAUGUAAAUUACAAGGAGUGACAUAAAAGAAAAUGCUGUAUAAUCAUCCAAAAACGACUUGGUUCGAUUCUGCUGUAUAGAUGAAUUGCUCCCAGUGUCUCAAGUCUCCCACUCUCCCAGUAUCCCCAUGUCUCCAGUGUACCCAUGUCUCCCAGUGUCUCAGUGUCCCCAUGGCUCCCAGUGCCCUCAUGACUCAGUGUCCCCAUGUGUCAAUUACCCCAGAUCUCAGUGCCCCAUGUCUCCCUGUGUCCCUCAGUAUUCCCCUGCGUCUAUGUCCCCAUGUUUUCCAGGGUCCACAUGUCACUAGGAACACAGGGAGACCUGGGGACACAGAGACACCAGGGACACUGGGAGACUAGGGGACACUGGCUGGGACACAUGGGGACACUAGGAAAAUAGGGGACACUUGAAGACAUGGGGAUACAGACACCAGGGACACAGACACUAGGGACACUGGCUGGGGGGGACAUGGGGACAUUGAGAUGUGGGGGAACUGGGAGACAUGGGGACACUGAUACACCAGGGACACAGACACUAGGGGCACUGGCUGGGAGACAUGGGGACACUGAGACACUUGGGGGCACUGGAAGACAUAGGGGCACUAGGAGACAUGGGGACACUGAGACACUGGGAGACUACGGGACACUGGGAGACUAGGGGGCACUGGGAGACAUGGGGACACUGAGACACCAGGGACACUGGCUGGGGGACAUGGGCACACUGGGAGACAUGGGGACACUGUGUCCCCAUGUUUCUCUGUGUCCCCAAGUGUCUGUGUCAUAAUGUCUCCCAAUGUCCCUUAGUGUCUCAGUGUCCCCAUGUCUCCCAGUGUCCCAGAGUGUCUGUCAUAAUGUCUCCCAAUGUCCCUUAGUGUCUUAGUGUAUGUCUCCUUGCAGCCUUUCCCCCAUCCCUCACUUUUCUGAGCAGUGGGCUGUCUCUGCAGGGUGGGAGUUGCUGUCUGAACUCUCUGUAGCUGCUCCCCUGUGGAUCAGUGAGUAGAGAUAAGCAGGUAGGGAUAUGCUGGAACUUUCUAUCCCUGCCUCUCUCCACACACAGCGACCUCUAUUGGCCAGUGCUGGUAUUGCAUUGUAAUCUCUGUUUAUACUGAGAAAAAUACCAGCUUUUGUAUUGCCAGUUUGACUGCAAUAUCGGCACCGGCCAGGCAGCCUCAAAUUCUGGCUGUGCCAAUAAAAUACCAGCCAGAUGGAAACCCUAAGAGUAGUGUUUUAAAAAAAAAAAAAAGUUUUUUUUUUUUAAAUCAAUGUGCCUAUUCCAUAGGCCUGGGCCUGGAGCUGCAGCUCCAUCAGCCCCUAUGUUAAUACGGCGCUGACUGACAGGCACACGCACACACUCACGGACAGACAGACAGACACACACUCACGGACAGACACACACACACUGGCUGGCACACACACACAGAGACAUACUUGCACACACACACACACACACAGACACACUGGCACACAGAAAUACACACUGGCACACACACAGACAGACAUACUGACACACACAGACAUACUGACACACACACACAUACAGACAGACAUACUGACACACACAGAGAUAUACUGACAUACACAUACAUACACACACACACACACACAUACACACACACACACACACACAUUACACUUUUAAAGCCAGUAGACAGGGCCUGCCUGCCCCCCUGUGACAAACUCCCCUUUUCAAGUUAGUUUGCCACGAGUUCUUGGAGGGGACUACUUGCCAGCCUUUUACCCUGUGGCUAUGGUCCCUGCAACGGAAUUGGUUAAUCUACUUUAAACAGGCUCUGUUCGUGCAAUUGGGACUAUGUUUUGGGCUGUAGUAGGGGGUUAGGGGCUGUAGUGGGGGGUAUGAGCUGUAAUUGGGGGUUAGGAAAUGUAGUGGAGGGACAGGGGCUGAAGUAGGUUGAUGGCUACAAUUUAGGAAAGGGGCUGCGGUGUGGGUGAUAUGGGUUGCAAUUGGGGGAGAGGAGUUGUAGUGGGGAUGUUACAGAAGCUGAGAGGGGGGGCAGGAUCUGAGAGGGAGGGGACAGGAGCUGAGAGCGGGACAGGAGCUGAGAGGGGGGACAGGAGCUGAGGGGAGCAGAAGCUGAGAGGGGAGACAGAAGCUGAGAGAGGGGGACAGGAGCUGAGAGGGGGGCAGAGGCUGAGGAGGGGAAUAAAAUAAAAAAAAAACUAAAGCGUAUUCCCUCCCUGAGCCUUACCUUAAGCCAGGGAGGGGUGGGUAGGAGCAGGAGUAGGAGCCAGGAGCAAGAGCAGGAGCCAGCAGGUUUGCAAGAGCAGCAGUCAGUGGAGUCGGCCGGCCUUUCCUGAUGAUGUCAGGAGGAAGGGGCAUGACUUCCUCUGUUCUUCUCCCAGAUUCCCCAGCGGUCCUGGGAGAAGAGCAGUGAAAAUCACACCCCCUCCUCCUGACAUCAUCAGGAGUGCCGGCAGACUCCACUGGCUGCAGGCUGCAGGGAGAGAGGUAAGUUGAAAAAUCCAAGUCCCCAGCCAGAGGCAGGGGAUUCUGAUUUUUCUUUUUUUUUUGCUGGAUAAGGACGGCCCUGGAUUUAGGGUGGCCUGGGGGGCAAUUGCCUGCCUGCCCCCCUGUGACAAACUCCCCUUUUCAAGUUAGUUUGCCACGAGUUCUUGGAGGGGACUACUUGCCAGCCUUUUACCCUGUGACUAUGGUCCCUGCAACAGAAUUGGUUAAUCUACUUUAAACAGGCUCUGUUUGUGCAAUUGGGACUAUAUGGUUUGUAUACCGAACAACCGCACGAACCGAGACCACUUGGAACGUUUCUCACCGCAGUUCUCUGGAACUGUUUUGGGUAUGAAAUCAUGCGUGCAGUCGGUCAAAAAAGACUUCCAGGAAUUUCCUGAACCCCUGCUCUGAUCUGGGUGAUUUUUUGAUAUGUUGUUCACCCAGAUCAGGGCUAUCAGGUGAUGUAUAUGCGGAUAUGUUAUGUUUUGGGGUGUUUUCUGUACUUUGUGGAAAUUGUGUGUUUUUCUGCCUGUGGAUAAUUGGGUUAUUGUAUUAUCUACUUUAAUUGUAUCACAGGCAGAAGGGAGGGAUUGUGUAAUGUAUGUGGGAGUGUUGUUCAUUUUUACACUGGUUUUUAUUGGCUUGCAUGUUUUGUGUCCUGUGCCCAACAAGGUCCCCCUUGGCAUCAACCUUGUUGGGAAACUUGUAUAAAAGGCCAGUGUGCCCGAUUUGUGCCAGUGUGCCCUAUUCCUGCUUACACUCCAAAAUUGUGUGUCGUCCAGCUAUUGGAGGGAAAUAAUAUUUGCUCCUGUCUCUGCUGUUCCAGCUUGCAGGAGAUUCCCCAUUCGGUUCCAAAGUUCCCAGGACUGAGUGUCAUCCAGUGCCUGGAGGUGUCAGAGUAAAUUUCCCCUUUGGCUCCAGGAGGGAGGUGGCAGUUCCAGGGCCCCAGUCAAGCUACGGCAACUGAGUGCAAGAAGUGCUGCAGUUUUUCCCCUGUUCCUGCUACACUCUCUGGACUAGGAGAGGUCUACCAACUGGAAGCUGGAUCCUGGUCUUGGGUCCAGGGUGGGUGGAGGACAGCGAGACCCCAACCAAGCUGCGGCAGUUUGUGGGGUUUACGGUGGUUAUGGUGUUCCAGUGCAGUGAUUAUGGUACUCGCAAGUACUAUGAAGCAGCAAUAGAUGGAGGUACCCGGUCGGGGUGCCAAGCGAUCUGUUACACCCCCAUCCCAGCCCGCCUCUGGUAGUCAUUCUGAUGUAGUGUCUGUUGAAUUCCAUCACAGUAACACCUCUUUCUACUCAAUGAGGAACUGACCACAUGAAGGAAAUCUUAUUUAAUGAUGAAAAGUAUAAACACCCCUGCAGUGGUCAACACUAUCCUCUUGCUGUAGGACAUGAACAGUUCUAGUAAUACCUUACAAGUAACAAACCAGCUGUAGGACAAGAACAGUGCUAGUAAUAUCUUACAAGUUAUUGGAAUAAAAAAAAAAUUAUUGGCCUUGCCAAAAUAGUUGAAAAGAAAGGGUUUAAGUGAGGAAAAGAAGGGUUCAAUUCUGACUUUACUGGCAGAGGGAUACAGUCAGCAUUACAUUUCUUCAAUCCUUAAAAUUUUAAAGAACAAGGUCAAGCAGCCGACAUUGGGGACAACAGACUAGAGGGCAAAAUGACUCUCCACUGGCUGGGAUGACCACCAACUCAUUCCAAAGUCACUCAACACUUACAUGAUGACAUCAAAUAACCUACAAAAAGAAUGUCAAAUGGCAGUGCACAGCGAGGGCUGAAGUUGUGCAAAGCUAAAAAAAAAAAAGCACUUCAUUAAUGUGAAGCAAAGAAUAUCCAGAGGUUUGCAACAAACCAUAAGGAUUGGACCAAAAACUACUGGAAUAAAAUCAUCUUCUCUGAUUAGUCUAAUUUUCAGCUUUGCUCCACUCGUGGUCAUCUAAUGGUGGAGGUCUACAAACACAGUGUCUAUCACCCACUAUGAAAUUUGGUGGAUGAUCGGUGAUGAUUUGGGGUGUUUCCGCAUGGCUUGGCUAGCAAGGGUAGAAUGAUCUUUGUGAAGUACACAUGAAUCAAGCCAUACUCAAGGUUAUCUUGGAAGAAAACAUGCUCCUUUCUGCUUUGACAAUGUUCCCCAACUUUGAUGAUUGUUUCUACUGCACAACAAUGCUCCAUGCCACACAGCCAAAUCAAUCAAGGUGUGAAUGGAGGACCUCCAGAUGAAACCCUGUCAUGGCCAGCCCAAUCUCUAGUACUAAACACCACUGAAAACCUCUGGAAGUUGAUCAAGAGGAGGAUAGAUGGUUACAAGCCAUCAAACAAAGCCAAGCUGCUUGAAUUUUUGCACCAGGAGUACCCAACAGCAAUGUAAAAGACUGGUGGAGAGUAUGCCAAGAUGCAUGAAAGCUGUGAUUAAAAAUUUGCAUUGCGUUUUAAAAAAAAAUAAUAUGAACCUUCUUCCUUUGCAUUAUUUAAGGUCUGAACACUGCCUUUUUUUUGUUAAUUUGACCAGUUCUCAUUUUCUGCAAAGAAAUGCUCAAAAUGACAAUGUUUGUAUUUGGAAUUUGGGAGAAAUGCUGACAGUAGUUUAUAGAACAAAACAGAAAUGUUCAUUUUACUCAAACAUAUACCUAUAAAUAGUAAAACCAGAGAAAAUAAUAAUUUUGCGGAGCUGUGUGUCUGCAAACAUAGGUCUCAUUCCAUGCUCAUCACAUUGUGGUCAUUGCACUUGUUUAUCAUGAAAUGUAUAGGGCUACUGAAUCUGAUGGCGCUAUAGAAAUAAUAAAUAAUAAUAAUAAUAAUGAAAUCCAUGAGUUAGAGAAACUCAUCAGUUUAUAGUGACACCCUCCCAUGUUGACGGAAUCUGUUGGCGCUAAAUAAAUGGCAAUAAUAAUAAUAAUAAAGAGAAGAAAAAGGAGAAUAGAAAAAUCUAAAUAUCAGAAAACCAUAAUCAAAUGCACUUAAGGUCUGCAAAAACCAUGAUGACUCAUGUUAAUUUGGCCACGUAGAAGAACAGCAGAACAUGCAUACUUACUCAUAUCAUCUGCUGCAGUUGUAGCCACGUCACAGAGGGCUCCUUGCCCUUUCAUGGUUUUUGCAGACCUUAAGUGCAUUUGAUUAUGGUUUUCUGAUAUUUAGAUUUUUCUAUUCUCCUUUUUCUUCUCUUUAUUAUUAUUAUUAUUGCCAUUUAUUUAGCGCCAACAGAUUCCGUAGCGCUUUACAAUAUUAUGAGAGCGGAGAUUUAACUAUAAAUAGGACAAUUACAAAAAAACUUAUAGGAACGAUAGGUUGGAGAGGACUCUGAUCAAACGAGCUUACAUUCUUUGUAGGUAUAACGCCAGCCUUUUUAAUAUUCAGUAAUAUGUAUUUCUGUCUUUAUUGUUGCUAACCUGUCCAGCUCCAGUUGAGUCUGCUGUACACCUUCUAAAUUAAGGUGAAUACAAAUGCAGUGUGUAUCCUGGUUUGAGACCACCUUUUCAAAGAUUUAACAGCCAAGUGGUGUGUAAUAUAGAGCGAAAUAACAAAUAUAUAAAUAUUUUUAUAGGGUGUUAAUGUAAUCUUUCAGAACAAUAGGUUCUGUCUUGAAGAUCUUAAAAUACUUUUUUUUUUCCCACGGGCGGUAUAUGUCAUGUAAUACAGUUGUGCCAGAAACCUCGUCCACUAAUUAUGUAUUAUCUGCCCACUUUUUUCACUUUCAUUCCAUCAACUGGACACUAAAAAAAUGUAGUCUGUGUCCCCUUCUUGAACCCAUAUAAACUAAGGUGAAACAGAGAGGUGCAGAAAGAAGCUAUAUGAAGCAGUCAAGUUAAUAGAAUUAGUUGAUAUGUUAGAGAGCUUGAUAUUAAUGCAUUAUAUAUUUUUGAUAAACUCUUUACAAGCUUGUUACACUCCUUAUGGUGUAUUACCUUUAACUGUGUCAUGUAAGCUUUGUUUCUAUAAAAUGUGUAUUAUCUGUUGAGAAGAGUCAUUCACUACCCAAUCUCCCUGCAAUAAAUAAAAAAGUGAAAUAGUGCCUGUGGGGAAUUUAGGAGGUGAGAUCAAGUGGCAAAUGCGUAUUUUAUCUUCAGUAUUGUCUUCUGUAGGGUGCAACAAGGUCACUGGAUAACUGGAUAUUAUACUGCCAUACAUAAAUGCCAGAUGUAUUGUUAUGGUGGAAAACUAUAACGUAUGACAGGAUUAGUUUCAUAGUUUUCUUUUUUGUUAUUAUACUGACUCCUUCUCCUAUAAAAGAGAUAGUAUAUAAAACCUGGAGGUAUUCUGCAUGUAAUAACACGUGAAAAAGAAGAAAGCAUGCUACAUUAAUAGGUGGCAUUUCAAAGACAAAUCAAAAUACAUACAAUUUAAGAAGUUUCUGGAAGCUACAAGUAGAAAUAGCUAUAUUAAUUGGAAUAUCAAAAAAAGAACAAAAAGGAAAAGUAAAGUUUAAUGGAAUGAUUGCAAUAACAGACUUUCUAAAAAGCAUAUACCUAUUCUUGAUUUACGCAUGUGUUUCACUGUAAGGCUACUUAUUAGUUGAUCAAUUUAAAGGUUAACUCCAAUUGAGGAUUGGAGUGAUCCCAGGGGCACCAGACCAGCGGGCACCAGACCAGCAGGCCCCUGGGAUCACUCCUAUCCUCAACCUGGAAACCUUGAAAAUUCCUGGAAGUUUCCUGUACCCAAAGAAAUCCUUAGGUGGGGAUCAAUCCACCCAAGCUGUCAUCAUAGAGCAGUGGGCCUGCUCUUAUUUUGUAAGUACAUUUCUUUUAUUAUUUUACUAAUAUUGCCAUACAGUGAGCACUAUUGGCUGUUUCUUUUAUCCCGAGAAUUGGAUACCAUUCACGGAGAGGAACCUGCCUUAUAUCCCAUAAGCGGGGAUUAAACCCCUGUAUGCGCUUCACUCCAGAGCUGGACAUUAGCUCUGGUAAAUGUGAGUUUUAUACUAUUAUUUUUACGUCUAUAUCUGAAUUUUACGUACUACACCAUUGGUUGUCCCCUUUUUUUUCUCUUUUUAUCUUUCAUAAUAAGUGAAACCACUACAAUAGUAGAAGACCUCAUCAACCAAGGACACCUGUAAGGAUAAACCAUUUGGACUUUUUUCUUUUCCUUUUAAUUGGACUUUAUUUUAUGUGCACAGCCUUUUUUAUUGUUUUUAUUUAUCUUGUCUUAAAGGGUUUGAGGGAUUCCCCUUUUUUAAGGUUGCUGCCCAAUAGUUAUCUAGCGCUGUCUCAUUCUUCUUAUUUAUUAUUAACGUGAACACUGUGUUUUAUCUGAAAUUACAUUGUUUACUUGAACAUUCUUGCAGGGACUGACUAUACUCACCAGAACAACUACAUUAAGAUGUAGUUUGUGGGGUGACUAUAGUGUCCCUUUAAGCUUAUUACUUUGCUCCUGCUCCUGGUUUUUUAUUAAUUGAUCUGGCUACCUAUUGACUAUGAUUUUUCCAGUAUUCCCUGUGUACCAAACCCCGGCUAUGUUUGAACACAAUUGUUCCUAUUUUGUGUACUGGGCCCAGGCGACGUUUGGCAUUGAUUUUGUUCCUCUUGCUGUAUGCCUUUUAGUCCUGGUUACUCUAAGGUCUGGUAAUACGCCAAACUUUGCAUUCUCACUUUGCCUUUGUUAGGAUUACUGCCUUGUAUCUUGCCGAGUAUUCCAACAUAUCGUGACAUCUGCAUUAUCUGGUCUCCACACUCUUGGCAGUGAUCAGUGAUGAUGACUGGCAGUGGCUGGCUGUUGGCUAAGGUUGAGUCCUGUGGUGCAGUUUGAUGAUGACCUCCACUACGUGCACCGUGAGGCUCUGUGACAGUGAAAUCUUGCGGGAGGGUGGCCAGGUUUUACUGAGUUAUGCAGCACUUGUAAGAGAACACUGUACUGUGCAGGUUCAUCUAAAUUUUUUGUUGCCAAAAUUGUUUAAGUUGUAGAAAAUAAUCCAUAGCUUGCCCUCAAAUCGGAAAAUUUGUCUCUAAGACUGGUCCAACAUCUAUGGUUCUGAUGAGCUCAGAAACUUUCUCAGAUAUGGAGUUAAGUGUAAUUAAAAUAUAUUUUAAGUAGAGUAAUAAGUACAAUGUGGUACAAUUCAAACUUUAACACCAAAUAAGAGAACAAGGUAUGCCAUGCCCAGUGAGUAUGGCUAAUUACAGCACUGGACAGGUGAAUUUGGUUGUAUGGGAAUGUACCAUUUGUCGAAUUACAGGAAAAAUUUGCCAAGUAAAUUCUUAAUUUGAAGCCAGGCAGCCAACUGUGUCCAUCUGCCCAGAUGUGAAACUUUACCCCCAGAGGACAUAUGUGUAUUCCUCUUCCCAGACUGGGUGGCUACAUAUAUAUGUGCUUUUUGCUUAGCAGACCUUAGAACCUUUUGCUGUGCUAAAUGACAAUUAGCAGUCAGGAGGCAAUUUCUGCUAAGUGUCAUAACCAAAAAACAUUAAUAAUAAUUCAGAGGUUGUUGAUCGAUAUUAUGCAAAUAUUAUUAGACACAUAUAUACCUUUCAAGACCUCAAACAGGCCUUUGAACCAUGGUUUAAAAUUGAGUCGGAUGUAACUCACAUCGAUAAAUUACAAUAUUCUAUGUGGACAGUCACUAGGGAUUCUCUUAUUAAUUCUUACUUAACAAAUCCAAUGACUUUGACACAAACCCUAGAGGACUGGUUAGAAAUUAAGAAAAAAUUUGGGUUUAACAAUCUUAUUCCAAAGACUUGUAGACUUGAUAUAGUGGAAACCCUUAUUCAAGACUUAUCUUUAAAAAAGUGGCCCAAUGUUGAUAAAUUAACAAUUGCUGACAUCAUGCAGGGCGAUAAUAUAGUGUAUUUUCAAUACAUCACAGAUAAUUUUCAUAUUCCACGCAGAUAAAUUUUUACCUAUCUGCGGUUAAAAAGUUUUAUUCAUAAAAAUGUUAUUAAAUCUACUGCCUCAUAUGCAAAAGAAAUGGAACUUAUUUUUGGUUACCGCUCUAUUAAUAAGGUUAAAUCUGCCACUUCCUCUCUCUUAGAUUGUUUUAAACGGCCUCCCUUUAGAUUGAUUAGGACUUGGGAACAUGAAUUGGAACUUGAAAUUUCAGUAGACGACUGGCAUUCUUCUUUAAUUCAAUUAAACAAGCAUGUACAUUGUGUAAAUUUGACUGAAUGCCACUUCAAGGUUCUACAUCGAUGGUAUUACACUCCGACCAGAUUAGCUAAAAUUUAUGAUGCCCAUGAUCCUGCUUGCAGGAGAUGUGGCAGUUGUCAGGGUACAUAUAUUCAUAUUUAUUGGUCAUGCCCUGUAGUUAGACCAUUAUGGACAUGGGUAUUUAACAUCUUUACCACUAUGACAGAUCAUAAAAUUAACGAAAAUUAUGUUUCUGUUCUUCUACACCUAAAUUGGAACCUUAAAUCACAUAGAGAUAUUUGUUUUGCCACACAUUGCCUAGUCGCUGUUAAAAUUAUCAUUGAGCAUUUCAAAAACGGUUAUUGAUUAAUCAAAUUAUGUUUCAAAUCAAUAUGGAAUAUGAACUCAUUAAUAAUUUGACGAUUUCGUCAAAAAAAAAAAAGUCUGGUUUUCCGAUUGGCUAGAAAGAUACCAACAUAUUUUUGGCUAGACUCAGCUUUAGACAAUAUCUCUGUUAAUAAUAUAUAAUAAAUCUUUAGUUUUUAAUAUACAAAAUUGCUGCGGAUGCCUAUGAAAAAAUGUAAACUUUAUUAUAGUUAAUACAAUAGAGGUGGGAAUGAUUGUGUUAAUUCAGAAACAGAAAUACUGAAAAUAAUGUAUUAUUGUCAAUUGUCAUUUUUCUUUUUUUUUUUAAGUUUAUUUGAUUGCUCUGAAUGGGGGUUGGUUUUCUCUUUUGUUUUCUUUGUCUUUGAAUGUUGUCUUUUAUCUUUGUUAUUGUUUGUUAUUCUAGGCAUAUGCCCCAAAUAUAUGCCAUCUUGAUGCAAUAUGUUAUUAUGAUAUGCAAUUAAUUAUGUGAUUAUGCAUAUAACUUGAACCUGUGCAUAGGCUAUGGAUUAUUGUUAUAUAUAAAAUUAUGUUUCAAUAAAAAUCGAUUUAAAAAAAAAUAAAAAAUUCAGAGGUGAAUAUUAUUAUUAUUAUGUUAUUUAUAUAGCGCAAUCAAAUUCUGCAGCGCUUUACAAUGGGUGGACGAACAGAUAUGUAGUUGUAACCAGACAAGUUGGACAAACAGGAACAGAGGGGUUGAGGGCCCUGCUCAAUGAGCAUACAUGCUAGAGGGAGUGGGGUAAAAUGACACAAAAAGGUAAGGAUAGUAUUACACUAAUGACAGUUGCAGAAGAGGACUCAGUCGGGAGCUAUUAACAGUUUAAUUGAUAUGCUUUUUUUAAGAAGUGGGUUUUUAACGAUUUAUUGAAGGAGUGGAGACUGGGUGACCAUCUUACGGAGGAAGGAAUAAUCAUGCUUCUUAAUAUAGAUAUUCAGAACAGCGAGAGCAUGCCCUACAAAAGAAGUCCAAACCUGACUAGUGAACCUUGCACCAUUUGGGGGAACUGGGGAAGUCCACUAUAUUAAAUCAUAGAUGAGAUUUGUAAGAUGUCUGUGCAACGGCUAAAUAGCAAUAAAUUCACAUUUGUAAGAAUUUUUUGCUGCCCCAGACGUAAAAAAAGAAAUAGUUUUUUCUGUGUAGUUUGGUAUUUAAAACCUCUAAAAAGUACAAAAAGUGAGAAGGGGCGGUGUAGGCAACCUAGAGUUCCUACAGUUACACCUACACUCUCACCUGUACCUCCUCAGAGGAAGCUCAGAAACUUGAGAUGAUGCAAAGAGUGUAACGUCCAUUGAAGGCAAAUGAGCUGCUCACUGGGAUUCAUAUCUAAUUUGAUUAAGUGGCCAGUUUCUCUAUUGAUACUGACCUGGACAGAAAAUAUAAUUACUGUAACAGCAAAGGGAGUAAUAAGAAUUUUCUGUUAAUAUUUCCUUUUAAUUUUUAACUGCUGGUGUAAAUCAUUUGUUUGCCAUCUAUUGUUUGUGUAUGCACGGUGACUAUUUUUUGUACGUUAUCAAUAUUCCUUUUUAAAGUUCUGCAUUUGCCUGGUAAAGAAUCAUGCUACCUGACGAGACCUAUUUAAAAGUAUUUUCAAUUGCAUAUACAGAUAUUGUGCUAGCUUGUGUUUGUGGGUUUUAAUUUAAUUUGCUUGUAGAAACCAAAAGCACCUCAUUUAUAAACUGCCUUGUUGGUGGCAGCUUUUGAUACUAGAGUUAAGGGUGGAUGGUGUUAAGGGGCAUGAAUGAAAUGAAUGAAACCAGAUAAUCAGUAGACAAACAGAAGAGCAGGAAGCAUCAUAGAACCAGAAGACUAGAUUAAUGGAUCAACUGCAUGGAAACAUCUGUGGUGUUACACAGAGCAACAUUAAGCAGUGCACAGGGUGGGCCAACAUCCAAACUAGGGUUUGAGGAGUCGAUAACUUUUUUAAUAAUGAACCAAUUUCAAUGAUUUUACACAAAAUGAAUGCUUAAUGCAUGGAGAAUUGUUUGACUAUGUACAGAAGUUACCAUCUUUUAAAUAAGCGCCAUUUGCCAACUUGCAAAGUCAGGCUUUUUCGAUUGCAUUGUUAAUAACAUAAAUGUUAUGUUUCAAUCUCUAGCACAAAAAUUUCUACACAGCUUUUCUCCUUGAGCUGCUUAAGUGUAUGCGGUUUAUUCAUGUACACCUGCUCCUUCAGAUGUCCCCACAGGAUGUAAUCAGGAGAUGAAAGGUCAAGUGAACACGGUGGCCAAUUAAUCUGGGAAUUUUUUGAAAUUAUACACUUGCAAAGCAGUUGUCCCAGAAGGUCCAUUGUGGCCCUUGCUAUAUGGGCGGCAGCCACAUCCUGUUCCAGGACAAUUUUCCACUACAGGACAUAAAACGUUUUCAAUCAUAUCCCGAUAUCUCACACCAAUAAUAUUCCACAAUUUUUACUUGUUCCUUUGUGAAAUUACCCAUGAUGAAUCUUCCAAGGCUCUUGUUAUAAUAAAUACCUGCAACAAAAAAAUGUAACUACUAAUAAAUAUGUAAUUUACUUGUUAAAUCCUACUCUGAAUUUUGGCCCACCCUGUAUACCCUAGUUUCUUGGGCCAGUAUGAUGGACAUUUAAGAAAUACAAGUUACAGGGCUUUGACACAUUAAAAGGUAACACUGAUUAUAGACAAAAGGGAAGGCAUAAGUAGGUUUACUAAGUACAGUUGUGUGUCUGUGUUUUAACACUUAUUACUACCAUAAAUAUAUAUAAUGGUCACUGUUUGUUGUGCUAAUUUAUCAGCUAACUCAAUCGAUGCUUCUGGUACAAAGAGGUGGAUUACUUAGUCCAUGACAGACAAGGCUAAGGGAGGAUGCAUUAGAACAUUAGUGUGACUUAAUCAACUAGCAAGGAACAUGGCAAUAGUCAGUCAAUUUGAACUUUGUACAACUACACAGACACAAUGGAUGACAACAUGGAAUAGAAGAAUAUCUAACAGGUAGUUUAAAAAGGUUUGAACAUGAUGAUGUGAAACCUGAUUAUAAUAACAUUAGGUUGUCUAUGUGUCGUUUGUGGCCUUCCUGUAAUGAAGAACAUUACCAUAACCCAUCCUGGACAAUCAUUUUAGACUGAAUCUUAUGAUAUAUUUUUCAUGCACUUAGGCUUCUAAUGUCUACAUAGAAAAAUCCAUCUCCUAAUAAAUGGUUCCUGGGUUACUGUUAAUAAAUACAGGGCAGAUUUAGCUCUGUUAAUGGAAGCAUCAAUAUGUCAAUGGGAGUUCUUCCUGUGACAUCUGUUUGCCUGGCUCUUUUUAUCAUUGAAAACCAAUUGCUUUAUUCAUGACCAUUCCUAGCCUCUGCAACAGCAAUAAAUCUACAGACAGCAAAGAAAAUCAGAACUUUUUUUUCUAAUAUGCACUUUGUCCCCCAGUCCUCCACUCCAUUCCACCCCACCUGCUGUUUCUGUUAAAUAUCUCUUUUGCACUGGAAGCCGUAUAGAUGUCUAUCUGUAUCUAAAAUUAGUUUGCAAUGACCUUUUUAGUGUUGUUUCAAGGGCUGCAUCAAUUGUUGGUGAUUUGUAAAUGAGUGAUUUACAGUCUGUGAUUUAUAAUAUUGGUAAUAUCUUAUAAUGAAUGCAGUACUAUUUGUAGAAAUAAUAGUAAAACAUAAAAUAGUAAUAAAAACCUACCUGUCUAAUAAGGUGCCCUUUAGGAUUUCUUUAUUAUAUUCUUAUUUUAUGUGAUUUAUUACAUGAUCUAAAAGCUACUAGUGUAGUCCAGAAUGCAGUUAGUGCUUUUCAUAGUUUCUUUAUUUUAUGAGACAGUAUGUAAAGAAGAUCUUUCUCACACCAGUGAUUUCUAAUGUUUACAUGCAUGAGUUUAAGACGUGUGUUAAUAUGUAAUAAAUGUACUCUACAAAUAUGCUGCUCUGUCUGUUUUCACUAAGGAAUAUUUUUGUGCUUGAAUUAUUUUUUCAUAUUUUGACCAUUGAGAAUUAUUGUCUAGGUGGAGGAAACCAAAAUCGCAAUGGUGAGUGUAGGGAUGGACACUAAACUCAUUAAAUCCAUCAGUGGUUAUUAGAUACAGUGUGGUGUCUGUUUGGUUUGAUUAAAAAAAACACAAAGCAUAGUCUUUAAGUAAAUAUUUAGUAACAGUAAAGACAGUUUUGUACACUGAAAUGUUUCUAUUUUCCACUUGUGGCACUAAAAUAAAGAGACACUGACACUUGAGGAUGGAUAUUUUUGUAUGGGUGGACUAACAAACACUUAAUUGUAACCAGACGAGUUGGACGAACAGGAACAGAGGGGGUGAGCACCCUGCUCAAUGAGCUUACAUGCUAGAAGGAGUAAAGUUCUGUCUGAAAUUGCAUUGUUUGCAUAUUGUCCAGUCGCCAAAAAAGAAAAACAAUAGAGUAUAUAUAUAUAUAUAUAUAUAUAUAUAUAUACUCAGGGCUGCCACCAGAAAUUUUGGGGCCUCUGACAAAGCACAAGGUCUGAGAGUGUGUGUCAGUGUAAUGAAUGCAGAGUGUGUCAGUGUAGUGAAUGCAGAGUGUGUGUCAGUGUAGUGGAUGCGGAGUGUGUGUCAGUGUAGUGAAUGCGGAGUGUGUGUCAGUGUAAUGGAUGCGGAGUGUGUUAGUGUAGUGGAUGCGGAGUGUGUGUCAGUGUAAUGAAUGUAGAGUGUGCAUCAGUGUAGUGAAUGCAGAGCAUGUGUCAGUGUAGUGCAUGCGGAGCGUGUGUCAGUGUAGUGAAUGCGGAGCGUGUGUCAGUGUCAUGGAUGCAGAGUGUGUGUCAGUGUCAUGGAUGCAGAGUGUGUGUUAGUGUAGUGAAUGCAGAGUGUGUGUCAGUGUAGUGCAUGCAGAGCGUGUGUCAGUAUAGUGGAUGCGGAGCGUGUGUCAGUGUAGUGAAUGCGGAGUGUGUGUCAGUUUGGUGGAUGCAGAGUGUGUGUCAGUGUAAUGGAUGCAGAGUGUGUGUUAGUGUAGUGAAUGCAGAGUGUGUGUCAGUGUAGUGCAUGCGGAGCGUGUGUCAGUGUAGUGGAUGCGGAGCGUGUGUCAGUGUAGUGAAUGCAGAGCGUGUGUCAGUGUCAUGGAUGAAGAGCGUGUGUUAGUGUAGUGAAUGCAGAGUGUGUGUCAGUGUAGUGGAUGCGGAGUGUGUGUCAGUGUAGUGAAUGCAGAGUGUGUGUUAGUGUAGUGAAUGCAGAGUGUGUGCUAGUGUAGUUGAUGCAGAGUGUGUGUCAGUGUAAUGAAUGCAGGGUUUGUGUCAGUGUAGUGGAUGCAGAGUGCGUGUUAGUGUAGUGAAUGCAGAGUGUAUGUCAGUGUAGUGGAUGCAGAGUGUGUGUUAGUGUAGUGAAUGCAGAGUGUGUAUGUGUGUGUUUACUAGUGUAUUUAUGUAAUGUAAUAAUGUAAAUGUAAUACAUGUUACUCCCCCCUCCCUGCUUCUUACCUGGUCCAGGGAGAGGGGAGAGUCCAUCCCUCGUGGUCGAGUGGCAGAGUGGGCCCAGCAGACUGCAGCUGUAUGUUAUAGCUCUUCCCUCUCUCCAACUUACGUGAGCGUGGUGUGCGUGCCAUGCGGAGCAUUGCCAUGGUAACCUGUGGCAACGCUCUGACGGCUGCACAUCGCGGGAGUUAGAGAGAGGGGUGAUCUGAACUGUGCUCAUGCAGUCUGCUGGGCCUUCUCUGCAAAUACAGGGAGCCGGGAGCCCGUGGCUGCACAUAUAUAUAGCAAUCAUCGCUAUAUAUAUAUGUGGAGAGAGGAAAUGUGGGGCCGGGACUGCCAGAGCAGUCCGGGCUCGCCAGGCCGUGACAACCGUUAUGGUUGUCACCCCCUGAUUGCGGCCCUGUGUAUACCAUAGAGAUGGAUUAGUUCAAGUACCAUUUUUAAGUAUUAUUUUUUAAGUAUCCAAUAAAAUAGUGCUUUACUGUGUAAAGCUAUUCUGGAUGAAGUUGAUUGCAGUUAUAUUCAACAUAAAUUGUUUAGCAAGCAGUUAACUCAGUAUCCCAUUACACUAGAUUUAUAUUUUAACUCACACCAUCCUCAGCCAGUAUCUUACUGAGCACGAUAGGAGUCAGAGACCACAGUGGCAGUACCUAAAUUCUAGCUCUCAGAUUGAUGGUACAUCAGUUCCCAGUUAAUCAGAUCAGGAACGUAGAUAGUUAAUUGCCUGGCUGCCAACAGCAGGAGCUUUGACACUGUGUGUGUAACUCUCCCAGCCAUAUGCAGCCUGUCCAAUGAUUAGCAUGCUGUAUGUGCUAACACCCGAAGCAAAAUAUGUUCAAAAUUGAGAUUGCCAGCCAACAAGAUCGAAUUCCAGCUGUCUGAUUGACAGCACAGGGAGGCUGCCUUAACCACAAAAAAAAAGAAUAUAUAUAUAUUUGUAUAUAUAUAUAUCUGAAAUGAAACACUUGUAAAAAGAAAAGCUGCAGGGACUGAAUAUUUACUCAAUAAUCACUUCAGUAAGAUGAAGAGCUUAUGGUGCUUAGUGUUACAAUUUAAUAGAAUCGUUCUCUUCUCAUAAGUCUGUUUCCUGAAAAAAUAGACAAGUAUACGAGUGAGUGAUUGAGAAUUUUUUUCUUUUAUUGAGAGAAUGUGAGGUACGUUACAGAAAGAAAAAAUGGAAAUAAAGCAUGAAGUGAUAUGACAAUGACAAAGGAAAUAUAAGAAAAUCUGAUUCAUCUGUCUCUGUUUUUUUGCUGACCUAACGUGCUGACCUAACAUUUCAGAUAAAACUUUACUAUUACUCAAUCUAAGUCUCGACAUAUCAAUGUGGAGAUCGGUAGUGAUGAGGUUAAAACAACAAUAAGAUUAAUAACCAAUGCAAUCUUACGCAAACUAUGUUCAAUUGAGGUGUGUUUUGUAUGGGGGGGACAUAGUAGGGAAGAGACUCCCUCAUAUGAUCCCAUAAUUAUGAUGAAAAACAUGCAUUAUGAACUACCUUGGGACUACAGUAAUGAUAUUGUAAAUUAUAACUUUUAUAAGUACAUGAGUGGUUAACCCAGAUGGGGGAACAUAAUAUGCAGUGGUGUGUUUUUGAUGAGCUUUGUUGGCUUAUAAUGUAAGAGUUUAUGGUAAGAUGAGAAUCAGAGAGAGGGAAAUUUACAUCUGGCUGAGAUGCCCCCAACCAAAGUGGUAGCAGUGGAGGAAGCGGGUAAUGGGAUUCACCACCAUGUAUCUAUCGGGAACAGUCUGAGUGCACCCAACGUAGGCAGGUUUCUGAGGCCUGUGAAGCUCCGGCUCUCAGGGUGAAGGGACAAUGUUGGCGGGAUCCCAUGGCCUUGUGGUUGCCCCUGUAAAUGGACCUGUGUUCUGGUCUACCAGUUCCAGAGAGGCGAGGGAGGUAGGUGCAUCUACCUCCAAACCUAGUGUACAAUUCCAUUAUGAGUAGUCAGCAAUAUUCCAGGAUCUUCCCAUUGAUCAGCCACUCCUGCGGUGCUCAGCUGUGAAGUGAUAGAUCCAAGAGGUUUGCACCAAAGGAGAGUGGCCCUUUUGAGAUCUUGGACGAAGGCUAAAGAUGAGCCUUCGAAGGACAGUGGAGUAGUCGCAAGCGACCGUCGAUCAUAAUUAGUAGUUCUUCAUCUGAGAUUGUGGUUGGGACGCCACGAAUCUUGAUUUGAAUGCGGUACUUCGAAAGCGGUCAUCCUGAGUGACAGGGCCGUCUGUUGCAUUUGGAGCUGUUUAAAUGAGUCUUUAGUGGUAGAGGAAUCUAUUUGAAUAUCAAUAGUGUGCUUUACUUGGUCCGUGACACAACAAAAAAUGGAUCUUCUAAUAUUUACACAUUUUUGAAACAAGAUACAAUCCUCUGAUUCAAUAGAGGCUGGAAUUAAAUUUUGUUAGCAGCAGGCAAAAGUUGCACGUAAACACUGAAGUGGAUCAAUAGAGAAAUAAAAUUAACCCCUUGAGGACCGAUGACGGUUAAGGACCGUCAUCAGAAACAUCCCCUUGAGAACUGAUGACGGUCCUGAACCGUCAUAACUUUAAUUAUUACUUACUCGAUCGCCGCCGUUCCCACGCCGGCGAUCCGCACUGCUCCCGGUCUAGGGGGACUGCCUGACAGCCUAAACAGUCCCUCCUCAGCAAAUUUGGCCCCUGCGGGCCAUGUGAUCGCUCUAACAGAGCAGUCACAUGGCCGCAAUAGGUGUCCAGGCAUCUGACUGUGGGGGGACUGCCUGAACUGACAGGCAGUCUCCCUGCAUCUGUUAAAUUAAAAAAAAAUAAUGUUAAUAAAUAAAAAAGAUUUUAUUUAUGUAUUUAUAUGAGAUAUAUAUAUACAUAUAUUAUAUCUAUUUAUAAUAUAUGUAUAUAUAUCUUAUAUAUAUUGUCAUAUUAAGUGUAUUUUAUAUUAAUAUAUAAAUAUAUUAAUAUAAAAAUAGACAUUUAAUUAAAUUACACAUGUAUAUAUAAUAUAUAAUAACUAUAUAAAUAUAUAUUUAUUGUGUAUAUAUAUUAUUAUAAAAAAAUUAAUAAUUAAAAAUAAAUAUAAAAAAUAUUCUAACUGUAUUUUGAUAUUAAUAUAUAUAAAUAUUUAUUCAUAUCAAGGAAAACAGAGAUCUAUCUCAUCCACCACUAACUGACAGCAAGUGAGAAACUUUACUUCACCACUUUGUCAAGGGAUUUGAACCCUGUAAUUGUACUAGCACACUUAUCACUGAUUGUGCAUAUCCACAUGUACAUUAUAAUGAUUAUGUACCAUUUGAUAAUUAUUUCAACAAACAUCUCCUUUUGAACUAUAUUUUAUUCCCAUCUCCUUAAAUCUACCUCUUUCUCAGCAUUUCAGACAUCAACAAAAGCAACCGCUUAGUUGACAGUCCCCAUUAACAAUUCAUUCAGGUGUACAGUAUCCCACUUCGGUAAUCUAUAACAUUGUCAAACCUUUUUAGAAAUAUCAGAAUUAAUUUUAAUACAUUUUAUAUACUCUGAUACCAUACAACUUAUUAUACGAAUAUUAUCACAAUGAGGAGAUAGUCCAAAGCAUUACAGUAAUCAACACCCAAGCGUACGGUCUCAAUAUAUAUGACACCUACAACCCCAUAAGGAACAGACCUUGGAGUUAGUAUAACUUAACAGUAUGCAAGUUGUUAAACCUUACAGGUGUCACAGUGACUAAAUUUCAAAUCUCUGGAUACAGAGACCACUAAACUCCCAAGGAUCAACUUACAGGGAGUUAAUAGAAAUCUAUUUUUUAUCAUCACACUUAUCAUCACCGAAUAUACAUAUCCACAUGAACAUUAUAACGAUUAUGUACCAUUUUAUAAUUACUUCUAAAAACCUCUUGUUUUGAAUUAUUUUUAAUUCCCAUGUCCUUAAAUCUAUCUUUUUCAGCAUUUCAGACAUCAACAAAAACAACAAAGACUGAACGUAAUAUCAGAAAAACAAGGCACCACAGUCACUUUAAAAGUUAAAUCUGGAUAUUCCCAUAAAAAGGAAUCAAUCAGUAGAGAUAUAACAUCCAAUUUAUUACAAAUAAAAUCACAUAAAAAAACAAGCAAUAGCACAGUGCAUGUGCAAUAUUGCAAAAUAUACAAAAGCCAAAAUUGGCCAAGAGCCCUUAGGAAUAGCAGCUUUGAACAAACAUGAUACUAGGAAAAUAGAAAAUAAUAAAAGUGCAUGUGCUAAAGUGGAAGAGUUGUAGUUAGAAAGAAAGUGCAAAGUGCUUAUCAGACUAGCAAUUCUCUUCCACCACUCUUUCACAGACUGCAGACACACAAUACACAAAAAGUACAAAAAAUAUACAGUAUGCAUAUAAAAAAGACUGCUACACCAAAAUGCAGGGUUCUUGUUGGUGCUCUACGCGUUUCGUCGCUCCGACUUCCUCAGGAUCUCCAUGAUGGCAUACCAUUUGCAAAAGAACACAAGGUAUUGCAAAUGGGGUAUGUUCAGUCUUUUUUAGUAGCCACUUAGUCACAAACACUGGGCAAAAUUAGUGUUCAUAAUUGUUUUUUGCAUUUGAAACACACAAACAAACAUAAAUUCUAACUUUGGCCAGUAUUUGUAACUAAGUGGCUACUAAAAAAGACUGGACAUACCCCAUGUAACGGACCGUUUUGCACACAAGAGGUUAAAAAACGUUUAGGCGAUAUUCCCAUUUCAGAUGCACAGGCAGCUACUGCAAGCACCAAUCUACCGAACUGCAAACUACACGAAUCCUCCAACUCCUGAACAGGAAACACACGAACACUGGAACCAGCCGAACAGGAAAAGCAUACAUUUAGCUUACACUCCUGGCAAUCAGCAUACAAUCCAAUUCCCCCCAAGAACGAGACGACACUUCAUUUGAAGGUCAAGCAGAACUGAUUUACUGGGGCUACCUGCCUGACUUUUAUGCAGGUCUCCCACCUGGUGGACACUCCCCUAGGGGACCAGAUGGAAGACUGGGAAACAUAUAGGACAUUGACCAAUCACAAGCUUACAAUCCCACAAUGCAUCACAAUCCCUCCUCUCUGUCCUGGAGAUAAUUGGUAAGUAAUCCAAUUAUCUCCAAGGACAGAGGCAAAACUCCAUUAGCUACAUGGCAGAUAAAGGACAAUUAAAGACAUAAAAUUACAUACUGUUACAUUUAUCACAUAGAACAUACACAUUCUACCUAUCCCCAUAUAGCUUAGAUCUGAGUGCACAUUAUUACCGGAUGGCGCUCAGAUCACAUACAUACAGUUCAAUUGCCAUGGAGCCAAAGUCUUUUAUACAGUCUUUCAGUAUACGGCUGGGCUCCAUGGCAUAGCUAUCUGGGGUAGCAUGGUUUAAACAGUCAAGUACCGAAUGGACCGGUGUUCGGAUAAUUGACUGCAGGUAGGAGAAGGGAGGUCGGCGGCUCAGCGGUGUUCAUGACUUUAACAGUCUGCAGAAAGGCACGAACCAACCUUUCUGCAGGGAAAAAGAAUAUUGUUAAACAUGGGGCCAUAGUCCAGUGGCAGGAGGUGGGCGGCCAGGCUCCUGCAGUGGCCAGUGGCGAGGUUGGUUCCGCCACACCCCAUAUUGAAUAUCCUUGGUUGUCUACUUUAAAAAAAAAAAAGUAUGUACAUGUGAGGUGUGAUUCAGAGAUUUAUGACAGAUAACAGUGUUACAAUGUCACUACUGAUACAUUUUAAAAAUAUAUAUUUUGAAACAGCAAUGUCCUACUUGUACUUAUAGCCUUAUAACUUGCAAAAGAGCAUGUAAAUACUGCGUGUUUUUUUAUUUUUUUUUUGAAAUCUUUAUUUUCAAUGACAGGCAUGUGGACAGUACUUGGGCUUAUGCAAAAGCCAAAAUUCGUGUUUUACAGCAGUUUCACAGUGAUACAGAAAAAAGAGAUUGAAUUGUUAGAUGAUAAUGCUACUGUUCAGAGUUCUUCCUUGCGGUUUUGUUCUGUCAGGGUUUUUACAUUUAUAUAUAAAACAAAACAGAUUUAAGUUUUAACCAUAAACAACAUAAAAACAGGAUGUGUUGCCAACACUUUUAUGUGUGGUGUAUUUUUUACUUAAGGCGGUGCACACAUGCGAUAAUACUUGGGCUUACGCAGAAGCCACUGUGGUUGGUUUUCUUUUUUUUUUUUUUUAUGCAAUUCACAUUUACAUAAAGAAAAAGUAGUGCUUAGUACAGUUUACAUGCAUAGUGACAUUUUUAGGUCAAUUCAGUGGUUUAUCUGUCAAGUUAAGGUUUGCUAUGGAUGUAUUUCACAGUUUGGUUGUUGAAGCUUACUCUGAGGUUGUGUGUCGCCUCGUUUGGUGCAGUUAUAUAUAUAUGUAUUAGUGUAAAAACAUACAAACGGAUAGAUCUAUAAGCAGGAAAAUGAAAAACGUUUUGCUAUCAUGACUGUUACCUCUGCUCUGGGUAGGUUUGUUAUGUGCCCUUUUACUUUUUAAUUAUGAGUGUUCGUUCAGGUCCCCUGUCCCCCCUCCGCAUUCUCUUAGUAUGGCUCCCACAGUUCCCAUACCUUCCUAAAUGUUUUGGUGGUGUGUCUGACUAAUGAGGUUGACCUGUCCAUGAGGUGGUUAUCGUUUAAUUUUGCUAAGACCAGUGUCAAGGGGGGUGUUUCCAGACAGAGCCAUUUUUGUGCUAGUGCCCUUCGGGCUGCUAAUUAAACCAUGUUUAGUAGUUGUUGCUCUGGGCGUGUAAGGCAGUCUGUCAGCCUGGAGAGGAGGCAGGCCCACGGGUCCAUCUGCAGUGGUCUCUGCAUUAUGUUUGAGCUUAGAGUGAUGAUUUGAGACCAGUAGGCCUGUACUGUAGGGCAUGUCCACCACAUAUGCACGUAUGUGCCCUUUUCCCCGCAGCCAUGCCAGCAUAGGUCUGAAGAGGUGAUCUGCAUAUGAAAUUGUUUUACUGGGGUGGUGUACCAUCUGAAAAGCAUUUUAAAUGACUGCUCUAGGAGGGUGACACAAAUGGAUGAACGGGCUGUCGCCUCCCAGAUGUCCCGCCAGUCAAAGCCCUCUAUUUUCCCCCCUAAGUCUGUCUCCCACUGGUCCGUGUAGUGGAGUUCUCCCCACUCUUUGGCUUCCCCGCUAAGGUGGGAGUAUAACAGUGAGAUAAGGCCCCUAGGAUGUUUUUCCUGGUAGCAAAUAUUCUCGAACCAAGUGAGAGGGAGGGCUGCUGUCUCUUUUACUUCUUUAGAGCUGGCAAAGUCUCAUUGAUGUGGGCUUGAAACAUGAACAGCAGUCUGGGGAGAAUAUUCAUCUUUACUGAAUGGAGCCUCCCUAGCCAUGAGAUAGGCUUGUCUGUCCAUUGCUCCAGGUCCCUCUGGAGUGAGCGCAUUAGCAGGGUGUAGUUAGUCUUGUGUAGUUGUUCGUGCUGUGCUGUGAGUUUAACCCCUAGAUACGGUAUGUUGUCUUUGUUGAUGGGUAGGAGGUGUCUGUCUUGUAUUGAUUCUCUGUCGUGGGUCAGGAUAUGAAACGGUAGGGCCGUGGAUUUAGUGAGGUUCACUUUGUAUCCUGAUAGGGCCCCAUAUGUGUCUAAGAGGCUCUUCAGUUGGUCCAUGAAGGUCUGGGGAUCUGUAAGAGUUAGCAGCACGUCGUCCGCGUACGCUGAUACUUUGAAAGUGUUUCUCGCUAUUUUAAUUCCCUCUAUGUGUGGGUGUUGGCUUACGGCUUGUAGGUGCCUACCGGGGAUAAACCCCACCUCAUCUGGAUGGAUUAGGUGUGUGAGCAUAGGUGCCAGCCGGAUCGUCAGAAUCUUCGCGUAUACUUUGAGAUCCGAGUUUAUCAGGGAGAUGGGUCUGUAUUUCGCUGCGUGUUCGGCGUCUUUGCCCGGUUUUGGAAUGAGUGUGAUAUUUGCAAGUGCCAUGUCUGUGUCUGGCGCUCUGCCUGUCAUGAAGUGGUUGUACAAGGCGGUAAGGUGGGGGGCUAGGUCCCCUUUGAAGUUUUUGUAGUACCCUAUUUCAUAUCCAUUGGGACCUGGGGCCUUGUUUCCUUUCAGUACUACUAUAGCUGUUUCUACCUCUAAUUGGGAGAUAGGUUCUUGUAAGAUCAUGAGGUCUUCGUCUGUGAUCUCAGGGAGUUUUAUGUUAGCGAGGAAGGCUCGUAGUGAAGUAUGUAUUUGCCCCAGUGUACUCUGUGGGUGUUGGGUCUGUCCGUAGAGCUUCGAGUAGAACUCUGUGAAUACCCUGUUUAUGUCUCAUGGGGUAGUUGCCUGUUCCUGAGUGUGUGUACGUAUUUUUGUGAUGGGCUUGUGGUCCCCUCGGGGGCGCAGCGUUCUGGCUAGUAGUCCAUUUUGUUGUACUUUUCAUAGAAGAGUCGCUUAGACCUCUGAAUGGAGUGCGCUACCCCCUCAAGUAGGACCCCCCUGAUUGUGUGUCGUAGUGAUGUGAGUGAUGAAAAUUUUUCAGCUGUGGGGUUUUGUUUAUGCUGUUGUUCUAAUCUUCUCAGUGUAUCCUGAUAGUCUAUAAGUGCUCGGGUGUUACAUUUCUUUUUGUGUGUUGCUACUUUUAUAAAGUGUCCCCUCAUGACCGCUUUGUGUGCUGCCCAGAUCGCCACGGGGCCCACCUCCGGUGUAGUGUUUUGUGUGAAAUAGUCUUUGAUUUGGGUGCGCGUAUCGUCACACAUCGUUUACUGUUUAGUAAACUAGUGUUUAGGCGCCAGGUCCAAGUGGCGGAGUAUUUGAGUUUGUCUAGUGUGAUAGAAAUAUCUGCAUGAUCCGACCAGGUGAUACUGCCUAUGUCAGUGUGCGUGAGCUUGGACAUCCCAACUCCGUUUAAGAAUAUGUGGUCGAUUCUAGAGUAUGUGCCAUGGUGCGCUGAAUAGAACGUGUAGUCACGAGUGUCUGGAUGCUGGAGCCUCCAGGCGUCAAGUAACUGAGUGUUAGUAAGAAAGGUGUGCAAUAGUUUAUCCUGCGCACCUCUCCCGUGGGACCUGGGCAAGUCCGUUUUAAUGCUUCUAUCAAUUGCUGGGCUUGACACAGCAUUGAAGUCGCCCCCCACUACUGUUAUCCCUCCCCCGUCUGCGUUCAUUAUUGUUGUGAGGUUGUCCCAGUAUGAGGGGGCUGGAACGUUAGGGGUGUAUACGUUGAGGAUCCUUAUUUUUGUGCUGUGUAGCGUGCCUAUUAUUGAAAUAUAACGGCCUUCCGGGUCUGCAUGUGUCCCUGUCACUUGGAGUGGGCAGUUUUUGUGCACCAAUAUUGCCCCCCCGGCCCGUUUGUGUAGUGCUGGGGGUAUUGUCUGUCCUUCAGUGUUAUCAGUGCUGUCUUAGGGAUAUGGGUUUCUUGAAUUAGGACAAUGUUGGUUUUGCAUGCCUUCAGGUCUCUAAGCAGGAGCCUGCAUUUAUUUGGGGUGUUUAGUCCCUUGACAUUGAGGGAAACUAUUUUUAGUGCCAUUUAAGGUUGGGGCCCCAGGAGAGUGGUGAUAAAUGGGUGUUGUCUCCUAUUUGGUUAUGUGCUCUGACUCCCUCUUCCGUGGUUGGGGUACUCUGGUCUGGGUCCUGGGCAGUCGUACCUGUGUUUUGUGUCAUAACCUUGUCUAGGGACUACGUUUGGGAAGUACGUUUUGUAGUGAACCUUUACAGCAUAAAGAACAGUAGCGUUAACAGUCAGUAUAAACACGUAAACAAUAUACAUAGACAAAAAAUCAACUAAGUCUCUGGACUUACACUCUGCCAGAGUUAUUUGUGGGCGUGGGGUUGCCCUGUCCGGGUAACCGCUGUUACCGGAUUUAACUAUUUACAAUAAGUCAGAGUUAUGAAGGUGUAGUGGUAUAUGUGUAAUGUCUCGGCCUCAGUUGAGUUGCCUGUCGGGGCCCACCUGUGUGUUGGGUCUGCUGUUGCAAAUGGUGGAUCGGUUGGUACCGCCUAAAGUGAGGGUACGUGUGGUAUGGAGGUGUUGGUGCAGCCUUUAUGACUGCGGUAGCGUGUGUGCUGUGUUGUUAGUGUGUGGCAUGCAUGUGUCGGAUGGCAAACAGGCAUUUAUGUUUGUUAUGCUCGGUUGUUGCUGGAAGUGUACAUGAGUUCAAUUGCUGUGUGCUGGGGUGAGAUGUGUGAAAUGGAUAGGGGCUAGGUUCCAGGGUGCUUGUAUCUUGUUUACCCAGAGGUUGGAGCUAGACACAGUUCUCUGAUAUAUACACAUGUAUAUACAUACAUAUACGCACACAUACAUAUACAUAUAUUUUUUUUCAUACGUUGUAAAAUAAACAUAUAUAUGGUGCGUGAGGGUCUUACCCCUCCUGGGUGUAUUCUUGUGUGGGUGAAGCAGCAGUGGUAGUCCACCGGCCUCCUCCUCUCUAUGCGGGGUCAGGGAGUUAGCAUAUGUUACUGUAUACAAUAUACAAACACACUUCAGAGGAAAACAGUAUAUACAUGCGCAUACGACCUGAUCUGUGUAAGUUUCUCAUGCUCCGUAUUGUAACUUGGAGGAGAGGUUUGGAGGUAAACGUCCCGGUUACAGGUCCAGCCCAACUUUCUUGCAUGUCCACAGUUGUUUGUUAGUGGCCUUUCUCUUUGGUUAUAUCGGGGAAUGCGUUGGAGCCAGUCAGUCUGGAGCUUGCGUAGUGUGCCGGGGGUAUACCUUCGUUUACGGUUUGAGUCCAUCCUCUCGGUUCCGGGUGCGGGGAUGGUUACAAGUAGUCCCUGGAAAGUCCUAGUUUAGGUUAUGGUCUCUUCAUGUCCGCUGAGUGGACCAGCGGUCCUCUUCUCUUUGGUCAAUAGUUGAUCCUUCCUCUGUCUUUUGGGUGGUAAGCAUCUUCUCUGAUCCCUUGGCUUUCUGUUGAAGAUCUGUGCUGGAUCCAUCGCAUACCAGUCCAUUAUGCGUACUUCAUUAAGUUUGAGCACUUUGAUGAAAGGUGUCACAUCUCUGUGAUCUGUUAUAGUGUGGUUAGCCCCUUUGAGUGUAACAAUGAGAGCCAGGGGGAAACCCCAUCUGUAUCUGAUAUUUCUUGCGCGUAGUUGGUCUGUGAUCGGCUUUAAGUGGCGCCAUGCCUGAAGGGUGAGCCAGGAGAGAUUUUGGUAAAUUUGGAUCUCCUGUCCAUGGAACAGCAGCGGUGGGUUGGUGUCCCUCAGUUUCUUAAGUAUUCGGUCUUUGUCUGUAUGGUAGUGUUACCGACAUAUGAUGUUUCUUGGGGCGCCCCCAUUGUUGCUCUUAGGCCGGAGCGAGCGGUGCGCUCUAUCAAGGUGGAUCGGCGUUGCUACUGGUUGCUCUAAAAGUAACUUGAAUAAUUCUUGCAGUGAUGCUGGGAGAUCCUCGGCCUCUGUUUCAGGUAAGCCCUUGAUUCUGAGGUUGUUUCUGUGCCCCCUAUUGUCUAUGUCAUCCAGUGAUCUUUGCAGCUGUGACAUUUGUGUUUCGUGGGCGCCUAAGCGGUCUGACACAGUGUCUAGUUGUGUCUGCAUCUGUUCCCUGUCUUUCUCCAGGUCUUGGACACGGAGGCCUACCUGUUGUAUGUCAGAUCCAAGGCCCUCCAUUUUACGUUGGAAGGAGGUUUCCAGUUUCUCCAACAUUGCUGUGAGAUCAGCCUUGGAGGGUAGGUUCCUGAGCAGCUCUUUAAUAUUUAGGUCUGCCGACAUUACUGAUGUCUCUGAGGCUGCUGGGCUGGGAGGAUUGAAGAGGCGCUCUCCCAUGGUCGGCGCCAUGUUUGCCGUGCGGCCGGCGUGGUCUUUGAAGUAUUUUGUUACCGAGCCCGGUUUCUCGGUGGGUGCUUUCCCGCCGCUUGUGUGUGUGCUCUGCGACCUUUUGGGGUUCCCCAUGUUUAAUUGUGCCUGUGUUCCAGCUCGUUUGAGUGCCUGCUCUGCCAGAGCCAGACUAACAUGCGGCCAUUUCUUCGCCCCCAAUACUGGGUGUUUUUAAACGCAGGACAAAGUUUUUAAUCUAUUAAGCAGUUUUUUCAUUAGCUUUUGUAUAUGAGUAAAAUAUUUUUCAAGUAAAAGUAUAAAAAAAUAUAAAUUUUCAAUUUUUCACCAUAUUUUAUUAUUUUUUUUAAAGUAAAUUAUAUGACAUGAUACAAAUAAUGGUAUGUAAAGAAAGCCCUUCUUGUCCUGAAAAAAACAAUAUAUAAUUUGUAUGGGGACAGUAAAGAGAGGAAAAUUACAGCUAAAUGCAAACACCACAGAAGUGUUAAAACAGCCCUGGUCCUUAACGCACAACAUGGCCAAAACAGUCGGGUCCUUAAGGGGUUAAAAUUGUGACUUAUUAACAACAAACAAGCGGUUGGAUUAUAUACAGGGAGUGCAGAAUUAUUAGGCAAAUGAGUAUUUUGACCACAUCAUCCUCUUUAUGCAUGUUGUCUUACUCCAAGCUGUAUAGGCUCGAAAGCCUACUACCAAUUAAGCAUAUUAGGUGAUGUGCAUCUCUGUAAUGAGAAGGGGUGUGGUCUAAUGACAUCAACACCCUAUAUCAGGUGUGCAUAAUUAUUAGGCAACUUCCUUUCCUUUGGCAAAAUGGGUCAAAAGAAGGACUUGACAGGCUCAGAAAAGUCAAAAAUAGUGAGAUAUCUUGCAGAGGGAUGCAGCACUCUUAAAAUUGCAAAGCCUCUGAAGCGUGAUCAUCGAACAAUCAAGCGUUUCAUUCAAAAUAGUCAACAGGGUCGCAAGAAGCGUGUGGAAAAACCAAGGCGCAAAAUAACUGCCCAUGAACUGAGAAAAGUCAAGCGUGCAGCUGCCACGAUGCCACUUGCCACCAGUUUGGCCAUAUUUCAGAGCUGCAACAUCACUGGAGUGCCCAAAAGCACAAGGUGUGCAAUACUCAGAGACAUGGCCAAGGUAAGAAAGGCUGAAAGACGACCACCACUGAACAAGACACACAAGCUGAAACGUCAAGACUGGGCCAAGAAAUAUCUCAAGACUGAUUUUUCUAAGGUUUUAUGGACUGAUGAAAUGAGAGUGAGUCUUGAUGGGCCAGAUGGAUGGGCCCGUGGCUGGAUUGGUAAAGGGCAGAGAGCUCCAGUCCGACUCAGACGCCAGCAAGGUGGAGGUGGAGUACUGGUUUGGGCUGGUAUCAUCAAAGAUGAGCUUGUGGGGCCUUUUCGGGUUGAGGAUGGAGUCAAGCUCAACUCCCAGUCCUACUGCCAGUUCCUGGAAGACACCUUCUUCAAGCAGUGGUACAGGAAGAAGUCUGCAUCCUUCAAGAAAAACAUGAUUUUCAUGCAGGACAAUGCUCCAUCACACGCGUCCAAGUACUCCACAGCAUGGCUGGCAAGAAAGGGUAUAAAAGAAGAAAAUCUAAUGACAUGGCCUCCUUGUUCACCUGAUCUGAACCCCAUUGAGAACCUGUGGUCCAUCAUCAAAUGUGAGAUUUACAAGGAGGGAAAACAGUACACCUCUCUGAACAGUGUCUGGGAGGCUGUGGUUGCUGCUGCACGCAAUGUUGAUGGUGAACAGAUCAAAACACUGACAGAAUCCAUGGAUGGCAGGCUUUUGAGUGUCCUUGCAAAGAAAGGUGGCUAUAUUGGUCACUGAUUUGUUUUGUUUUGUUUUUGAAUGUCAGAAAUGUAUAUUUGUGAAUGUUGAGAUGUUAUAUUGGUUUCACUGGUAAUAAUAAAUAAUUGAAAUGGGUAUAUAUUUGUUUUUUGUUAAGUUGCCUAAUAAUUAUGCACAGUAAUAGUCACCUGCACACACAGAUAUCCCCCUAACAUAGCUAAAACUAAAAACAAACUAAAAACUACUUCCAAAAAUAUUCAGCUUUGAUAUUAAUGAGUUUUUUGGGUUCAUUGAGAACAUGGUUGUUGUUCAAUAAUAAAAUUAAUCCUCAAAAAUACAACUUGCCUAAUAAUUCUGCACUCCCUGUAUGUACAGAGGUGUUACUGAGUUACAGUUGUACGAUUAGUCCUCUUGUGUCUUUUGUUUCAUUGGAUCCAACUAAUUAAAGUGCUGUUUUCUUCUUACUAUAUCUUACAAUUUUUAUAGUGAAUUAUCAAGAAAGAAAAAAAAAAGACAAAAACCUCUGAUAAACGGAUCCUGUAAUAGGAGAAACAGCAAAGAUAGUAAAAAAAAUCCCUAAACUUUAUCAAUAACUAAGGAUAAGAAAUUACCUGGAUUAUUAUAUACAUUGAAUACCCAAAGACAAAGUUCCCUGGGGUGGAAUGGAACCAGAAGACAGUACAAUUUACCUAAUUUUUUUAUUUAUUCUUAUCUUAUUUAUUUUUAUUUAUUUAAUUAAUUUAUAUUUAUUAUAUUCUAAAAAAUUUUGUGUUGUAUGUUAAGAUUGUAUCUGGACACACGUGUGAUCAUAAAUGAACGCAUGUUAAAAAAGAGAAAAGGGAAAGAAAAAGAGAGAAGGAGAAGGAAGGGAAAAAAGAAAAGAAAACGUUGCUAAAGCAUUAACUAAACCGUUCACAAGAAGCUUUUAUAAGUUAAGGGAAAAUUCCGCUAUUAUGGCAUUUUGCUCUGCACCUCUAGUAGGUCUCUCGCAGAAUUUCAGGGGACUUAAUAUUCCGCAACGUAGAUCACACCUCCUUAGGGAACUUCGACCAAAAAAAUAUCUCAUUUGCUUUUCUUCAGGAAACUUAUUUUUUGAGUGGAGCAGCACGAAACUAAAGAAUACCCCAUGGGCUAUUUUAGUAAUCAUCCUACUGCCCGUAAGGGCGGCGUGACGAUUUUAUUUGAGGCUCAUCUGCAAUUUUUAGAGAUAGAGAAGGAAGUGGACCCAGAGGGUAGGUAUCUUUUUGUAAAAGGCAAAAUCAAUAAUUGGAGAUAAACAUUCGCUUCCAUAUAUGCUCCGAAUCGAAACCAAGCACAAUUCAUACGAAAAACGCAGAGGAAAUCAUCAUCUUUUACCGAGGGAACUUUAAUACGGGGGAGCGAUUUUAAUGUACCUAUGGAUCCUAUAUUGGAUUCUUCUACAGGACAUAGUAGCAUAUCUCAGUUAACAAUACAACGUAUGCGUAGAGCUCUUCGAGAUCUGAGAUUGACAGAUUGUUGGAGAGUUAAACAUCUAGAGGAGAAAGAUUACACUUAUUACUCAACAGUACACCGCCGAUACUCUAGAAUAGAUAAUUUUUUCAUCCAACAAGAAGGACUUAUGUAGCUACGGAAAAUAGAAAUAGAUACCUCCAUGGCCGGCCUUAGAGGUGUGCGAGCUGUGCGGCCGCACAGGGCGCCAUGGAGCAGGGGGCACCGUGCAGCCGCACAGCCGGCCGGGAUUUAAAAAAAAAAAAUUAAAAAUUUGAAGCGGGGACGGAUCUUCUGUGCGGCAGAGGCGGAGCUUCCCAUGCAGUGGGAUGGGGCUAAAAGUGCCGGAUAACUGCUGUAAGGGAAGCAGGAAGGAGUCCCUGCUUCCCCCAACAAAUAGUCUUCAGGAGCUGCACUGCCUGUCUGCUUCCACAAUGAACAGAGGUAACUAUGUGAUUGUUAGUGUGAUGUGACUGUCUGUGUGUGUAUGACUGUCUGUCUGCCUGUGUGUGUAUGUGUGUAUGUAUGUGUUGUGACUGUCUGCCUCUGUGUGUGUCUGUGACUGUCUGCCUGUGUGUGUGUGUGUCUGUGACUGCCUGCCUGUGUGUGUGUCUGUGACUGUCUGCCUGUGUGUGUGUGUGACUGCCUGUGUGUGUGUGACUGUCUGCCUGUGUGUGUGUCUGUGUAUGACUGUCUGCCUGUGUGUGUUUGACUGUCUGCCUGUGUGUGUGUCUGUGUAUGACUGCCUGCCUGUGUGUGUGUAUGACUGUCUGCCUGUGUGUGUGACUGCCUGCCUCUGUGUGUGUGCAUGUCGUCCUGUGUGUGUGGAUGGCCACCUGCUUCUGUGUAUGUGUGUGGCUGUCUGUGUGUGGCUUUCUCCAUGUGUGUGUGUGUGUGUGUGGCUUCCUGUGUGUGUGUGUGGCUGUCUGCCUGUGUGUGUGUGAUUGCCUGCAUAUAAGUAUGUGUGUGUAAGACUGUAUGUGUGGCUGUGUGUGUGUGUGUAAAGCUGUAUGUGUGGCUGUGUGUGUGUGGCUUUCUGCAUGUGUGUGUGUGUGUGUGUGUGUGGCUGCCUGUAAUUGUGUGUGAGUGUGUUUAUCUACCUUUAACUGUGUAUGUUUGUUACUGCCUGUACCUGUGUGUUUAUGCCUGAUCCAGUGUAUGUGACUAUGUGCAUGUGGUGGAUUUGACAGUGUAUAUGUAUAACUGUGUGCAUCUGACUGUGGGAAUGUGUGCACAUAACUCUGCAAAAAUAUACACCUGCAUUCACACACAGGUCUAAAUGCAUGUUUUUAUCUGAAUUAAAUAACCAUCACACACAGCCAAUAAACCUAGCACAAAUAUCACAUACAACCAAUACACGCAUUUCACACACUGUUAAUACACCCAUUACAAAUAUCACACACAGCCAACACAUAGCAUACAUAUCACACACAGUCAUCACAUUUAUCACAUACACAGACAACACAAACAUUACAUCAUACAUGGAUGAUGAGGGGGAGGGAGGGCGCUGUGAAGAUUUUUCGCACAGGGCGCCUAAAGGCCUAAGGCCGGCCCUGGAUACCUCGACUUGGUCAGAUCACUGUCCAGUACGAAUAAUAUUGGAUUCACCUUUAUACCGCCCAGUAAGCCUGACCUGGAAACUGAAUGACACUCUAUGGUUUGACCCGAAAGUUGUAGAACAAGUAUCAAAAUAUAUGCAGGAAUACUUCGACCAGAAUUGCACAAAAGGAAUGUCGGAUAUAACAAUCAGGGAAGCGCAUAAGAGUACAUUACAGCUGGCUACACAUAUAAAGAAGGAGAAUCAAAAACAAAUUAAUGAACUAGUAGAUGUCAUAUCUCAAUUGGAAACUCAGCAUAAACAGACCCUGGUGGAAACAACAUAUUGAGAACUCUUGGAGAAUAGGAGGAAAUUAAAAGAGCUUUUAAAUAAGAAAUAUUUCGAGAACAUGCAAUGCUCCAAAGGAUUUUUCUACAUGCAUGAGAAUAACGGGGGACAUUUUUAGCAAAGAUGCUAAGAGGACAAUAAACUCAAGCCCAAGUCCAUAGAAUAAAGACUGAAUAUUACCCAAUCUCCAUGCAAAUUAAUUUAAACCGUUUUAUUCAAAACUUUAUAACAUCCAUCAAUCAGAUAAGGGAUCUGCCUUAAUGAGCGAUGAAAAUUAACGAUUCUUAGAGGAACAUUUUCUCAAUUCAGUCACCAAAGAGGAGGCAGAUUCACUUGAUGCCCCAAUUACUGAAGAAGAAGUUCAGAUAGCGAUUAAAAAUGCAAAAUUAGGUAAAGCACCUGGAUCGGAUGGAUUCUCAGUAAGCUACUAUAAAAAAUGUGGACACUUACUGAUUCCGAAAGCUUUUAAGGCAUUGAUAACUGGGAAAUUGUUCCACCAUGAAUCACGAAGCAGCAAUAAUACCUGUUAUACCUAAACCAGGCAUAGACCGGGAUGUAUGUGUGAGCUAUAGACCAAACUCCCUCCAUUAUGUUGCUAUAAAGCUUUUAACUAAAAUAUUAGCAUCUAGAAUUCAGCAGUUUCUACUGAGAUUAGUACACCCAGACCAGACAGGUUUUAUACCUGGAUGCGAAGUACGAGAUAGCACCCUUAGAGUGUUUACAAUCCAACAUCUUGCUAAAAGAGAAGGUCUGCUUUUGUUGUCAACGGAUGUCGAAAAGGCAUUCGACCUGGUGAAUUGGCCUUUUAUGUUGGCAAUAUUACAUAAAAUUGGAUUAGGACGGAAAUUCUUAAAUUGGAUAAAGGCACUUUAUAGUAACCCGACUGCUAGAGUUAGGGUUAACGGGACACUUACGGAAAAUUUUCAAAUAUAUAAUGGUACUAGACAGGGGGGCCGGUUCUCACCCCUAUUUUUUGCUCUCACACUAGAGCCUCUCCUGGUAAAUGUGCAACUGACGUAAUCCAGACAUAAAAAGCUUCCGGGUGAUCUUCUCUUUUCUGUAGAGGAACUUAGCUCCACCUUACCCAAUCUUCUAAGAGAAUUGCAAAUAUAUGGAACAUUUUUGGUUUUUAAAUUGAACCUCUCCAAGUGUGAGGUAUUGAAUGUAUCCACACCUAGUGGGGAAUACUCCCUUCUUAAGACUAGUUUCCCUUUUCGAUGGUGUGAAAGUCAGAUGAAAUAUUUAAGAGUAUGGAUAUCGUCUAAUCCAAGAGAGCUUUAUCAGCUAAAUUUUCGGCCAUUACUGGAUAGAAUACAGAUAGAUUUAAAACGUUGGUGUUACCCGUUCAUCUCCUGGCAGGGUAGAGUGGCGGUUGUGAAAAUGAAUAUUCUUCCCAGACUUUUGUUUUUAUUUCAAACCAUUCCUAUAGUGGUUUUGAUGACCCUUUUCUUUAAUUUACGAACUAUAAUAUUACGUUAUGUUUGGAAAGGCGAAAGGCCCAGGCUGCGAUAUGUCAUUUUGUCCCUACCAAAAUCAUGGGGAUGCUUAGCACUUCCAGACUUCCGAAAGUAUUGCUAAGCUGUAGCUCUUCAAAGAAUUAGCGACUGGCAUAAGAAAACAGCCCCAAAACAGUGAGGUAGCAUCUUUACAGACAAUGAUCUCGCAUUCUAGGACACACACAACUACCACUUUAAGUAGAGACUUACUGAUCACUCAGACAUUAAGGAUCUGGGAGACAAUAUGCAAUGCUGAUCAUAUUUCAUCAAAACCAAGCCCUUUGAUAUCUCUGACAUUCAAUAGAGGUCUGGGGGCGGUAUUCCUCUGAAAGCUUGGCUCUUCCCUGGAGCUGAGGAAUUUAUUCCAAUGAUAAGGGUACUAGGCAAAGCAAGAUUGAAAAUUUUAAAAGAAAUGGUAAGUGAUGCCCCUCCAUCGACUAUGCAGAUUUUAAGAUAUUCCCAGCUGCAAUAUUUCUAUUUAAAUCUCCCAAGUCGGUCAAAGAUACAUCAGGAACUAACAAGGUUUGAGGAACUCUGCAUGGGUGUUCCAAGGAUGGAGGGGACGAUAUCGCAAAUAUACAAGCAUCUUGUUGUGGGAUAUUUGAAAGAAAAAAAUGUAUUCAGAUGACAGUGGACAGAACUAAGGGGCAAAACUUUUACUGAUUCACACUGGGAAAAAAACAUUUAUUUUAUGCCAUAAAAGUUAUGUCAGUUCUAGAUAUCAAAAACUAAAUUAUAAAUUUCUCUCAUUCUGGUACAGAACACUGGUAUUAUUGCAUAGAAUAUAUCCCUCGGUAUCGGAUAUGUGCUAGAGAUGCAGUAAAGAAGUUGGUUCAGUGAGACACUUAUGGUGGGAUUGCCAUCUUAUCACACCAUUUUGGGAUGCGAUUAGGGCUAAAUUAGCUCAUAUCCUUGGAGAGCCACCCCCGUUCGAGAUAAACCAUGUCCUUUUACAUGCAACACCAUUAUCGCUCUCCAAAUACAAGAAGUCGGUACUCCGGCAUUUGAUUAAUGCAGAGAAAUCCUUGAUACCUGCCCUUUGGAAGCAAACAGCCACCCCGUAAAUAGAACAAUGUCUAUCAAAUGUGGAAGAGAUUAAAGCCACUGAGGCACUACGGGCUGAACUAUUGGGAGAUAGAGAUAAACAUAUUGAGAUUUGGUACCCCUGGGUGGUUUAUUUGUCAAAUAGGGAUGUUAGAGCAGAUCAUUGAGUAAGGGCACAUAGAUCAGACACGUGUGUCCAGAUAUGCGAAUGUACAAAUGUUUUUUUUUUAAUAUAUAUAUAUUUUUUUCUCUUCUUCUUUCUCUCUUUCUCUUUUUUUCCUUUUUCUUUACUUUUCUUUCUUUUUUCUUUAAUGUUUUUUAUGAUAGUCUUGUAAAUAAUAGAUUAAUGAUUUAUAUUAGGAUAUUAAAAAAUCUUUCAUAAUGCAUUUAGUUUAUGCUGGGAUGGAGGGGAAUGAUAAAUAUAUCGCCACAUUCUGGGUGAGGAUUAGGGUGGCCUCUUGAGGCUAUAGAUUUAAAUAUUAAAUAUUUAAUGGAUCCGAGGAUAGGAUUUUAUUUAAUUUUUUUUUUUAAUUCUUCUUUUUGUUUAUAGUUAUCUAUAUGUUUAUUGUUUUGCUGGUUUUUGGAUGUGGUGUAAGAGGGUGAAGAUAAAUGCUGGUAUAGAAAAAAGGAAGCAAAAUACUAAGGCUUGAUAAAUAUUUGAAAUAAUGACCUACAAGGCUAUGUUUGCUUUUAUUACACUUUUUCUUUUUUUCCUUUGGGUUUAUUAUUUUUACGAUGUCCUGUCUACAUAUUGGGUCCUGUGCGACCAUCAGAUUGCUAUUUUUAUCUAGACCCUCGAACAUUAUCCUGUCUAUUUUCGUAACAUUUUUUUCUGAUAAAGAAAUAUUUACACUUAAUAAAGUUCCAUGAGAAAGCUGUAAUCACCAAAAUACCAUAUCAAUGCCAUAUCAUAAGACAUGGUAUAUAAGAAAUAUCUGAAUAAUGUAUAGAUUUUUAAAUAUGGUAUAAGUGACAUUAACCCAUCAAAUAGUAUGAUAACAGGCAGGUUUAUUAGCAUGGGCAUGCGCAGGAAUUUUUCUGAUGGGCGGCAGGGGGAGCAUAAUUGUAAUAUUAUCCAUGCUCGGUCCCUGCUGCAGGGCUGGACUGGGGAUACAAAGCAGCCCUGGAAAAAAUGUAUGCCCGCACAAGAAGUCAUUGUGCCAUGUAGUAUGUGUGUGUGUGUGUAUAUAUAUAUUGUGAGAGAAAAUAUGGAAUGGCUGUUGAGGGAAAAUAUAUUAGGCCUGCUUUACUAAACAGCAGCCUGUGGUUUCUCAAUUAAAUGCCCAAGGGAGAGAUGUUAGAUUUGCAAAACUAUUGCUCGUACUCUACAAACCAUGGUAAGGGUCCCUGCUGCGGAGCAUUUGGAGAGCAGGGUGGGCCAGUGCUCCAAUAGCACUAAUUGCUAUGUAACAGCCAGACCAGGACUUGUAUUUACCUUAGAAGUUCCAGAGAUGUGAACUAAUUUAUACUCACCUGUAGCUGGUCAAUUAGCAAGCAGGCUUUUAAAAGAAGGGAUCAUCCUGCUGCCGAGUGAGGGAGAAAGAGCCAGAGGAAUGGUGUGUCUUACAUGCCUAUUUUUGUUAUUUUAAAUUGGUAAGUGGGAAAGCCACCCAAUUCCAGAUAUUGAUUACUGUGUUUAGUAAGUGAUCAAACAAGAGCAAGGAAUUUUGUUUUGUUUAUUUUUAUUUUGAAGCACCUGUAUAUUUUGCACCAAAUAAAUCCGGUUUAUUACGGUUUACUGUAAGAUCUGUGACAAAAUCCUACCUGUAAGAGGUGGUUUGUUGCAGUAUAUAUUAUUGGUAUGUGGUAUGUUUAUUUAUCUAAUUCAAAAUAUUGGUAUUGUCAGUGUAAAAAAUGAAUUUAUAAAGUAAGCAUACACACAUGUAGACACAUGUAGACACAGCUCACUGACACAAGCUCAUUGACACAAGCUGACAGACAAACAAAAUCUCACUGAUACACAUAAGCUCAUUGACAGACAAACUCACUAACACACACACAGACAAGCUUACUGGUACACACACACAAACUUAGUUUUCACUCUGACACUCACACAAGGUUACUUUAGACAAACUCAUUGGUAUACAAACACAAACUUACUACAGACAAGCUUACUGUCACACGCAUGCUCUCUACAGACAAGCUCAGACACUCACACGCUCACUACAGACAAAUCUCACACACACACACAAGCUCACUGACAGACUAGCUCACUGACAGAUAUACACAUGCUCACUACAGAAAAGCUAGCUGACACACACAAGCUCGAUAACACAUAAGCUUAUUGACACACACACAUACAAGCUCACUGACACACAUACACAUGCUCACUACAGACAACCUUACUGACCCACACAUGCUUACUACAGACAAGCUUACUGACACACACAUGGUAACUACAAACUCAUUGACACACACAUGCUCACUAUAAAAAAAGCUCGCUGACACAUGGUCACUACAAGCUCACUGACACACACACGCACAAGCUCGCUCACUAGCAGGCACACACACACACACUGUCAUGGGCUAAAGCUUACCUGUCACAGAAGGCUGUGGGAGACUGUGAGGUUGUCUCCAUGUUCUGUCCUCUUCCUUAGCAGCGUGAGUGUGGGAGUCGGUGCUUGUGAUGGGGCAGGGCUUGCAUGUGGGACGUGGGGCCUGACUGCAGGGGCAGAGCAUGGAGGCACGAACAUGGUGGGGAUUCUGAAGGGAACCUCACAGUGCUCCCUCCGUGCCCCUGGUUGCCUAAAUACGGCCCCCAGCUCCUCCCUCCUUUUUUCCCUUGAGUUGAAAUGUUACAGUCCGAGGGAAAAUUGCCUGUGGGGAUGGGGCAUGAUGAAAAACCUUGCCCCCCCCCGCUUGCCCCUCCAUGUGGACGCCCAUGUUUAUUGGAGAGACAAAAGCAAGUAUUCUUUAUCCAGCUACCACCCUAGUGCAUUAAAACAUUAUUGAUGAGGUUUACAAUUAACUCGAAUUAAUAACAUUAACAACAACAAGUAUAAUUAAGACUUACUUCAUUUUCCACUUAGUCAAUAUUGGUAAUCUGAAAUACCCAGAGCUAAAAAGCACCAGAAGGCGCAAUGACAUCAGAGGCACCGAUACGCAACUUCAAGAUGCACUCAAAGAAGCGAUGACAUCAAUUACAAAAGGACGUGAUUAGAAGAAACUGAAAAAAUAGUCAAUUAAAGCAAACCUGCUAAAUGUUAAUGCACCUAACCGCGCCACGGCUAAAUAUGAGAAAAGCAAAAUUAGAAAAUUAAAGAGGCGUCAUAAUAUCCAAUCAUGUAUGACGUGGGCACGUGACUACAUGCAGUCACGGGAGCAUGUAAAAAUUAUUGAGUGGAAAAUUAAGUAAAUCUUAAUUAGACUUGUAAGCUAGUGUUAUAAAUUCAAGUUAAUUGUAUGCUUUAUAAAUAUUGUUACAAUGUACUACAGUAGUUGCUUGAUAAAGACCUCGGUUGAGACGUUGCUGUGUUUCUCUAAUGAACCUGUUUGUUAUCAUACUUCAAGUGCCUGGACCAUCCUUCUUUGUUUGCUUAAAUGUUAGGGCCAUACCAAUUCUUGUGCACCUUGGAUUUCUAAGGACGUAGUGAGGUUCUCCUUCAAUUUGUUCAACUUGUAUAGACCUACCAUAGAGACAAAUGUUAUGUCUUGAAGCUGUAGAGCUUUAUUUAUUUGCUGAAUAUUUGUGAGGGUCUGUGUUUCUACACUUUUAUUCUGCAUUCAAUUUGUUCUCCUUUCUAUCUGUUGUGCUAAAUCCAAAGUGAAGUUUCCACCUAUGUCAUUUCCAACUGACAUGUCCAAUCUGUCAGGAAUUAAGCUAAAACGGCUCUUGACUGCAAAUUAGUUUGAAAAGGAGAUAGGAUUACAAGUUUUGUAACAGAUAUUUCAUGGAUGAGUUCCCCCGACAUAAUGCAUUUUAUACAUUAUACAUAUUUAUAGACGCAGACUCCUGAAAGCCAUGCUGUCACAUUAAGCUAGAGUAGAGGGGAGACAAAUUGUCAUUAAGAAGCAAAUACCUGUCACUUUCCCUGAUUGAUAAGUUAUUCUUGCGGAUUAUGUGUCUCUACGCUGCAUCCAGGUGAAGUUUGUAUCUCACUGGUAGAGACUCUGGGCUCUUUCACACUGACAGCUCAAAGCAGCUCUCAUCCUUUUAUCCAUAGUUUCUUGUUUUGUCUGAUUUUAUCCUUAAUAGGAAGUUUGCUUUGUGCGUGAGAUAUUGAAAAAGCAUCUCUGUAGGACAUAAUAGAGCAUUUCUUGGUAGAAAUAGAUGCAUGAUGGAAAGAAGUCUUCUCCCCCAUUUCCCUUAGGGAGGGUUACCAGUGACUAUAAAUAAUUUAUCAAUGUAGCCAGCACAUCAAGUAAAAAAUACAAUCUGUGCUAUCUUUCUGUUAUUUACCCUGUUUGUGUACAUUUAAGGGAUGCUAUAGUCAUCAGAAACACUACAACUUAAAGGGACACAUUAAUUAGUUUUGGGAUAUAGAUCAUGCUCCUGCAGUCACGAUGAGCCAUAGGUCUUGACAAUGGCCAUAAGUAGUAUAUUUAAAGAAACACUUUAGUUGCCAAAACAACUUUAGUUUAAUGGAGUGCUUUUGGUGUAUAGAUCAUGCCCCUGCAGUCUUAUUGCUCAAUUAUCUGCCGUUUAGGAGUAAAGUCACAUUGUGUAUACAGCCCUAGGCACACCUCCCUGCAUGUGACUUACACAGCCUUCCUAAACACUUCAUGUAAAGAGUAUUUUAAUCUUUACACUUCCUUUACUGCAAAUUUGGUUAAAUUUAACAUUUCUUAUCUUCUGCUCUAUUAAUAGCUUGCUAGACCCUACAUGAGCCUCCUGUAUGUAAUUAAAGUUCAAACCACAGAGCAGGAGAUUAAAAAAACAAAACUUUAAAGUAUGUUAACAUCUGAUUGAAAAAUAAGUAUUUUUUUCAUGCAGUCUGUCAGUCACAGCCAGGGGAGGUAUGGCUAGGGCUGCAUAAACAGAAACAAAAUUGAUGUAACUCCUAAAUGUCAGUUAAUUGAGUAGUAAAACUUCAGAGGCAUGAUUCAUAAACCAACACUGCUUCAUUAAGCUAAAGUUGUUUUGGUGACUAUAUUUUCCAUUAAUGUAGUGGUUCUGAGCAAACAGAGUCUGUCCCUGCAGCCUGUCUCUGCAGCCUGAGCAGUGUAGGUGCUGCCUAAGCCACCUCUAGUGGUUUUCACUUGGACAGUCACUGGAUGGCAGGGCCGGAUUAACAUAGGGGCUGAUGGAGCUGCAGCUCCAGGCCCAGGCCCAGGCCCAUGGAAUAGGCCCAUUGAUUCACACUACUCUUAGGGAUUCCACCUGGCUUUUAUUUUAUUGGCAUAGCCAGUAUUUGAGGCUGCCUGGCUGGUGCCAAUAUUACAGUGAUACUGGCAAUACAAAUGCUGGUAUUUUUCUCAGUAUAAACAAGAGAUUACUAUGCAAUACCAGCACUGGCCAGUAGGGGUCGCUGUAUGUGGAGACAGGCAGGGAUAGGAAGUUCCAUAUCCCUCCCUGCCUAUCUAUACUCACUGAUCUACAGAGAGUCCAGACAGCAACUACCACCCUGCAGAGACAGCCUACAGCUCAGGGAAGUAAGGGAUGGGGGAAAGGCUGCAAGGAGACAUGGGGACACUGAGACACUAAGGGACAUUGGGAGACAUUAUGACACAGACACAUGGGGGCACAGUGUCCCCAUGUCUCCCAGUCAGUGUCCCUGGUGUUUCAGUGCCCCCUAGUCUUCCAGUGCCCCCAGUCUGCCAGUGUCUCACUGUCCCCAUGUCUCCCAGUGCCUCCAUGUCUCCCAGUGCCUCAAGUGUCUCAAUGUCCCCAUGUCUCCAAGCUAGUGUCCCUAGUGUCUGUGGCCCUGGUGUCUCCCAGUGCCCCCAUGUCUCAAUGUCCCCAUGUCCCCCAGCCAGUGUCUCUAGUGUCUGUGUCCUUGGUGUCUGUGUCCCCAUGUCUUCAAGUGUCCCCUAUUUUCCUAGUGUCCCCAUGCGUCCCAGCUCGAGUCCCCUAGUCUCCCAGUGUCCCUGGUGUCUCCGUGUCCCUAGGUCUCCCCGUGUCCCCAGGUCUUCCUGUCUUCCUAGUGACAUGGGGACCCUGGGAUACAUGGGGACACAGGGAGACAUGGGGCAUUGAGACACUGUGAUACAUAGGAUCACUGGGAGACCUUGGGACACGACACUAGGGGACACGGGGAGACAUGGGGCACUGAGACACUGAUACAUAGGAACACGGAGACCUGGAGUAAUCGACACAUGGGGGCACUGGGAGACAUGGGGCCACUGGGAGGAAUCCAUCUAUACAGCAAAAUCAAACUAAGUAGUUUUUUGGUGAUUUUACAGCAUUUGUUCUUAUGUCACUCCUUGUGAUUUACAUCAUGUGAUGUCACCCAUACAUAUUUAAUUAUGCAAAUUAGCAAGGCCGGUAUGUUUUUCCAAGAAAGGUGGCAACCCUAACUACUUUUCACAUACUUUUACUUAAGUAUGGAAAAUUAAGAGGGAUGUAUGGGAACAAAACUUGUGUGGACUGGCUGACAAUGAAUAUAGUUAAAGGGACACUAGAGUCACCAGAACAACUACAGCUUAAUGGAUUUGUUCUGGUGAGCAGAAUCAUUACCGUCAGGCUUUUUUCUGUAAACACUGUCUUUUCAGAGAAAAUGCAGUCUUUACAUUACAGCCUAGUGAUAGCCCGCUGGCCACUCCUUAGAUGGCUGUUAGAGAUUCUUCCUGGGUCAUGGCUGCCUAAAAUGCAUCCAAACAUUCAGUGUCUCCUCCCUCUGCAUGCAGACACUUAACUUUCCUCAUAGAGAUUCAUUGAUUCAAUUCAUCUCUAUGAGGAGAUGCUGAUUGGCCAGGGCUGUGUUUGAAUCAUGCUGGCUCUGACCCUGAUCUGUCUCUUUGUCAGUCUCAGCCAAUCCUAUGGGGAAGCACUGUGAUUGGAUCAGGCCACCACUUCUAAUGAUGUCAGCAGACUGCUUGUUUUUAUGAGUCUAACAGCAUGCCGAGUUACAGCUUCAGGCUUGAAUAUAGAUUUUGCUAUAUUUAUGGAAGCAUGAGGGGUCCAGGGGGGGCUAGAUGGUGGUGUUAACACUAUAGGGUCAUGAAUUCAUGUUUGUGUUCCUGACCCUAUAGUGAUCCUUUAAGGUAAUGCUGACUUUGGUCUCUCUAACACUGUGGCAUGUUCCCUUUCUUCUACACUCACUACAUACAGCUUUUCUCUGUCCCAGACUAUAUACCAGGAGCUUCUGCCUGCUAGUAAGAAGGUAAGGAGACAAGUGGACCAGCGAGUGCUAGGGGACAGUCCUUAGAAAGCGUUGAGCGAGCGCAUCAUUAGAUGCAUUUAUGCCAAGCUCAGGGUGCUGUCUGCAUAGUAUGCCCUUAAUUGGCCAGCUGCAUGAUUGGCAGGCAGCCUGACAUGCAUUCAUACUAGGCUGGCCUUCUAAUUCUUUGGGCAGACAUAUCCUCUUUUUGGGCAUGUUCGCCCCUUUUGGCAGGUUACGUGAUUUGUGUCAGUGGCACACCCUUUUACCGUGCCCAUUGACUUCUUGCUUGACUGGACACUGCUGUUAGGGGUUAUGGAUUUACUUGAAAGAUGAAAACAUAAAUUAGUGAGAGAUUAGCCCAGGGUAUGUGUUUUCUUAUAGCUGAUGUUUUCUUUCUCUCCAGCACCAUCUCCAUCAGAUACAUGACGCUUGGGAGUGUUUUACUGUUUUUGGUCGAUAUGAUUCUGUAAUUAGGCCCGUCAUAAUUGUCAGCACCAGGCCCACUGGGCUCUUAAUCUGGCCCUGCUGGAUGGGCUUCCUGGGUUCGGUUCUGCAAAGAUUGCAGGAUCAACAUUAAGCAUUUGCAGUGGCGCAGUGGCAACAUUGGCGCAGUGAAGCAAUUUGCGCUCAUGCACACUAGCCUCAUGAAGCUCCCCUUUAAUCAACUCACACACACACUGCACUAUAGUGUGACUUUCACAUUACCAAUACUGUGAGGGGGCAGGGCUGCUGGCAUCUGAUGGGUCCCUCUAUGUGUAUCAAUCCUCUUGAAAAUGGUUUGACACAGAUCCAGGAGAUGACAUCAGAACCAUAAUGACUUUAGUGGGCCGUAGUAGUUAUGGUACUUACUCUGCUCAUUUAAAUAGCUUGAUUUUAAAAAGAGCUUUAUUCACAUAUGAAAGUUUAACGGUUUUCAAAUGUAUUCUGUUUACAAAGUAUUAGAGUAAACAUGUUAAUCUAUUGGUAUUAAGGAUACUACCAACAACAAAUAAGUAUUUCUUAACCAUGAAGGGAUUUGUGUCAUAGAUUCUAUGUAUAUGUAACUUAUUCCCCUUUACCACUGCCUUUCCCUUCUCCUUCUUGAUUGCUGAGAUUCCUUCUUAAUCAUUUCAGUCAUUUUCCAAUCCCAGUUGUAUUCCCUUCUGUCAUUGAUCAUUUUCUCUCCAACUCCAGCCUUUACUUAUAGCUUAAUUUCCUUUUUCCUAUCAGCUCCUCAAUGCUAUUAAAUUCUUUCAAUACUGUUUAAAGUAUCAUUAGGAGUAUCUAAGCAUCUUUGUGCUAUGAUCAGAAAACACAUUAACGGUCAUUUAGAUAAGUGUUUUCACUGCACCAGUUACAUAUUCCUUUAACCCCUUCCCAACACAUCAUAUACCGCAUUUAAAAAAUAAAUAUUUGUUAUUAUGUAAUGAUGUAUGUAAUAAGCAUUUACAAAAAGGCUUAUGGCAAUUUAUGUCCCCCCAUCUCCCCUCCCCCCACCCCCCACUCCUCCCCAGCAGUGUAAGGGUUAAGAUAUCCAUACUGUGCUUACCCGAUUCAAGGGCUGAUCUCCCAUGGUGUGGACCCCUCCCCCCUGCAUUGUCACCCGACAGGGGGCGCCACAAGUGUAUUAGGCUUCCCCAUAGGAAAGCAUGGCUGCAGUGCUUUCUUAUGGGGUUUAACUGACGCUGGAUGUUCUCAUGCAAAACAUGAAGACGUUCAACAUCAGUUAGGCGACCAAAAGUUGCUAGCAAGCAGUAAGUGCCUCUAGUGGCUGUCUGACAUCCAUUAGAGACAGUCUUAGCCCCGCAAUUUAAUUAUUGUAGUUUCACCACAAUAGUUAACAUUGCAGAGAUAAGGGGACAGGUUCACUGCACGCAGACCACUUUAAUGAGCUGAAGUGGCCUGGGUGGCCUGGGUGCCUAUAGUGCUGAAUUGUAUCAAUGCAUCUUUAUGGGGAAAGUUCAGUGUCUCCAUGCAGAGCGUGGAGGCACUGACCAUCUGAUCUAGGAAGCGCCUCUAGUGGCAAUUUAAGGAGUGACUAGAGGUGUUUCAAGGCUGUAAUAUAAAUACGUCUGUUUCUCUGAAAUGGCAGUAUUUACAUUAAAAAGCCUGCAGGAACAGGCUGUACUCACCAGAACAACUACAAUAAGCUGUAGUUGUUCUGGUGACUAUAGUUUCCCUUUAAGUGGUUAUGUAGGUGGGUAUGUUCCCCUAAGGAGGGAAUUUUAAAUCAUCCAAAAAUAAAUCUUAAGAGGAUGCUUGAAAAUAAUAUAAGCCAUACAGUUUUCACAUAGAAUACAUGGCUGGAUAUAAUGAAGUUUGUUAACUUGAGUUGGUAAAGUGAAUCAAGGUCAUUUUGAGCAAGCCAAGGUAAGAAGAUAUUUAGAAUUCUGGGAAACUCUGAAAUGACAAUCAAAGCUGGUGAUGUUCUGGAAAUGUCAAUAAAUCAAGCAGACAUCAUAUCUGCUAAAAUUAGGAUGCAGGUAUCAUAUAGCUUACAGCAGACGUAGGGACCAUUGCAAAGGCCAUGACCCAUAGGAUGUACUGGCUAUACAAAGCCUGGAGAGAUACAAGAAUACUAGAUUGCUGAUUGAUAUUAUUUUCAGAUAUUCUCUCCACAGUCAAUAGCUCACAGGAGCAACACUCAGAGAAAAAGGAUAAAAUCAUAUAAAUUGGUGUUUCAGUAUGUGUAUGAGUGUGAAAGUGACUUGUUAUUAACGUGUAUGUGUCUAGAUAGCCAAAUUUAUGAGAAUUCUUUGUGGAUAUUCCAUUUUUUCUCUUUUUUAAGAAAUUGUGUUAUUUUACUACAUAUGUCACAAUUUACAUAUAUAUAUGUAAAUAUAGUGAAUAUGAAAAUUCUGCUUCUUUUGAGGACUAUUUGUAUGCUUAACCACCACUACUGCACUCUGUUCGACACAGAGUACUGUGUCCUGUGGUGUAGCAUGGAAGUCUGUGGCUUAAUAGUACCUUUUAUUAAACUCAUUUACGCAGGAGUUUACAAGAAUCAUGUUUUAUUUACUUUACAGGUUUUUCUAAUGGUGUUUUCAAGGUUUUACCCCACCCCCGAUUUUUCUAUAUAUAAUCUAGAACAGGCUUCCCCAAACUCCAGCCCUCCAAUUGUUGCUGAACUCCAACUCCCAUGAUUCUCAUCCUAUCUAGUUCAUUCAUGGAAUCAUGGGCAUUUUAGUCUGGAGGGCUGGAGUUUGGGCAAGCGUGAUCUAUAAUAUGAUUAUUUUGUGCCUGUGUUAUAUCUAAAUGUUAAACCGUUUGACACUUUGUAUGAGAUGUCUGCAUUAGAGAUGUGGCGAACUGUCCGCCGAACUGUUCGCGAACUGUCCGCCGGCGAACAAUAGCGUGUUCGCGUUGGGCGAACAUAUCCGAUUUCCGGUCCGCCCCCUAUACGUCAUCAUUGAGUAAACUUUGACCCGGAACCUCACAGCCAGCAGACACAUCCCACCCAAUCAGCAGCAGACCCUCCCUCCCUCUCAGGAAGUGUCUGCUGACUGUGAGGUUCGGGUCAAAGUUUACUCAAUGAUGACGUAUAGGGGGCGGACCGGAAAUCGGAUAUGUUCGCCCAACGCGAACACGCUAUUGUUCGCCGGCGGACAGUUCGCGAACAGUUCGGCGGACAGUUCACGACAUCUCUAGUCUGCAUGUUCUAUCUUCAUAAACUCUCUUUUUGUUCCUGCAGUUAUCCUGGUGGUGGUUUUCGGAAUCUGCUGGGCCCCCUUUCACACAGAGCGGCUAUUGUGGAGCUUUACUGAAAACUGGACAAGCUAUAUGCAUCAGGUAUUCUCUUUUGUGCAUGUGAUCUCUGGGGUGUUAUUUUACCUCAGCUCUGCCGUUAACCCCAUCCUCUACAACCUCUUAUCUACACGAUUCCGCGAGAUGUUCAAAGAAGUCAUGUGCCACGGAAGAGCAAAGAGGCUGGGUUCUAGACGAUCUUCUCCUAGCGUCACACGUGUGACGACACGAAGCACAGUCUCUGAGCAUAUACCCGAAAAUGGGCUUCCUUUCAAUGAUGUGGAUGAAUGUGAUGUUUAUCUGGAGUGCAAUAAUGUGACAAAAACUUCUUUUCACUGAACGCCUUUGGAAUAUUUUCCUACGUGCAGCUAUUCCUUCUGGCUGCACCAGACCACUAUCUUCAUUCCACUAGAUACUCUGAUCAAGGCCAAAUUUUGUGCUUUCCCAUGCUUCCCUUAGUUGACAAGUACUAUGGCUAAGGUUGCCAGGUCCACCAUGUUUCCCCGGACCAUAUAGAAUCUAAAUGGUAAAUGGCAACACUUGAAAAAUGCUACCCUGUAAGACGUAACAUUCAUAAGCUAUAGGAGGGCUUUGGUAAAUGAAACAACCAUUUGGUUUGGAAUUCCUCUUUGAUUGCAGCAUUGAAAUCCUUCAUGUCC